GGAAUAAUAAAAGUUGGGGUUUACCGUGCAGCGUUGUAACGCCUGAGACUAGAGUCGAAACGUGUGUGAGUGCUCAUCUGUGCACGGUGCAGUGCACACGCUGCAGCGGUGCAACACCAGCCAGCUGACCAGCAGGCUGUGUGCGCGUUCAGCCUGCUGUGGCUCGCGCUCUGACGGGCUGGUGUGGGCUGGUCCGUCAGUAUUUUCCGGAAGAGAGGGUGUGAAACAUGGGACACAUCUGAGGUCAGCAGCUGAUCCCGCUGCCUGGCACACAUGUAGCUCAGCAGCUGUGAGUAUAUGUGCGCGCGUGUGCGUGUGUGUUGAUGCUGUUUAGAGAGUGUGUGUGCUCGUAAUCUGCUGCGAGCGGAAUCAAACACGCUCUGUGCGUCUGAACGGGACGUCUCCGAAUCCCUUCAACAGCAACAACGCUUGAAGGAGCUCGAACACACCCGAGCUUUCAUUUGGGUAAGUGAAACUUUUACCAUCAUCUCGUUUUGAUUGCAUUAUUGUUUCUUGCGUUCGUUGUAAAUUAGAGGAAGUAAAACGACAAUGCUCUCGUGCGCUGCAGCUGCACAAGCCCGCACAUGUUUUAUUAUUGUUUGGAGAAUUGCUCAGAGGGAUAUUGACUCUUGUGCAGUUUCUUUGGUGUACACCACGCUCAGUGCACCGUGCAAUUGGAAUUGGAAACGCUACCGUAGUAAGGCUUGCGUGCAUGCCAAUAAUGUCUCAUUGAUCCGUGAUAUGCACCUGUCGUAAACACUGGAGACUCACGCCCCAUACAGGACUUUGUUGACUGCAGUGCUUCAAAACUGGGGUACGCGUCCCAACAGGGACCUCCCAAGGCGUCCGAAAUGUUCUCUAUUUUAGAGUAUAUUGGAUUUCUGUUUUGAUCAGGGAAAUAUUGCAUCUGUCUGAUCACAGGUUCACUCCACUCAGCAAAAAGCAAAUAGGAUAAAGGGUCCAGUCCUUAUAUUUAAAACAGAAGGACAAAAUAAGAAAUUGACAGAUGUCUUCUUUGAGCUAUUUUCCAUUUUUACUAGAAUCUAGAAAGUGAAAAGAGAUGGUCACCCUUGUUGUAGGCUAUGUCUAAGUCUAUAUUUGUCAUUUUGAUUAGGCUGUUUUACUGGAAAGAACUCAUUCAGCUCAAAGUUACUCUAGUUUCCAUGUCCUGAAAAAUGGCAUGUUUUUUUUUCACUGCUCUGACUUGGUGUCAAAUUAACAAAAGCCAUGGCUCCAUGUCUGCCUCAAAGGGUGCUCAUUUCCUUGGCUGACAAGUUGUUUAAUCCGUCUUUCAACAAGCACAGGACUGAAUUGUUCCUUUGAUUUAUUUGAAGGGUGACUUCAAGUGAAUUGACUGUGCUGUGCUGAACCUUGAAACACUGCGAGGGCAGGAGCGAUGCUCAGCAGACCUCUGCUGUAGAGUCUGCACAGUGUGUGCUUAGCAAAGAGGAAACUACUUUCAGUUUUGGUUGGGUGACUUUGACAGUUUGGUGAUUUAAAUAUUCUCUGGCCGAUUUUUAAAAUGAGCUCUGCUGAGUCGGCUGGAGGCUGAAUUGCAAAUGUGCUGAUGUGUUUGUGUGUGUCGUUGCUGAGUAAUUGAACCUCCCUCAUGUGGGUUUACAGUAUGUUUUGCAUGCAGCUGUAUAAGGGGUGUAUUCCAGUGUUAGGCCACCAUACAAAGGCAUAUUAUGUCAGGCUGAGUGCAAUGAUAUUCCAGUUUUUACAACAUAAGAUGGUGUGGGUGUCUUUGUGUGCUGAUGUACCUGUGCAGCUCAGUCUUGCUGGAAAAUUGUGGUUUGGCGAGUUAUAUGUGAGGAGAAUGUGAAGCAUGUGCAUGGAAAGGAGCAGUACGUUCUGUACAGUGUAACACAUCUCUGUAGCAUUUCUGAAAAGUUGUUUUUUUGCUUAAUGUCAAAAAUACCCAUGAUGGAUUCCUGAAAGUGUGACUAGUGUUAAUGAGUUAUGGCAGUAAAAGAACUACCAGAUACCUAAAUUUAGUGGCUUCCAAAAUAUCAACAUUUUUUCCUUAAGAAAAAAAAAAAAAAACUGAGCAGCAGUAGUGUUUAUAAAGGUUCACAAGCAGCUACUAAUCAUUAUGUGUGAGCAGCACGGAACAGUGCCCUGCUAGCUUAUUUUUAAAACCAAAGUUAAUCCAAACAGCGUUAAAAAAGCACAGCUGUUUCAGGCUGAGGUUCAGGGGUUCUCCAAAAACUCUCAAGGUGAUACAUGACUUCAGUAGAGGUUACAACCUGCUAGUGUUAGCUAAGCAGGUUGGGAAUCUUUAAUUGUGUGACUAAGGAGGUUAAUUAAACAAAUAAGGGCUUUUGCAACAUGCCUGAACUGACAACAACUGUCUUAUUUAAAGAGUACAAUAUUGAUUUCAUGCUGAAAGGAAGGAUACAGUUAUACCAUGAUUAUAUUGGUCCUUUGCACUGGUUGCCACACAUCAGAACAGGAAAAAUAGAUGAAGAGGAAGUAGCAGACUGCUAGUGAGCUAGCUGUUACAGCCAUCUGAGAGAUGAUUAGACACUUUUAAAACUGGCGUUCAAGAUUCAAGAUUAACCGUCAGAUACCCAUACAGAUAUCUACAGUUUAGUAUCGUCCGAUCCAAUUCCAAUACAGAAAAGCUGCGCUGUAUUAUCUUUUGUUGUAACCUGAAGGUUUACCACUGCACCUCGAAACGUUUACUGUGCAGGUAUUGCAAGUGGCCGUCGAGCUUGUAGGGUGAGGUAUUAUGAUGAAGUUCAACACAGCAGACACCUUUUGCUCAUUCCAUUUUGAAAACAAUGUGGGCAUCUGCUCAGCGUGUUUACUUGUGGAUUGCCAGGCAUAGCAUAGAAUUAGACUGAAUAGAUAGGCCCCUAUGCAUCUGGCCCAUUGUGAGGAUACCUGAUCUUGAAUUUUCUUCAGUAUCAGGACAGAUACCGAUAUCAAAUAUCGGAUCAGUGCAUCCCUACCUCAGGUUACUUAUUGAUUCAACAUUCUUGAUUUCUGACCAUUCUUCAGCUUUUUUUCAUUCAGUUCUGUAACUUGUGAUCUACCUGGAGUAGUUAACUUCAGAAUAAAAGCAUAGUUUUACAAUGUAGGAAAUGUCUUUACUUUAAUGCAAGACCAAAAUAGAAAUAAAAACAUGACAAACAAUCAUGUAAUUAAUCAUGGAAGUGAAUAAUCCAACUGUGAUUUUUUUUUUUUUUGCUUUUGCACUGAAGUUUUGACUCUUGCAAAUGUUUUAAACCCUAAAGCUAAGCCCUUAUUAUCUUUUCCUGUUAUAUAUUUAGCAAUGGUCUGUUAACAUCAAUGUAUAUCUAAAGGUAAAUGGAGUAAAAUGGUGCAUUUUCAUGAAAGCAACAUCUGAUCAUGGGGUAAAUACAUCCCAAAAUACAUGAAAUUCAUGCUGGAUUUGAAAAUGCAUUGUGAACAAAAACUUGAAGUUACUCCCAACUGUGCGGCCUGUAAUGGCCUUGCUUCCAAACUUUUGGCCUGUAGUGUAUAUAGUCAAAUAAAAAAUUCAGCACCAUUACUUAGUAUAACCUCGUAGAAGCUGUAGAAAGCAAUCAGAUCACAGCAAUGAAGGGUUAGAAGUAAAGUUUUAAGAAAUUUACUGCUGCUUUGUGCAAAUAAUGGUAGUCUGUAGACCAGAUCAUCAGCUGACACCACAACCUAUAAAAGCCAGGAUUAGGGUGGUUGAAGGUUGCCAUGCAUUGUAAUGAAAAACAAGAGCAGGUUUUCACAAGUAUAUUGACUCAAGCUGUUUAAACUUGUGAUUUUUGUUUGCACUGGACAGCAGGUUUUACACGUUUAAAUUUAGCGUGGUCAGUUUCGCUUCUGUUUCUCGUGGCGGCUUUUUCGUUGCUGAAUAUGCUGACAUAUGUAACACUAAUGCACGUGGGCUUUAGUAAUCAUACCAGUGCUUCGACCCAGCUACUGAAAAAGAGGACACGUCAACAUCUUCCAGCUCCUUCAGCUCCUUCAGCACCGCUGGGAAAUCACUUGAGACGGCAGAGGAGAAAAAAAUGAGCAUUGUGUGUGUGUGUGUAAAGUGUGGGUGUACGACUUUGUGUGUGUAUGUGUUGUUAUUACUGUAUGAAUGUCUUUCAUAAAUCUCAUAAAGUGUUUUACAAGUUGGUCUGGACAACUUUCCCCUGUAUUGUGUCAAGCUCAGCUGAACAGACUGUGAAUAAAAGAAGAAACAGAGAUGGUUUCUGCUCCUCAGCUAGUCUCUGCUGGUUCUGCUUCUCUUGUUGUCAAAAUUUUCAGUUUUUCAUUCAUCAUCUUGAUAGAUUGUGAUCACAAAAUCACAGGAGAGUGGCAUUCAAUAGUACUAAGUGCUUUACUGUGGUACAGUCAAUCCAACAGACCCUUGUAUGUUUCAUGUGUACUUGAUGUAUCUCACAAGUGAAGUACAUCAUUAUUCUUGUGCUGCCUCUUAGUCUGCAAGUGUGUGUGCGUGCGUGCGUGUGUGUGUGCGUUUGGAUUAUUAAGACAUUUACGGGCACUCAGAGGAGAUGGAAAUUGAAAUCUGUGCGUAACCUUGACCUCUGCGUUUCCAGAUCUGUACAUCCAUUAAAGGUCUGAGCUGUAAUUUUCACAAAUGCUGAACUAAACUGGUCUAUUACAUUGCACACAAUGGUUCCCUCAGGGAUGUAAGAAGACCUGUUGUCCCCCCAGUUAAAAGUGUGAAGAUGCUCAGCAACACUGUGGCAUCUACACUGAGGAGCUCUUUAUUUGAAGUCUGACAGCUUUUUAAAACUACAGCUGUGAGUGUAGAGUAGCAGCUGUUUGCCGCACUGUUACUGUUACAACGUAAGCUCUGUUAUCACACUGCAUCUACCACCUUCAUCCUGAAAUCAGCCUUUAGUUACUGGUAGGGAGUCACUGUGAUGAGGGCUUACAGUGUUUCUGUCUGGGUAAAAACGACAUCGAGAGCAAGAAAGAAACAACAUAAAUAAAUGUAAUAUGUUUUAUGUAUAACGUGAUAUGAUUAUGAAGAACAGAUACUCUAUAUUCAUGUAUGUUAAAAUACAUCUUAAAUAGAAACUAUACAUUUUCAAACAAAAGUUUAUCAGGAAUCAACUGUCACACUUACAUGACACACAAGAUUCAAAGGAUCUGUAGCCUCAUUAAAACCCACCAGAAUAAAUGAUCAAAUACAACAGAGUAGAAUGAAAGGGAAGUGAAAAAUAUGUUUUAUUGUUUUCCACGCCAUUUGUGAAAUAAUUUUCUUAACGCACACUCAGGAAAAGUCAGAGGGAGCCGGGUUAAUGACAAUUUAUGUAUUACGAGAUCAGGAAAGAGAAAAGACUGAAUACUUUGUUCACAGCGACUGCAAAAGUCAACGCAAAGUUUUACACGGUAGCUUGUGUCUGCAAACCAGCAGAGAUUUUCUAAGCAGUAAUGUCAUUUCUUUUCUCACCCACUUUUCUCCAGCAGCCGCCUGUUUGUGGGAAAGCCCUGACGAGUUGAUCACCAAGUGCAGCGGAGUUUCACAGCUCAAGGAAGAACAUUUAUGAUUAUCACUUCAUGGAAAUGCAAUCAGAGUUCUUGUGUAUCUUGUAUGUGCACUGCAGACACGGUAACUUCUGCCAUAGUGUCUUGGUCUGAUUGUAUUUCCAUGAAGUAAUAAUCAUAAAUUCUCUGCUGCACUCAGUGAUCGACUUGUCAGGGCUCCCCCACAACAAGCAGCUGCUGGAGGAAAGUGGGUGAGUUGUGUUUUUUGGUUGAGGUUUGCGCGUGGAGAUGUAGACAGCUGUGUAUUGCUAUCCUGCAGUCUUUACUAAAGUUGGUAUAACUAGAGAAGCAAGCAGUCGGCAACAGGGGGUGUCUAACUCUGUAAUACCGUGUGUUUGACCAUAACUUAAAUUUACGCCGAAAUAUCCCAUUAACACAAUAUAAACAUUACAUAGAAUUAAAGUUAGGAUUUAUAUCAGGGCUGCCAUGAUGUCAGAUUUUCACCUCAACUAGUGUGGCCAUAAAAUAUCUCAAAAACAGUAUUAGGGUUAGGGUUAUUUAUAUUCAUAUAACUUAUGUUCCCCUUUUUCAAACCAGAAUUGUCUUUCAUUAAAUCAGACAGAAUGAAAAUAGAUUCAACACCCUCGACACGAGAUAGUGUUGACAGCCACACAGUCAGUGCAGCAACCAACAAUGAAGGAGUGGCACCCGGUUUGGUCUCCUCCUGCUGCUGUUGCCCAUCUGCCUCAAGGUUUGACAUGUGCGUUUAGAGAAUGUUCUCUGCAUACCUUAGUUGUAACAAGUGGUUAUUUGAGUCACUGUUUGUUUCCUUUCUAUCAUCUUGAACCAGUCUGCCCAUUCUCCUCUGACCUUCAACAUCAAGAAGACAUUUUCAUCCACACAACUGCUGCACUCUGGAUACUUCCUCUUCUUCUGACCAUUCUCUGUAAACCUGCGAGAUGGUUGUGUGUGAAAAUCCCAGUAGAUCAGCAUUUUCUGAAAUUCUCACACCAGUCUGUCUGGCACCAUGUCAUGUUCGAAGUCCCUUUAAAUCCCCUUUCUUCCCCAUCUUGAUGCUCAGUUUGAACUUCAGCAAGUCAUCCAACACAUCUACGUGGCUAAACUACGAGUUGCUCCCAUGUGAUUGGCUGAUCAGCUAUUUGUUUUAACAAGCAAUUGAACAGGUGAACCUAAAAAAGUGGCUGGUGAGUGUAUGUCAUAUGUGUAGCAGGCAAAUUUUCUAGCAAAUUUUAAACUACUCAUUUAAUAUAUUUAGCCUCUUAGGUAUGCUGUUACAAAGGGUAAACAACUGCAGGUGUUUUACUCUAUUUAUAGACAGCAAAUGUUGAACCUGAAUGGUUUAGUUACAACCAGGAAAAUUUGGGCCUAAAUCAACUUUUAUUCUUCCUUUUUGUUGUUGUUGUUGUUUUUAACCAUGCUUACAGUGCUGCUCUAGGGAAGGGGAUGCUGUCCUGUUGGUCCACCACUUUGAAAUGACAUAUCUGAACGAGUAAUGGAUGAUUUUUUUUCCUCAGGGGGAACAGCCGCAGACAGGGAGAGAAAUUUAUGCUCCAGCCGCGGGGAGUUUUGACAGUAUCUUGUUUUCUUCAGUGCAGCCAGAGAGAAGGCAGGACAAACAAAGAGUGGCGGCAGACUGACAGACUGACAGAGGAGCAAGGGGUUCAGUCCACAAAGAUUUUUUUUUUCAUUUCACAUGCAUGACACACCUUACAUAGAUAUUACUUGUGGACAUGUCAAAAGGAAAUGCUGCUUUUCCUCUCUGCUACCUCCACAGUGCCCUGCCUCAGUGAUGAAUGAUAGAUGCUGAGAGAUUGACCUUGCAGUACAAUGACACAAGCAGAAACAGCUUGCGUCAUACAUCAUGCAUCUCUCAUCUGUUAUGCUUUUUUGCAGUGAGCAUGCAUUUGUAAAACACAGGAUGGAAAUGUUUGCUUAAGUGCCGCUGAGCUUUCCUCUCACUUGUCAACAUUGGGGAUGUUCCCUAGCAACAAAUUUCCUGGCCAAUUAGACAGAAUCAGACUAGUCUGCAUGUAUCUGAAGGUGAGAAAAUACUUAGAAAACAGUCAAUAAAUAAGCAAAAUUUUACUAACACUGAUUAACGGCUGCAAAGGUAAUGCUCUUUGACUUUAGAGGUUUCCUGACUCACAUUCACCAUCCCCAUAAAGCCUUAAAUAAACUUAAAGGGAUAAAGGGUGAAUUGAGACUAAACACAACUCACCUACUCUCUUCCAGCAGCCACGUGUUUGCAGCGAGGCCUUGGGCCAGUCCAUUACGGACUACAUCAGGGUGACGCAGCUCAGGGAAGACCAUUUAUGAUCAUUUCUUCAUGGAAAUGCAAUCAAACUGAGACACUAAGGCAGAAGAACUACUGCAUCUGCAGUGCAAAAUGAUUAUUAUGAUGAUUAUUACUUCAGGGAAAUGAUAAAGUAAUGAUCAUAAAUGUUCUUCCUUGAGCUGAGUCACCCCGCAGCAGUCCGUAAUGGACUAGCCUGAGGUUUCACUGCAAACAAGCGGCUGCUGGAAAAGAGUAGGUAAGUUGUGUUUAGUCUCUUUGCUAAAGAAAUUAGGCAAAGUUAAAAAGAUGUUUGGUGGCGAGUACUAUGGCUGGGACCCUAUAUGUACCGUUGAAGUUAGAUGCUGUUCUGAGCAUUAUUUGUGGCUAUAGAGUGGCUUUUUGGUUGAAGUUUGUGUGUGGCUCCUCAGACCGCUGUGUAUUGCUAUCUAUGAUCGUUACUAAAGUUGGUAUAACUAGAGAAGCAAGCGGUUAGCAGCACUCACCUCUUGGGGGGUUGUCCAACUCGGUGUUACUGUGUGUUUGACCCUAAAUUAAUUUUACUCGGGAAUAUCCCGUUAAAUACACCUGUGACGCAGCAGGUUUCUUUUCUUUUUUUUUUUCUUUUUUAAAUUUAACCUUUAUCGAAAUAAAGGAUGUCCUGGCCAAGAGGUCAGCAGCACAUGUCAGCAGCAGUUGGAUAGAAGUGACAGCAUGGAUUAGUACAUACAAUUUUGGAGAUGGAACAGUGUCUUCAAUUUUUAGUACAGGAGCUAUAAUAUAACAGCAAAACAUCAGUUAAAGAUUUAAAACACAGGCACUGUCCUCUGGUUUCCUGCUGUCUGUCCCUCAGGAUAGAGCAGAAAGCUCCAAUUGGAAUGACUUCAGAGAGUUUUAGUUCAAUCUGCAGAUACCUCCAGGCAGAGGGGGCAACAUAGCUGAAAGCUCUUUUACCAAAUUCAGUCCUCAUCUGAGAAUGAGAUAAAACAAGUGUAGUGCAAAAACGCAAGCCAUAGCAACUGCUUGUUUUCUCUGAUAGAGUGCACAAAUAAGGGGGAAUGGAGCCUAUAAGAGCCUGAUAAGUUAGGGUGAACAGUCGGUAUUUCUGCGAGAACUCAGGGAAGGCAAGUUUGAUUUCUUGUAUAAAUUACAAUGGUGGGUGAGACUACUGCAGCUAGUGACAAAUCUCAGUGCAAUAAAAAACAGUGUCCAAGGACUGGAGAAAUUUGGAUGACGCACUUUAAAUAAAGCACACCCCCAUAGUCCAGAAUGGGGAAGAAAUUCGCUGUCACUAAUUUCUCUCUGACCCUGAGAGAGAAGCAGGCUCUGCUUCUGUAAAAGAACCCGAGCUUCACCCAGAAUUUGGUGACCAGAUUAUUUAUAUGUGCUUCAAAUUAAAGCUCCUGAUCAAGCGUAAAACCCAAGUACGUAAUUUGUAACACUUUGUAACUCAAAGUUUUGUCAUUUAUUUGAGUUAAAAACCUGUCACAGAUCAAAAAAGCAAGACAGGGUAACAUUAACAGCAGCUUGUAAAAACUCAAAAGCCUGAGUAAGUGAGGUUGAACACCAAUAAAUAAUGGUAUUGUCUGCAUAAAAUCAUAUUUUGAGUUCAAAAGGCUCAUUAGAGUUAUGUUCACAUGCUUGGUGUGAACAGGAGGCUACUACUCAUCAUCUACUCCCAUAAUUCGUACAUUUCUGGGCGCACGAAUGUUGUGUAUUUACUUGGUUAAUUUGAUUGUUUGUAUUGUUGUCUGCAGAGAGUCUGAACACAGGUGAUUAUGGGAGAGGAGAAAGACAGAGGAGGGGCUCCUAAAUGUCAGGUGUUCAUUAAACAUAGCAAAGAUUUACCACACUGUGAGUAUCUGAUGUGUUUAAAUGACUUAUCAGAUAAUAAGACCUCCUCACUCUCUUUCCUCCAACUUAGGUGGCUGCAUACUGACACGAUCAGUUAAUUCUCCAUUUUUUUCAUAACAAAUCUCUGCCGAGCUGUUGUUGAUGUUCAUCACCUGGAUAUCUCCAUGCUGGUUGAUUAUUACUGCUUGAGUUCUGAUAUUUUUAACUCUCCUGAAUAGGUGUUUGAAGGGAGUAAUGUGUUGGAUGCACUACUCACACCUCUCCAUUUGCACUAUUCGCACAAUACGUGUCAUUUGUCUAAUCACGCUUUUACACAGACUUUACAUGUAAUUCACCCAAUUACAUGGACAUGUAAUUGGUGUGAACGUGAGAGAGUGCAAACUUCCUCCCCAGAGUUUGAAUGUAGGUUCAAAUUUUGGAUCAAAAGUGACAACCCGACUGUCGAGUGAGUUUGUGUGGUUACAGAGAACCUGUUUAACUAAGCACAUUGUGAACCUGGUCUCGUUAAAUACAGUUAGAUUGUUUUUGCCAGCUUGAUAUGAAAUACAAUCAGAUUUAUUAGUAACCAGACAAAAUUAACCUCACAUAAUUGGAGACAGGUGGUUUCUGUCAGGUUUCUCUCCAUCUGUAAAGUAAUGCUCUACGUUUGCAUUAGACAGAAGAAGCACCGUCUGUAUUUUUACGGCUCUGUGGACACCAGACAUAUACACUGGAGGAAAUGAGGCAUAAAUGUUGCUUUCCACGGUUGCAGUUUUGCAUCCUUUUCUUUUCCUUUUAACCCUUUAUUUUGCAUUUGAUGUGCAAGACACACAAUUAAUACAAUUUUCUUUAUCGCAAAGGUUGGCUGUGUCUAAUUCACUGACUCCACCAAUAUACAGAGGCAUUUCCCCCAGACAAUAGCCAUCACCCACUGAAUGUAACAAUUUUGUCCCAUGCAGGCUGCGGUUUGGCUGCAAAAAGCAUGCUGGAGUACAUUGUGACACAAAACAGGUUGGUGGCGUCACUUUUGCAUCACCCCCCCCUCCUCAUUGGAUCAUGAUCAUAAAUACAGAGAAAAUUGUGGUAUGCUGUUUGGUGAAUAUUCCUUGUGGAGCGCUGGUUUAAUUAAAGCGACGUCUCAGUUUAAGACAAGUGACCAGCAGGGAUGGGUGGUGCGAGUCUAAGUAAUUUGGUUUCGGGCUUGUAGGUGUUUCACAAUCACCAGAACGACUGAAGGCUGUGCUAUCUUCCUGUAUUACAGGCUCCGCAUUGUAAAAACACAUGGUACUUUACAGAGCUACACAGCUAAAUGCUGUGGACUUUGCUGAAUGUAUUAGAAAUCAAAUUUUUGAGGUUACACUCAGAGACUGAGUGUAACCUCUUUAUUCUUUAAGUGCCCCCCCCCCCCCAAAAAAAAAAAAAAAAAAAAAAUGCAGCUCAUAUUUCAGAGUUUUUAGUAACUUUGGGAUACAAGAAUGAAAAAAAGAUAAUGAAAUUUUAAGAAAUACAACUCAGUUACAGAUUAUUUUCAGGUGUUUUGCCGAGUGUGGACACAUGAAUACAUUCACAGGUCCUCAUUAGGUCAUUCUGUCCAAAGGGACAAAAAAGGCACACAUUUGCAUAUUAUUAGCCUUCAUCAUUCAAAGCACCACCAGUGAGGACUCAGGGAGUUCUUAGAUCUUUUAGCUAACCUCAUUUAAGCAGGAGCCUGCUCUCCAGCCGAUUUGUACUUUUUCUCUGCUCUCAUUAGUCUGUGUGUGAAGGACACCAGCAUCAGUGAAGCACCCACUGGGACCAACAUGAGUUUUCUUUCACAGCAACAUGAUUUUUGUAAAACACAAGUAUAACACAAAAUUUCAGACAAAUCCAAUUUGUCUUUCUAAGAAGAACUGCAAAUUGAAUUUAGCCUUUUUUCAGUUCGCCACAACACCAAUCACCUCUAUGAGCCCACUAUAGUUUCAUGUUGCACCUCUGAGAGUAACUGGAUAUUUAAACCCUUUGGGCAGACAACUAUCUGAGUGUUUGUACUCACAAUAUCAACUAAUCAAAAUGUACUUUGAUCACUUUCUGGAUAAAUAAAUUUACACUUCAUCCGUUUGACAAAAGAAAAAGAUCAGCUAAAGUUAGCUACAGCCAAGCUCGCACUCUUCAAAAAUCUUACAGAGGAAGUCAGAAAAAAAGCUUACUUUUAAGAUAAGAGUUAAAAUCGCUUUUUUUCUGUGUUUUUACCAUAGCCUGUAUAUAGAAUGGACGCCGCCUGCUUCCUCGGGAGAACAGCACCCUCUGGUGACGGGCUGCAGUAUAGGUCAUAAAUCCCGCCUCCUCCAGCAAUUCCUAUGGAGCUGUGGACAAACUUUAGAAAUUUAUUAAACAGAAGAUAAUUUUUUCUCCCCCCUUGUUGCAAUGUUGGCAUGCAGUUGUUCUCAAGUCCUCUUUUUUUUCUGUACAGCUCCACUUUUAAAAGUUAUUAGGGGGUUCAUGUUUUCUUUGAUUGACACUUGAUACAGCCUAUGUAGCUUACCCAGGGGAUACACUGUUUGAGCAGAGCGCCACCACAGCGACUCUCCUGCUGAAUGCGUACAACGGUUCUGCGCAAGUGGUGAAGUGCAUACAUCACUACUGCACUAUGUUGGUUUCAGGAAAUGAGGAAAAAUUGUGGCAAUACCGAGAGCUUUACGGCUUCAAAUCUGUAUACUGGCGGAAGGUGGAACCAAGUUGUCCAUAGUAUAUACAGGCUAUGGUUUUUACCAAGUUAUAAGAGCCCUUAUUUUAGAGAACAAACUCCCGUGGGUAAAACUUUGAAUGUGUUGACAUUCGAAGAAUCUUAACCUAAAAAGGAGCUAAAUGUCAACAAACAAGCUAGCAGCACAUUGAUGACCGAGGGUUAUGUAGUUAUAUUUUCUUCCCUGUUAUGCUGUUGCUUGUGGCUCACUCUGCUGACAGUUUGGCAGCUAAAACACAGAGGUGAAGAAAUUUACUCUUACAAAAGGCAAUUUUACUUAAGGUACUCUUAGUUUGAAUGUAGGAGAAAAACACAGUCAGGAGUGCAAGAAGUUCACAGUAAGAAAGUGGUCUUUGGUGGUAAAUAAAGGUAUUUUUUCUCUCUUUGUGGGGAAGAAAAGUAAGUAGCCUUGAUUAGAUUUUUAAGUGGAAUUGCUAGAAAACUCGUAGCAGCAAGGGCAGUGUCUUCAAGGCUGCACAGGCUCUGUAGCAUGUUAUUCUAACAUAUUUAGUAGGAGUCUUUCUGGAAGGUCAAUGUUUUUAAACAGACUUUACAAACAUUUAAAAAGAAACCUUGAACAUCAUUUACAAGUGGCUUUGGCAAGUUGGGUUCACUUUUUCCUGAGAGAUAAUAUUAACAACAGUGGGAUUGUCACUUUAGCACUUUAUGCUCACACUAGUAGCAACCAGGGAUAUAGGCACCUAACCGAACAAAUUUAUGGAAUACGAGAAAAUAAAACAACACAUUCAGCCAAAUUGAGGAAAGGCUCAAAGUUGGGGCAACUUAUUAUUUCAUAAAUUUAACUAACACGCAGUUACCUUACAUGUUAUCAUUCAUUUCUUCCACUUACUUGUGACACAUAUCUCAACCAAACUCACUUAAAAAUACUGAAAUAUCCCUUUAAUUUACCACAGUACUUGCUUUAGCUGCAGUGAUAUGAUAUUGGUGUCAAGUAACACCAAAAUACCUGCAAUUCAUUUGCUUUUAAUCUGAGUUUUGACCAGUCAGAUAUAUUGGAUUGUUAUCGUUGGCUAGUAGUUUGCUAACUCUAACGGUCUGAGUAACUCGAGCAUCUCACUUUCUUUACUGGGUGCAUUCUGGUCAGAUAUCUGUUUUAAGUUUGAGGUUGCACCCGUAAACUUCUAGAUGUAUUUUUACGUAAUGCACAAAUAAAUUGUUGAAAGCAAAAUUCACAAUAGUGGCACCCUGGCAGGACCUUAAUACCAAACAGAAAGAGUGUCAGUCUUUAUCAGUAAACGAGUCUAAAUCCUCAUCUCCAUCUUGGACUUCAUACUGGGGUAAAUCUCAAGUCUUGUUUAGUCAAGCUGUGUCUCUAGCUGUUUUGACUCAGUGUCUUGCUAUCUCAUGACAUACGUCUGCUCUUUCUCUCCAUCGCUCUGGUAUUUCUUCCCCGUGACAGAUGAGCUUACUGAAAUAACUGAUGUCUGGUUGAGUUUCUAUCCAUCCUCCCGAGAGUCUUGUCUGUAUGCUGUCCAGAAAUCAUCCACAAAGCCUGACACCGCCUCCUCCCCUGUGUCUGCUUGUCACAGUUGACUCUUUGGAGUUUACCUCAUAGACAGAUAUGAACCCCCUCCACUCACAGGUUAGCUUCUCUUCUGUGCUUGAGUAUAUUUCACUUCACUCCACAGGGCAUGACAAUGUGCAGAAGAUAUUGAUUUUUGAUUUCAAGGAUGAAGAGCUAAAGAUAGUAAAUAGUUUUCUCUGUAAUUUAAAGUGAAAAGCCCACACACUUGCUCACAGGGUCUAACACAACCCACGUGUGUCAUCUAUCUUAUACAUUCAGUAGUAAUGAGAUGUGCGUUAGCAGAUGGUGUUGUCUUUGUUUACAUAAGAUCCCAGUGAAACAUGGUGGUUUUAAUGUGAUAAUUAGCUUUCAUGUAAUGAACAGGUGUAUGUUUAAAACAACAGGGGCUGGUGAACAAAUAGAGACAUGGGUUUGUGUCAUGUCCAUGUAGAUGGAGGUGAUAGAUUUAUAAUGAUUAUAUCAGCAAGGACUUCAUAAUUAAUUCUUUAAGGUGCUAAAUCCUCCAGCCCAUGGUGUGAUGUAUAUCAAUUUAUUUGUUGUGUUGCCCACCGUGAAUAAAACAGGCUGAUCACAUAGCUGAAGUGGGAGGUAGCUGUCACAGCUACUUGGUAUUUCUCUAUAGCUUGGCCUUUAAGGACAGAUAGACACCAGGGAAGGGGAACAAAGAAGGAAAAUGGAAGGGGUGUAACAAUUCAAAUGAACAAAGUCUCAAUCCGUAUCAUGACUUCUGGUUUCCGAUUCGAAUCAAGGAUGAUAUUGGUUCAUUUAGAACAAUACGAUCUGAAACAAAUUAGUAACUUGAAAUGGAUUCAGUAACUUUUUAGCCAAAAAUUCAACCAGUGUGACUGUAGAUGAACACCUGGAUACUGGACAGUGCAGGUGAAAUUUCCUAGAUUCUUGUUAGUUCUUACAAGGGAAUCAGGUAUAAAUUGAUUAUGGUUAUAAACAAAGAGGUAAACAACAAUUAAUAGCAAAUGCAUUUAAAUUUCAUUUGAUUAAAGUACAACCUCCACUUUGGGUUGAAUUAACAGGAGAUUAACCUUUUCUGUUCUCGAUUCAAAUAUUCAAUACAUUUUGAAUGAAAGUAUGGUUAGUGCAUCCAACAUUUCUGCUACCUCUGCUGUUGUUUUUCAGCAUAGAAAUAAUACAAAUACAACAUACACUGGACCGCAAUGGUGGGCUUGAUAAUUUCUCGCUCGCCGACUUCUCCUCUGCCAUCCGCUAUGCUAUGUUUUGUUGUCUGCUGGCGCAAGAUGUUGACAUCACAGACAGGUAGACUGAAUCGAGUGAUGUUUAAUGUCAUGGAUGUGGAAAAAACUCAACAUCCAUGUACAGUCUGCCGUGUUAGAUUGAUAUAUGUUGUGUGGAAAGCCAACUUGCGGAGCACAGAUUGAUGUAGUUUAAUCGUAGGAAUAUAAAUCGAUACAUCGAUGUUGUAGAUGAAUCGUUACAUCCCUAUAAAACGGCAUACCUUGACCUGAAAAAAAAAAAAAUCUUUUGUUGAGACCAAUAAAAAUCAAUAAAAGUUUUCAUCCCAACAGCAUUGAACUUGAGUUUCUGGCUGAUCUGUGUGGUAACUAACAUAAGCUGAAAACUAAGUCAAGCUAUGAACAACCAGUGCACUGGUGAUAGGAUGCAAGAGGCUGUUCAGCUCAUGUAACUAUCUCUCCAGACUAGUCCAUAUGAAAUUAUCUGUCUGAAGCUCCGGUGCCAUUUCCUGGAGUGAACACUCGUCCUCCAAAGUGCAGAGAGACGAACAUGUGGCUGUGUAGCUAGCUGAGAGAGGUUGCUAACAGCUGCCAGACUAGCCAGCAAUUACCUCAGGAAAGCUAUGUGUCCUUCAGAAACAAUCACUUUGCUGAUGUUAUGUGCAUGCAUGUGUUAAAACGAAUUUCUGCCCAGUGUGUUGUUAUCUUUAUACGGACCCAUCGGUAAUGAAGCUUUUGUACAGAGCGCCCCCACAUACCUGUGGCCAUAUUCACAAAGCUUCCCAGAGUUGUUUCUGGUGAUGAAAUUCGAAGAAAAUUCUUGGAAUCAAGAUAUUAUUGAAGAAUUUUCCCUGAAAGUUAAGACUUGAGGUUUAUAAAGAUAAAAAGUUAUUCACAAAGCAUUUUAGCCCCUGAGAGAGCUCCACUGUCAGGAGGAUUGAGGAGGACUUUGAAGAGGUUUAAGAUUUUCUCAGGCUGAGAAGGAAACAGAGGAAAGGUGGUGAAAUACAGGAAAUGCAUGCUAAACUACACUCACAUCUACAAACCAGCGCAGCAACACAAAACAAGAGAGUGAUUGUGAAGGGAAGGCUUAAAAAAUGCGAUCGCAAUAUUUUUUUCUCUUUUUGUGGAUCAACCAAUCACAAAGUUUAAAAGAAUGUGUCAAACAUACCAACAAGGUCAGCCACGCUUUCUCACUGUGAUAAAAACUUCUCUCUCUUCAAUAGUCAAAAGCUUCUGACCCCCUACACACUGAUACAUAAACUUAUUCAUCUGCUAAGGCAUGUCUGUGAGACAAAGCUGUUUUACUCAGUGGAGUCUAGUGCUGGUCUUUGUUGCAGUUCUUUCUGUAUUGCCAUUAAACAGCUUUAUCAUGUCCAAACUAGCACUUUUAAGAGGAUGCUCGUUUAGCAUGUUCUUAUGCCCUGAAAGAUCACAAAAGUAGAGGCCUUACCUGAACCUUUGAGUGUCUCUACAAAUGUGCAUGGUACAGGCACAAUGGCCCGUUAUUAGUCUUCAACAAUACAGUGAUGGUUUAGAGCUUUGUUUUUGUCACAACUUGUAUAAUUUUUUCAUACCAGAUCAGUCCUAAAAUCUGGUUCUGGUUCGUGUUGUUUCUGUAGACCCCUGAUCAUGUAAGUCCAGGUAAUGUAAGUACCUGGAAAUGCUGGAAGUACCUGGAUAUAAAAAUGUGGAGUGCUAAUUCAUUUACCUGAUCAGACCUGAAUUCGCCCUUCAGUGCUCUCUGUGUCGUACCAACACCGAAAUCACUAAUUAGUAGGUUUAAAAAGUUUCCUCUCCUCCGCUCCUAUAAUUAUGUUUGCAGUGGUGAUGGUGGUGGAGGAGGCUCUGGCACGUUGUCUGCAGGAGCUUAGCAGUGACAGUGAGCAUUGCUGGGGGUGGAAUCAGCUCUCGUGGCUGUAAAGACAGGUUUGUGAUUUCAGUGAGUUCUGCCAGCAACAGGGAAGAGCUUAAAACUCGGCUAAGAUCAGUGCUGACAGUAUUCCUGUUCUCAGCGCGUCUAUGGGACUGUGAUUUACUAUUUCUGCUCAGGUCUGCUUGCAGAAAGCCUGGUAGCAAUAUCCCUGUGUGUGCAUGAUGGAGCUGCAUUAAAGAGCAGAGCUGGGAGUCCUUUUGAUGAAAUCCUGGAGGAGAAAGAAGCAGAAUCUGACCCAGGGCCAGCUGACUCAAGUAAGCUAUGCUUUUGAGAACCUAUUUUGGUGCUCAAACUGUUCCUCUUCUGCAGGAAAGACCAACCUCGACUCUGCUCUCCUGGCUCCUGCAUCAAAAUUUCUCUUUGUAGCUGGCACCAGGGUGCAAAAUAACAGACUCCUCAAUGCUGCUAAUAACAUAAUUGAUGAAGGCAGAAAGAGGCUCACAGCUCAGAGGGCUCAAACUCUGUUUCUGCAGAGGAGUUAGGCAAACAUGCUGUUGGAAGAAAAUCUAAACUAGAACACGGUGAGAAAUUUAUAGUAGCCUGGUUUAAAAAGGGUUUUGGGUGAUAAAGUGAGAGUUGUGUACAGAAUUUUAGGUGAAUUUCACAGCGCAUUGUGAAGCUCUGUCUUGUAGUAAACUCAUGUUCUGCCAUGGUUACCCAAAGAGGACAGAACAGUAGUUUAGUAUCAGGUCAAUGUUUCUGUACGAUGUUGUGAGGAGCUAAAGAAGAAGAAGUUUUUGCAGUCCGUCAUUAAGUUGAAUGAAUUUUUGAUUUGAUAUUUUGACAUAAAAUGUGAGAAAAUAAUAUUGUUCAAGCACAGGUGAUUUAAAAAUUACCAGAGUGUCUGAACUCAUAUCUAUGACUUGCACUCUAGUCUGACUAAAAUCUCAUGGCCUAUUUUAUGAGCUGUGUGUAAACUGUCUCUUCUGUUAGGGUGUUAAGUCCACACUAAACCAUUGUUGAAAGCAGUCAGGUUGUAACUAAGUUGUACCUCUGUUUGGUUGCAUCACACAGAUUUAUGGUCGACUUGUAGACUUUCAAACUAACUUUGUUGCUGAUAUGAUGUUUACACUUCCAGUAGCCAAUCAGAGAAAAGCUAUUCUCUUUAUGUUUGUUAAAGUGUUAACUGUUACGCCCGACUGCCUCUAAACAGGCGAAUCACAGCCGUUUACUCACAUUAGUCAACCAGCAGCUAUGGAAAGGUGGAAAAAUGACGAAUAUUAAUGACAUGGUGACAAGGUUAAUGUAAGGAGUAAAAUUACAACGUUCUUUGCUCAUGAAAAACAAAAGUUGGAGUGCAGAUCAAAAUAUGAUGUUGAUUGAAGUAAUCUAUUGCAGAAAUCACGUCGCCUACACACACACACAAAAAAAACAAGCCACAUCUUCUUCUGAGUUAUCCCAUCUUUUAAAAAUGAUGACAGCCUGUAUUUAAAAAGGGACUUUGCGCCUACUCAAAUUGUAGUGUAAGAUCGACGUUGUAAGUUUGGACUUACGCAUAACUGGUGCAACCCAGUCCUGAUUUUAAGGACUCAUGACCUGACCUGCUCAAGGUAAAAGGUUUCCUUUAUCAUCCUUGUAAGAGGCAAUAUACUUUGCAGUCAGCUGCAAAACAUAAAUUCAUCCAGCUCACAAUAAAAACAACAUGAAAGACAUGAAAACAGGUUGAAGUCCACUGGACAUUAAACAGAACCAGUUAAAAACACAUGAUUAUAACCAGCGCAGAAACACUUAUUCCAAGUUGAAAUUCAGUUCUGAGUUUCACUAAAAUGGUUGAAUUCGCAAACACAUUGAACAAAAAUGGCUUUUCUUUAGUCUUCCUUUAUGGCAUUGUUUUUGAUCAGUCAUAAAACUUUGUACAUUUUACUAAUUUGAAGCAGCUCCCAGCCCGUUUAAUGACGAUUCACAUCAGCAGAGAGAGAAGAGCUGGGAACAAACUCAAGCUAGCCAAACAGUGUUUUACUGCAGCUUUUUGUAAUGUUACGCUUUAAUGUUUGCUUUAUUGCAUAUGACUCAAGGUGUUAUUCAUGUCAGUGUCUGACGCAUCAGCAACUGAACUGUUUUACUGAGUUAUCCAUAAGCUGAUGCAAACUUCAGGGAAGUUUGAGAAUAUAACUGAAAUGUUUGAUGUUUGUGCUUCUCUUUUUUGUCACAAGGAUGCCAUAAAAAACAUUACAAAAAAACAUCUUUUAGACUCUGAACUGCUGAAAACAGGGAUAAACACUGCUCUAAAGCAUUUUGCAGACAAAAUAUGACCCUAACAGUUAUAACCAUAACAGUUGCCUCCUAGACUCAUGAUCUUCACCUGGCAACUGUCAACUUUUUUCCCGAAUAUUUAGAUUUUUACUUCUCUCUAAAUUUCAACUUUUUCUACACAUUGCAAUUUGAGUAUUUUUUUCUUGAAAUUCAACCUUGACUUUUUUCUUGAAAUUAUGUUCAUUCUUAGCAUUUAGAGUUUAUUCUCUUAGUGCAAAAUGAACAGUUAUCUCCUGCUGCACAUUUUUUGCACAGUAUCAGUAACUAAUGUAAACAAUAGUCCUCUCUGCCUUCAGGGAUUAAAGGAUAGAUAGAUGAGUCACUAGAGUGCUGCUGGGCCAAACAUUUGCUGCUGUGAUACCAGCAGCCUGUUAACUCUGAAGCCUCUGUACUGCUCUGCCCGUGACCUUUACACACACACACACACACACACACACACACACACACACACACACACACACACACACACACACACACACACACACACACACACCCUCAUGUGUCUGGCUCAGUUUCCCAAAGAGUGCUUUUUCAUCUUUGUUUGCUUGAUUUUUUUGUUUUUUAUUUUUUCGUAAAUCACCAGAAGCAUUUCAGAAACCUGCUCCAAAGAGAUAAGAACUUGAAAGAAAUCAACAUUUUGUUCUUAUGUCUGAAAUGCAUGAGAGACAGAUUAGCUGGAAGAAGAUGCUCUUCAUCCUCCCUCACAGUCAGAAUUCUGGGUAAUACAGUUUAGGAGGAGCUCUCCAAAACAAGUGAUGAUUAAAUGUGACUUACAUGAAGGGGAUUGACAUCCUAUGUCAUGCAGAGAAAAUCUGGUUACUGUUGCGGUCUCUGCUCUUUGAAACAGCCUUCUAUAACACAUGUAUAUAAUUAUAUGACUAAUUGUGCUCAUUAGGUCUUAAUUCACAGUCAAAGGCUUCCAGCAUCAUGCUGUUAGUCAUGUUGCCAUUUUAGACAGAUGUAGUAUACUAUAAUUUGCACCUGCAGGACAUCGCACAGUCAGGUUGCACCUGUUGGACCAUAAACACACCAUGCAUAAAACACACAGUGAGGGUAAAUCACCUGUGGCUCUGAGCUGAGUUAGGAUGACAUCAGGUGUCACUUUACUGACUCCUGUUCAUCAUUUUGAGUGUUAUUUUGCUCAGAGUGUGAAGUGUGAUCAUAUUUUAUAUAAUACAGACUGAAAAACAGGAGAAAUCUCCUUUAUGAUAUGUAUGAAAUUCACAUUUUGUUUGAGGCAAAGAGGUGACAAUCUGUCUGUCUUUCUCAAGACGGAGAUCAGAAAAUGUGUGUGUGUGAAACCUGGGAACACUUUCUACUAUAAUUUUAAUGCUUUUAAUACAAUGAUCAUUUAUGACUACAAAGUCUGUUAAUCUCAAGGGGAGCUUGCACUGUCAGUUCAAGUUAUUUCUUUGUUGCUGUUGUAUUUGCACCAGCUAUGAGACUGUAUACCAGGAUUAUUAGGAUUAUGAUCAAAACUAGAAUAGCUUUCAGCCUCUUGCUCAUUUCUCAGAGGAUCAACGUUGAAGAUAAUGAAAUUGACUCUUCAAACCAGUCAUAGUCGGCUUAAAAGCUUUACUAGUGUCGUGGAUGUAAUGAUAGUGAUGUUAGUCUGUGCUUUUUAUGUGACAACGCCACAAGACUGGAAAACAGUUACUGGUUCAACAACUGGUUUAGUGGAUAUGUCCCAUUCAUCAUUGAAAUGUCGACCUCUGUCAAGCUGGUCUUAUACCUUUAAAUACUGCUGAUAGUAUCUUGGCCUUUGUGUGGCAUGGUUUUGCAGCAAAAGACUUCCAAAAUUUGAAGUGAGGGGUGACAUUUGACACAUUUUUUGUUACACCCCUAACAAGUGGCAUCUCAUUGCCACUCAUUAGGGGUGUAACAAUCCAUUUUAACAAAAAAAAACGUUGCAGUUUUUGAUGUAAAUGUGGAAAAGCAUAAUACCACUAGGGAUGUUCCCUAGACGUUUUAACGACCAUUUUGAAACCGAAUAUUCGAAUACAAGAAAAUUAAUUAACUCCCAGAAAAAAGCCCAAAUUGAGCACAUGUCGAUCUAUAUGGCCAGAUAUCAUCUGAAAUAAAUAUUAAGAGUACAUGAAAGCCAUGCCUAUAAUAUCAAAAUAUGUUACAGAAUCUUAUUUUAGCGCUGGAGAAUGACAUAUAGUACGUGAAAGAUCAAAGCAAUUAAGCUCCGCUGCGCUCAAGCCAAGCAGCCUGCUGCGUCAUCGGCCUGCCUCACACCAUAAGCACAAAAUGAAGAGUCUUCAGAGUUAGACAACAUCACGUUCAACAAUGUUUAUUUUCUAAACUAGACCUAAACUUUGCUGUUUUUUCUCACCGACAUCGCUCUGGCCGAUCGCAUGUGUUGAUUAAAUCUGAGGAAGUUAACCCUUGAUGCCAUGCAUGCUGCAGGCCAACGCUGCGAGCCCAGAAUAGCGAGCCAGGCAGAAAGAGUCGCACGCAAAUGAUCCACACAUUUUAGCUCGUUUAAUGCACACUUUUAUUAAGACAUGACAGUAAAAAACUAAUUUAAAAAAGGAACUUUUUUCACUUUUCUUCUUUUUUUUCCCCUUUUCUUUUUAAUAUUAUUUACUAAAUGGAUAGUAAGGACAGCCCAGUUUACAUGAAUAUCCGAAUAACCACGCACAUCCCUAAAUACCACCCCUUUUGAUCGAUUAGCCAACCAUCAAAAUCUGUUUUAUCACCAACUUUUUUUGGUUAUGUACUCAGUGCUAAUAAUUGUUGUUGGCUCAUUGUAAACGAAUAGCUUAUCUGAAAUAUGUUCUCCUUGGUUUCACUUGAAGAAAAGUGGUCAGUAGCUCUCAUAAUGUGACUGUAGGGUUAUAAAAUCAGUGUCCAUUUUUGGUGGGGAUACUCAAGGUUUCAGACAGGUGCACUGACCGACUAAAACUGCAUUAAAGACCGUCUCAGAUGUGUUUUAGAAGCCAUGCACUGUCAGACCAACUCUAAAUACAAAGUGGCAAACAUUUGUCAAACUGUCUAUCUUAAUGUCAAACAAAAUUCAUUAUAUUUGAUUUGAUACACUGUGUAAAUACAUUUUUUUAAUCUGUAUCUUUAACCCGAUCUUGCUCAUGUAAAAUGCAUUUUGGCAUCAGAAGGUAAUUUCCAAAGCUGGACCUGUUUUCUGACUACAUCCGAGCCAGACAGCUCGACACGUAUAAGCUGCAACUGUAUCCGGCUUCAGGACUGACCUGGCAGCCUGCCUGCCACUUUACCACAGGUUUCUAACUGCCACAAGCAGGGAUAGAGAUAGCUGGGAUAUUGUGGCUCUCUGAGGGAUUUAGAGGGCACUGAGUACCACUCCCAACGGCAAAGAUGGAUGGCUUCUCAUUUUCAGCAGCAGCAGAUAAUCCUCUGCAGGUUCACAUCAUCACAGAUUUCCAGCAUGGCGGGAUUGAAACCUUUGAAUAGGAUUUUUUCAGGGUGGAUGGAGGAUGGAUUUCUGUUUCUUUUAUAUAUUAACACUUUCAGACUCCCUUUGCUCCCUCUGCCUGACGAACUCUUCUAAAAAUAGAGCAGCUGAUAUCGGACAGCCUGAGCGGUCCUACAAGGACAGGGUAGAGUCAGCAUUAAGGCUCGCCCCACCUGAACAUUUUUGUGAGAGUCCUCUAUGACUAAAAUUUGUAGCUGGGUUUUAAUGUGUCUGCUGCGUGGAUGGUGGGCGGUCUCCUAUUGUUCGAGAGAUCCUUGUCAGACGACAUAGUUUGGAUUCCAGGAAGGUCAUCUAUGCUCGGAGCUGCUGCAGAGUCAUUGUCAGUGUGAGUAGAGGAGAAAUAAUUGGCUCAGCCAACUUGCCACUUUGCACUCUUAUAUCCUGUGUAAUCCUGGGCUUAUAAUUGCCUGAGGCAGCCAUCCUCAGAGAGGGUGGCCCUGGAUUUGGUUGGGAUUGUCCCUGAGAGUAUUUCUGUCUAGUCAGAUUGAUCCCCUCUCAUGGACAAGAUAUCUGGUGUCUGUCCUGAGGAGCAGGGCUGCCAGUUUUUCUCAUCACGUCCCAUUGAUUGGCUGUGAAAGAAUGGGUUUAACAGGUUUACAGAUAGAGCUAGUUGUGUCUCACUCUGUUGCCUGUAAAUCCUUUAGAUUGAAUUAAAGAGUUCCAGGGAUUAGCCUUUGACAGGUGAACACACAGGAAAGACUUUUCUAAAGGAAAGUGCUGCAAUUAUGGUUUUAGUUCCUGUGUGUUUAAGGCUACUGUUGCGUAGGUGGUUUUGUUGACAGAUGUGAACUUCCUGCACUGUCAGUUUUAUUGUUCUUCAUCAUUAUGUGGGACAGGACCUGGGCUGUGUUUGCUUGAGGGUAUUAAGUACUUAAGCUAAGGCAGUCAUAGUUAGUUUUCACAUGCCUAUGCACCAAAGACACAGUGUCUGGUCUUACAGGGGACUAAUAGACCCUCCUGGGGCUGACGUCAUGACCACGUCACGGUAUUAGCUGCAGGCAAGACAAAACAAAAGUGGCAGAUAGAUCACUGCCACAGCUUAGCAGGUGUCAUGGGAGUUGCAAAAUGUUGUCUUGUGUUUUUGGGUGCCAGAAAAGUAGGAAAAGUAGUCUCACGACUGAAAUUGAUGUAAAAACAGAAGCUCUCUUGUUUGUAACACUCAAUAUUAAACACAACAUGUCUGACAGAGGAAUGUCAGGGCAGACAAGGUAAACCGGACCUCUCCAGUGGACACACCUUUAAACUAAACUGACACAUAAUGUGUCUCAACUUUUACAAAUAGAGCAAUUUCACCACUGCUUAAGGUUAAAGUUACUUUGUGGUGAUUGAUAACUUAGAGAUACUCUCACCAGCUCUUCUGCUGUUGCCUGGAUUGCAGGACGGGAUCUUGCUAUAUUAUCUAAGAGAGUUGCGGCCCAGUAGCUUCUCAGGCUGCUCUCACAUCCACACUAGAACUUAAAAACAAAUUCAAAUAACUAAUGGAAGGUUGCAAUUUUGCCACAGUGUCAAAAGUAGAUGUGAAACAUCAGACUCCCUUCUGUAUAUUGAUUUAAUUUGACGUGUGUGAUCAGGUUGCCCCCAGCUUGCUUUUGAUGUUGGAAGUUUCUGUUUUUACACGGUUUUGACUGGUUUUAAAACAGAUGAGUAAUUAAAACAAAUACAGUCUUUUUAGAAGUUUUUCACAUUUGAUGCAUCACUGUGAGAUCAAUUUAAGUUAAUCCUUCACUUAGUGUUUGAUAAAUGCAAUAUUGAAUGUGAUGAGCACGUAUUAUGAGUGUCCUUAGAGAGCACACUAUUGCAUAGAUAUGGCUCACUCAUGUCCAGAGACAGGUCAUGGUUUGUAAAAGUCUGAUUUAAAGGUUGGUAGUUUGAUUCUAAGAGGACUUACAAUGGUGUGUUUGAGUUUGGGGGUUCAUUAGAAUGGAUCUAAAGGGAAUAUGGUGACAAAGCGUAAUACAGCAGACCAUCUGUAGAAUAUUUACUUGAGCAUGGAAAUAUCAAAUUCUAGGCUGAAAAAAUUUAAGAUAACACUGAACGUCGUUGCACUUUUAACCUCCUGGUAACUGCUGGGAAUCUACCGUUGUCAUGGUGAAAAUAACUUUGGGUCUGUUUCAUGAGGCAAGCCGAGGCAUGCUGUGGUUUUGCAGUAACAUCACACUGUUUCCUCCUUUGCUGAAGAUAAUCCAGAGUCAAAUUAGCUUUGGCUACUCCAAGUCUGCCAGUUAAAUGUAAACACAUUUUACAAGUGGGUGUUUGCAGAAUAAACACAUCCUUUAUUUUUCUUGGGAAACUGCCACAUGGUUCACACAAAUUAAAGCUAUGAUUAAACCAUGAAGCCUGCAUGGCUAAACCAACUCUUAAAAUUGAUUUCUGUUUAUUCCAGAUUAUAUUAUUUACUAGUUUCUCAUCCUGCUGUUUGGUGUUUUUUAACAUUUCUGUGAAAAUGAAUGAAAUAAACCUCACUGUGUUUUUUUUCAGUCAGAUCGUAUUAAGCCUCAAAAAGACACUCUGGGAGGGAUGUGAUGUUUCUAGUGGAAUGGAUCACUAAAGUGCUCUGGGCGGUGUAGUCCACUCUCUGCUGGCAGCUGCUGUGGAGCAAAAUCACUGUUUUUUAUACUGAUGUGUUGUUUUGUCUUUAAGUGUUGAAUAUUUUAAUGAGAAUUUCAGGUGCUUGGUUUCCUUAAAUCUCAGCUUGAUUCUGAUCCUUAUUCUCUGUCAGUGUUUUAAGUUGCUGAACUCUCUGUUCAAUAUGAGUAAGACUCCCCCAGUCAGAAAUGACUCAGCGUAAUCACUGCUUACGGUUCGAUCCCUCAACAAGAAGGACACAAGGAAGCGCUUAUUCUGGUGUGCAGAGGCUUGUAAAUAUGGGAUGAAAUGCCGCCCUUAAUCCCUCUUACAAAAAAACAAAAUCACGUCUAUCUCUGUGUGUUUGUGUAGGCGUGUGCGUGUGUGCAUGCAAAUCCAAGCUGUUCCGGCGGCUCGCUCUAUCAUCCAUCAGGAUCAGCCAGUGGAUGUUCCUGCUGGGUCUCCCGCCCUGCCCUCUCCUGCAUUUUGUUUCCGCAGCAGUCAGCGUGACCUAUAUCCUUGGUGUGAGGCAGAUGAGACGUGACAGGGGAAGGCGACAGAAGAGAAAGCCUGAUCAACCUGUGGGCUCAGGGAGGGUGAGGAGGAAGAGCAGCUGGAGGGGGAGAAAAAAGCUCACUAACAUAAGAGCUUUUUAUGUUAAGAGGACACAUCUGUGCUUGUUUGAGCUAGCUCUGUCCCAAAUUUAAAUCAACUGAGAAACUUUUCCUGACACACUAAAAAUUUGAUGAAAAUUGAGUCUAGUCAAGCACUCAUAAGAUCUGGGUGAAUGUAGAAAUUUAAGGUUAUUUAAAAUUCUUGAUCUAAAACUGCUAAUUUUCCAAUCUAAUAAUUUCUCAAGACUGUGGGAGUGUGGAUGGUCUGGCAAAUAGGGUCAUUUUAACUAUAGAUUGUGAGGCUCGCCCAUCUGCAAUAUCCCAACAGUCUUCACCAAGAGAAAUGAGCUGCAGAUUCAGAGAAUGCAAAUUUGUUAACAAAAGCAAUUAGGUCUACUGAGAUGCAUUGCAAAUGAAUAAUACUGUGAUAAAACAACAUGUGCUGCAAAUGCAUCAUCAGCAAUGCAAAUCCAAAAGCACUUAAAAGGUGAUGCAUGCAAAAACUGCUAAUCAAGAUACAACAACUGAGCUGAGUGUCCGCAAGAGCUGUGACUCAUUGACUGCAGUUCAAAACCACAACUAUUAAACACAUGAAAAAAAACAAAAACAAAAAAAUACGAAGCAUUAUCAAGAAAUUAUUUCUGACGGACAGUUAGCUGGCUGUGCAAACAGUACUAGGUAAGCUUUAUAACUGGCAGUUCUCCUACAACUGUGAUUUCUUUUUCAAGGGCUCUUCUUCUGCAGAGCUCCAGUAGCUCAUUAGCAAUUCGCCUUUGUGUCAUGGGCGGAGACAGCGCUGCUCUGCACCCUCCUCUUCACGUUAGCUUGCAGCCUAAUUUUACAGGUGCAGCAGAAGUGGCUGGUAAAAUACAGUAGGUCUUUGGGAGCAUGAUGAAAGCUAAUAUCAUAACUAGAUUUCUUUCAACCAUUGCAAUCUGCUACUGCACACACUUGUUCCACCAUCAUCCUCUCUACUUCUCAGAGUCUAGCCUGCAGAGUGGAGCUCAAGAGGCAUGGACAGAAGACGUAGAAAAUCCCACUGUCACAAUCACCCGUUUGGGUCUGCCAGAGAUUCGUAAUUAUUUGAAUGCAGAAAUACUCAGAAAUGCAAUUUUGCACUCAUAAUUUCCUCAUGAUAUAGCAUCAGAAAAAUGCUGUAUGAACAUAUAGACAAGAAGAACAUGAUUUAAAUCAGAGUUGGUCUUCAACUCUGUUUCUAAACUUAGAAACUCCCUACCAUGUCUUUAAUUGACUUGUACAUUUAUAGCAGCUAUUUUACAUCACUCACUCCUUCACACACUCUUAGCAGAGGCUGCUGUUGUAGUGAACCAUCAGUAUUUGUUUGCAUUUCCACAUAUUUGACUGGGUACAACUGAGAGUUCAAUGUCUCUUCAUCAAUCUACCUUUUUUUUUUUUUACAUGUUAGAUGCAUGUUAUUUGUGUCAAUCCAACUAAAGCUGUACUUAAAAAUAUUUAAAAACAUGUCAAUCUAACUGAAAUUGCACUAAGUCAAAUUUCUAACCUUGAUAAUCUUAUUAGUUAUCCAUUUUCUCUUGCUUGUUUACAUCUUAAUUGGCUCCAAACUGGCCAAGGCGUUCUGUGUGGGCUCCCCAGUCAAUAUGCUGGGCUCUGACCCAACAUAAAUAUGUAGAAGAAAGCUGGCAUUGUUGUUUGGCAGAGAGACAAGAUGCAUCUAAUUUUUAACAAAAAAAAAAAAAAAAACAGGUGCCAAAUGUACAGAGCUGUAAAGUAGUCCAUGUUUUCUUAUUUCAACAUACAGCCAGUUAGUCUCUGGCCAGGUUCUUUGUUGUUUGUUUUGUAUGAGACAUAAUUCAACCUUGAGACGGCCUAAAGGACUGAGCUAAAAUGGGGGCAACUCACGAUCUACUAGAGGUGGAGGUGGACGUACAUUUGUCAAUAAAUCAAUGCUUGCUCAGUGUUGUAAACUGGGUUUGUGGUCCAAUUAAAUCACCACAGUAGUUUGACUUUACUGUUUAUGUAACUGUGUAAACUACGCAGUGCUAUUACUGUGUUCCCUGUGCAUGACGUUUUACAAUAUUACAGCAUCGUGAGAGCAGAAGAAGGUGAAACAUGUCAACAAACAGCACCUGCCCCACAUAGACACACCUACUGGCUUCAGUGUUUGCAGUGUCACCAUUGUGCCUCUCUUACUACUUUACAUUAUGGAGUAGUGUGAAGAGUCACAGUGUAUACAGGGCCCUCAUUUGAGAGGGGCCCAUUUAAGUAGAGAUACUGAAUGACUAUCAUCGCACAUGCAAACAAUAUAAGGGCUUGUGUAUCUUUGAGUUACUAAACAACUUAUAUUUAUGCUCUAUAGCCAUUAUUUAAAAAAAAAAAAUCCAGAUUUGCAAUUUAUGAUUUGCAGGAAGUUAGUUUAUACUUCAAAAUAAGAGCAUAGUUCUACCAUGUGGGAAAUAAAGCAACCUAAAAAAACAAGACAGGGAAGAAAAUCAAACUGAAAGCUUGACAAACAUUAUUUAUGAGGGAAUAUUUUCUUUGGAAAAUGUUCAUGGUGACAUGAUACAUCAAAAAACUUAAACACUGUAAGAAAUUGAUUAUAACAUUUAGAUAAAUUGCUUUUAUUAGUAAGGUUAUGGAAUAAACUGUGUCUCUGCCCAUGUCUUACCUUUUUUUUCAUUUUGACUGAUUGUGUUGUUUUAUUUUUAAGUUUCCAAAAAUUUGUCAUCAUAAAAUUUUAUUGCCAUGACAAUUGUAGGGUGACAGUCUGGUAUCAUAACAGCUUUAUUGUCAUCAUAUAGCAAUGUAAACCUUCACUUACCCAAAACAACCACAGCUGAUAACACUUGGAGCCCAGUAUGCUAACCCUUGGUGUAACAGCCGAGUAGCUGCCGGUAGACUUUUAGUGUUAUUUCAAUCAUGAAAAUAAAAUCCUAUAAAAUAAAAGAGAUUUGAUAAGACUUAAAUGAUAUGAUUAACUAUGAAAUAAACCCUCCUCCAGCACUCUUUCAAUUCUUAUGUACAUAAAACCCUAUCACUUGGUGAAAUAUGAGGCUGAGGUGAUUUGGAUCUCUUCAAAAAUUGAGCUCUUGAAAUCUGUCCAUGUCCUCAGUAAAAUUCCUGCAGUUGAACGUUGUCACCUCUAAUAGAGAUAAACAGGAUGCUUGCAGUCUAAAGAAGCUAAGUGUUGAUCUAAUUAGCACUUUAUUGGAUAAACAGCCAUGACUCAGUUGAGGAGCAUUGAAUCCUUGUUAUUUUUUAAUUAACUUGAAUUAAAUAAGGAUAAAGUAUUCAAUACAGUCAAAUUUAUAAUACUAAUGUCUUGAUUAAAAAAUCUCAACAGGUCGAACUGACGUUAAUCUGUUUAGUACUGUACAUCAGAUGGGAGUGCCUUUUAAUCAUAUUCUGAAUUACUCCUGACAUUUCUUUUUAAUAAGCUGUCACUUCUCUCUUCCUUUGUGUGAAAAGUGAAGGUAAAGCUGUGUUCUGUCACUGCAGUCAAUUGCACUGACGGUAUCUGUCUCUAUGGUUUUCUGUCCCGGACAUAAACAUUGAAAUCAACAUAAAGAUGUAAAGGUUACCCUGCAGAGACCCAGGCUGCUUGCUGCACAGAGAUCCAGCAGAGUAAUGUAUGCAAACGGCCUUGGCAGGAGCAUGGCUGUAAAUGUUUCUGGCCCUCAGUGAAGCACAGGAGGGAUCAAAGCUCAAUGAUUCAGUUUGUUCUCUCAGCUGUGAGCUAAGACAUUUAAUUUCUUUUCAUCACGUGACAUUUACUUAGUUUGGUCAGAUUACUUUGCUGUAUAUCCAGGUGCAUGUGUGUGAGAGAGUGUGUAUGUGUGUGUGCUGCUAUGGUCAGCAGUUCUCUGCACUCAGAGCUCUAAAUUCAUUUCACAGACUUCUUGCUGACAUUUCCUUUAAUCAACAGUCUAAGGCUAACUUUAGCAUCUCACUUUGCUUUCUGGGUGCAUCAUUGACACAUGUUCAUUUAUGUCUGUCUUGACUUCAUCUCUGUGGAUCUUUAACAUGCUCAGCAUGCUACUCUGCUGUUGCUUGCAUGUUCCUGUGAGAUCUUUGAAAUUAAAACCUGUGAUUUUUGGCAGGAACUGUUGCUAAAUGAGACAGCAAAUGAAUGCAGAGGAAGGUGAACACGUCCAGCUUUACUCCAAACUGAAUACUCAGAGGGCUUACUAAAAAGAAGUCAAAAAAUCAAUAACACAGCCUUUAAAUUAGUAAAAGUCCUCCCUGCCAUCCUCCAAGUCAUAGCAUAGUCAAUGCUUAAAUCUUAAGCAUCACAACACUGCUGUAUAGAGAUUGUAGUUCACUAAUACCACCACAUGAACAUGCGUCUCCAAUCCCUCAACAUGUACCACACAUUACAGGAAACCUGCAAAGAGACACAAAUUUCACCUUUCAGCCUGCGUUCAUCUAUUAUGCAGAUUCAAAGAGGAGCUUGGGUUGAUUGAACGUUAUUACCAUGCAGACUGUCUUUGUAAUCAGUGAACAAUCAGAGUUGAUUGCUUAUGAUUAUGAAGGUGAACAACUUUGACUCAACUUUGCCAUUUUACUGAAGAAUGGUGAGCAUGAAGAGAAAGGAGAAGGUGGGAAACUCCUCCAAUAGUGAGCCAAAGAAAUAAAGUACCAAGCAUAUGCUUUUAAAGUGCAGUGUGCAGAUUUAAGAUAUUUAUUAGCAUCCAGCUGUAAGACUUUGGAGUAAAACGCUCCUUAUCAACCUUUCCUGUCACCAAGGCAACGGUGGACAGAACCAAAAAGUGAUUUUUGCAAUAAAGAUGCUGUCACCUUCAACAGAUUUAAGUAAACUAUCUCAAGGGAUGAGAUUGUGAUGUUUUUAGUUAUUUGAUCCAAAUAACUAUAGUUUACCGCUCAGUUCUGUGAUAUCGAUUAUGGGUUUUUAUUGUUUUGGUAACUCAAGCUGACACUAGUGAGUAAUGCUAAACAAAGCAUAGUUGACUCUUAUCAUUCAGAGGAAGCAUUAGCAGGAUCUGUGAAAGACGCUCUAACUGAGAUCAUUCAGGCUUCAGUUUUCUGUAAACUAACUCUAAAUGAAUAAACCCUCUCUUACCCAUCCAGCAGAAAACUUCAGUGUCGGUCCUCGAUCAUAAAUUUGUCAUUAGGAUUUUCCAUCUAGGGACGGGAACACUGAUGUUAACCCUCAUUUUCAGCUAUCACCUGUCCCAAUCUCUUUUUUAUUUCUUCAUGUUUUUGUUUUUUGGACAAAAACUCAGAUUAACUCAGAUCCAAGGUUCAGUGACGCAUGAUAAAUCUGAUCCUCUAUUUGUCAAGUUUGUAAGAUCAAAAACUUUAUCACUACAAAUUCAUUUGCACGACAACAACCUAUCUCACUCUGUCCUCUCAGCUCCCUGACCAGCACGUCUCACACAGUCACUUAGUUAACAAAACCGAGGACCUGCUGCUUCUAUAAUAUAAAGAGCCUUUUAUCAGUCAUCAGAAAAGAAAUAAUUAUGAUUUUCCAUUCAAUCUAAACUGAUUAGAUCUUUUUCUUAAUACAUUUCAUUUGCUGCUAAUGCUGCUAAAUUCUACAUGGUGUACAGCCUUGCCCUCUGCCCUCAACAUUUUGUACAGUUGUAUUGAUCAAGACUGUUUUGAAGCAAACUUUUGACAUAGCUGGUGCGUCAGGUCAGUCAGUAUUGAGACUCAACUCCAAUACUUCAGCUCACAGAUAAAUAAAUGCUGUACCUGACAUUCACAGACUCUCAGUGGAGGCAUAAUUACAUAACAAAAAUGCAGGAGCAACAGUAAGAAGCAUUCACCUGAUGAAUGGUACCCUUACCAAAUAGAAGUAUGUUUGAGUUUACUUCAAGUAUACUGUGUUUGACGAAGUAUGCUUUCAGUUUGCUUUUUAUGCACUUUUCAGAGAUAUACUUAUCAAAGUUAAUGUAAUGGGAAAUGGGUUUGUACUAAGAAUUAUACUAAAAGUCUCAAUAAAUUUAACCUAUACUUAAACUUUUUAAUGAAGAUAUACUUAAGUAUGCAUUUGUGCCUUAGGUUUAAGUAUACUUGGCUUGUACUGCUGAUCUUUUUAAAAGUUAAAUACUCUUAAAAAGAUAUGCAGCACCAGCCAAGUAUGUAAAUAUUUACUUCUAUUGAAAUACUAGCAUACCAUAAAGAUAACUUUAAGUAUGCUUCAGAGUGGGCAUGCAGAUGGCCGAGCAGGUUAAGGGGUGCCCUAUGUUGGGAGUGGUAGUGGGUUUGAUUCCAGCCCCGACUCUGUGCUGCGUGUCAUCCCCCCUUUCUCUCUAUCUUCUGCAUUUCUCCUCUGUCCCAUUAAAGGGAAAAAAAGCCUACUGAAAAAAAGGAUGCUUCAGAGCAUACUUUUAUAAACUAGGGGACUUGAAGUUUAUUACUAGUAGCUGAAAAGUAUACGAAGAAGUUCACUUUCAAGUAUGCUUCAAGUCUAUUUUUAUGAACUAAAAUUGCACCAAUUAAGUCUCAGGAAGUUUACCUAAAAGUACACUGUUGGUAUAUUUUAUCAGUUUACAAAGUAUACUUUUGGAAGUAUACUAAAUGAACUUCAGUAUACUUCAUAGAAUGUACUUGAGGUAUACUUUGUUUUGGUAAGAGUAGUCUGUGUGCAUUAGUUAGACCUCCUCUGUCCGUCCUUCUGGCAGAAAAUGAAGGAUUUGAUUUUAGUCUUGGCCUUGCACGUCUCUGUUUGCUUCCUGCACACAACAAAAUGGUGACUGAGACGAAUAGCAGCCAGGUUAGGGGUGAAAGUGGUUUACUAAUGGAGCCAGAUGGAUUCAUUUGUUCACCCUUUCAGCCCACUCUGUCCUCCUCCUCCUCUUCCCCCUCCUCCUCCUCCUCCUCCUCGUCCCGUAAUUGGCUCUGCUGAAGCUUCUUUCCUGCUAAACUAUUAAAAGAUGGCAGCAUUAUGAAAGAGCUCGUAUUCAGAUUCCUCCUGCUCUAACCUUUCCAUUUAUUUUGUUCAGGGUUUGUUUAUGUAAUUAUAAAAAGAUGUGGUUCAAUUAUUUUUGUUUAAAUAUUGAAGCUUACUCACUCUGGCACCCUUUUUUAUGGAGAGAAAGCAUCAAUCUUCUUAAUUGCUUCCAUUAGCAGCACAAUAUGAGCAUCUCCAAAUAAGCUGGAUUUAAUUUUGCUCCUUGCUGUGCCCCACUCUACAAGUUUUUAUAUUUAUCUCAUAAUAGUACAUAAAACUCAUGAGCGCAGUGCCAUCAAUAACUUCAGCGGAUAAAUAAGUCCAUCUUGUACGUGACAACAAAGUACACUGAGAUGAGAUUUUGAGCAUCAAGGUUUAAUAGUUUGUAUGAAUAAUGUUACUCUUGGACUCUACCGCAUGUUGUUGUUAUAUUGUUGUUUUACAGAAUUUUUUUAACAUCAUUUUGCUGAAAUGUAAAAUGUCUUUAUUGUCUGGAUGGCGAAUUAUGUCAGAGUAACAUGUCUUUAACAGCCAGUCAUAGAUCUACUCUGUUUUACUUUACUUCCACCAAAUCCUUGUUCAGUCCAUCUUUGCUCCAUUGUGGUUUGACCCUAUGCUAAGUCAAACACAAUCUGGCGUCAACAGGGAGUGUUUCAUUCCAGAAUGACCAUAUGUUUUUAUGCUUUUUGGUGUCUGAUUUCCUGUGUUGCUCAUUCUGUCCUGCAGUGAUUGAUGUGCUGUGCUUUAGCAUCUUGAAAAUGAGGAACAGUACAUGCUGGGGUGGGCCAGAGCUGACAAGGAGCAGAAACAGUGGAGCUGGUGGCAGUCGACACGUUGACUAGAGAGAAAACCUUUUAGUCCUGCUGCUGCUGCAAAGGAGACAGACCAAACGUAGAUUUGGUGGAAGGUAACAUUAGGGGAGUCCCGAUACAACUUUUUGACUUCCAAUACAAUACCAAUAUUGUAGCCUUUAAUAUUGAUCAAUACCAAUACUGAUCCGAUAUUGGCACAAAAUUGUGCAUAACAAGUUUUUCACUCAGCUGCAAUGCCUUUUUCAGACUUCAACAAAAAUGACUGCCACAGAGCCGACAUCACUCCUACUCCUUGCUGCUUUGUUAGUACCUCAGUACACGCUGUUGUUGUGAUUUUGUGGGCUCAGCCUGCUGGAUCAGGGCACUGGUAUAUAGAGGUGUUGGAGCGGAGUCUGGAAUGGACUGCUUGUAUUGGAGUGCGGAUUUUAGAAUCAGGUCGAUAUAAUAUGAUAUCCGUUUUUUUUGCUGAUAUCAGACCAAUAUCAAUAUCGUAUCGGGACACCACUAGUUCAUAAUAGAAUAAACAAAGUCAGGUGUAGGGAUUAUGAUUGAUAAACGGAACUAUGAAGAACCCAAAAAUCAAUUAUAUUUGAGCUUAUGAAGUCUGCUAUAGGGUGCCGAGGGUCCUAUGAAAUGAUUUAAUACUGUGAGUUUAGUUGAGUCAUGUUUAUUCAAUCAAUGGUUCACCCAAAUAAUUAUACUGUCUGAUAAAGUUUUUUAACACGAACAAGCAUAAAAGUACACAAAGGAGAGUUUUGGUGAUCUGUGGCUUGUCCCGAUGGCUGGAUGUGCUAAGAGGUCCAAAGUGUGCCUCCAUUUUGCUGAAGCUGAAGGAAGGAAUGAAGCAAAAUGCAAUUCUUGAAAGAGCAAGACUUGCCAUCAUAUAUGCUUAUGAGGGGCCCCUGCUGAGUUGACAAUUAGUCUAUAUGACAAGUGUUAUAGCUGCCUCCAGGAUGCUAAAAACCCAUCUUAGCUCUACCUCACUCACUACCUUACUACUGUGGAACAUGAAAUAAAGUUUUCAAGGUAACUUCAGCUUUUUAGUGAUACAAAGCUGCUUCGUUCCCUACCAGGGUAGAUCACCAUGGUAACUUAUGCUGAACAUCAAAGCCGCUCAGGGUCAGAGUUAUGUUCAAGGUUAGGGAUCAGUAUGUAGAAAACUCCAUCUGCUGAACAAUUGAUUCUCCCAAUCAGCUCUGAGCUCUGUGAACUGUUUGGAUGAGAGAGGGAUCAGCCCUUUGUCUACAAGUCGGGCUUUUCAUAUAAGGACUUGAAGAACAGUAUUAGCUUGAGGGAACAUAUAGCCAUUUUUUGUGGAUGAUCAUUGUGUAUUAUUGUGUGAAUGACUUUCAUUCUGUUUUAUCCGUACAACAGAUACUCCCAACCUGUUUACACUCCUCUCAACCAUUUGUUCUACGAAAUGGAUCCAUACAGAUGAGAGUAAUGUGAUUAGAUUUGAAUUACAAAGUUAGAAUAAUGAAAAAUGUCAGUAAUAUGAAAACAAAUGUGUAGUUAUCUGCACCUGUAAACAAAUUAAAGUCUCAGAGAUGCUAAAUAUUAAUUUAAAACCUCUGCUGCUCCUCUGCCUCUCACUUGUAGCAGGAUACUGGUAACACAUGCAGUGAUUUCAGCACUGCUGCAGUAAUGGAGAGAGUGAGCCCGUUUCAACAGAUUGAUAAUUACUGAUUUUGAGGAGAAAUUGAAAAUAUGACAUUUCUCUUUGUUUUCACUGGAAUGAGUCAGGAGUAACACAAUAUAUUUCCCCACUCGCUGUGACAGUCAAAAGGUUUUUCUUUCCUGCUCUUGCAAUUUGCAUAAUUGAACUGGAAUAUGCGAGUGUGGGCAAAUGAUGUGAGCUUAGGUGAAUGUGUGUGUGUGUGUGUGUGUGUGUGUGUGCGUGUGUGUGUUUAUGUAUUUUUGCAGAUCAUAGCUCACCAUUUACCCCCCUUAUGAAAAGCCAAUAAUCCUCUAUAAAGGGUGAAUUUUAUGAGCCCUAAAUAAAAGCUGCUGUUUUAUCACAAAAUCUCCUACAUUAAACACCACAAGGAAGUAAAACAUGUUUGCAUGUUGUUAACAUUUGAUAACGGUUUCUAUCAGCCUGGUUUUCAACAGGAAACUAUUUGUUUACUUAGUGACCAACAAAACUUUGUGUUAAGUACUAAUUUGCAUACAUCACUGCGCUUCCACAGAUGAUGCACGUGGCAGCGGUGGGACUGUACUAUUCAGAAAUGUUAGGCCGUGUUUGUACUUAUGAUGGCAUCUGUGCACAAACAUCACUUAGAUUAUUUAACAAUUUGAUCAAAUUUGUGAAUACUGUAACUUUACAGAAUUUAAGGGAUAACAACUAACAUGAAAAUACUACACAAAAUAGCCUGUUUGAAUAGAGUUUUUAACAACAUGGCAAAGCUUGAAAGCAAAGCAUGUUAAAGUUAUUGUUGAUUACAUGGAGGGCUGUUGUCUGACUCCAAACUAUUCCCUGUCUGAAUCUACAGAGACUGUUUGUGGCCUCAGGGUUGUGUAGGAAUUGCAGUUAAUUUAUCAACGACAUUAAAGUGUUGUGUUCUUGUGAAAAUGUGCACCACAUCUCUCUAUAAUGGGGCAAAGGCUCAUUGAUUCUGCUGCAGUGGAAUCUGUACAAAAAACAUGAAGCCCACCCACUGUGGGUUUGCUGACCAAAAACACUUAGAUCCGGCGGUUCAGCUAUUUCUGUUCAUAACUUUAUCAGCCUGCUUCACCAACAUGUGUUGAAAUUCCUCUGUAUUUCAACACAUGUUGGUGCAAUGGGUAAAAUUUUCAUGAUGCUUCCACCAUGAUAAUCUGCAUGACGAGAAUUAUCCUAUAAGUUUUUGUUAUAGGAGUAUGGCUGAGUGGGUGUGUUAAAAUAAAAUACAGCUGAUGCCUUUUUACUUUUAAUAGAAAGCGAGAGUGCAUGACCCCAUUAUCGCAGUCAUUUUAGGAUUUAUUUCAAGACCUUGUUAUUUUUCUUAAAUCUUUAAUGGCAUAGCACCUUGGUACAUCUCUGACCUACUACACUCCCUGAGAUCUUUGAGGUCUGCUGAUCAGCUGCUUUAAUGGUCCCUAAAAUGCCCCCUUUUCCUACAAACUUAAAAAUCUUAGUUUAAAACUUCUUCUAAUCCCUUCACCUGUUCACAGCAUCAUAGUUUUGUGGUCUCUGUGAUUUUAGGUUGACCUUAUUUCAUUCUUUUACUCUAUCUCUAAGAAUAAAAAGACCAAAACUGAGGUCAAGUCAGCAUUUCUAUUGUGGCCUGCCAUCUAAGUCUGUCUCUGUAGGAGCCAGUUGGAGACAUCAUGAAACAUCUGUGUUUUCUGCAGUCUGGAUGGAGCACCUGACCAACAGACGUUAGCAUGUUAGCAUACACUUAGAGUCAGUGAUCUGCUCAGGUGCAUGAAUGAGUAUGACUCACCUGGUUCAAAUAGAACAGUGGGUUAUUUUUGAACAGGUCUCUCUUCCUGACACAUUUCAGGAAUAGCAUGAGAUGGCCCAUUUACUGACCACCCGCUGUCUGAAGUUAAUGUAAGUGACUUUGCAUUUAACUCAAUAGUUUCUUUUCAGUCUUUAUCUUCCAGAGAUGACACAAACAGACUCAGGGGGCUCCUCUGGUAAAACAAAAACAGCCACCACACUUAUCCCUCUUGAUUUCUGCUGGUACCUCUUAUAUUGACGCUGUUUCAGGAUCUGAGAUGAAAGUGGCCUCUCCUCUUGAUUGCUGUUCACAGACUCACUUUGCAUUUCUGUGCUCUUUCAUCUGCAGAACAAAACCUGAACCUGAUGUAUUAGACCGCUUUGAUAGUCACGCUCUGUUGCAAUCUACCUCUGGCUUGAUUUACAUAGUAGAUGAAAGUGGAGAAGUCCUCAAAAACAAUCCCACUAAAUGUCUGGGUAUGCUCACACACUUUCGUUAUUCACGCAAUACCUUCAGUCUUUUGUAAGUGUGUCAUAGCCAAAGGCAGGAAACAUAAUUAACUCUGCUGCUGCUGCGUUUCUGUUGGGUUUUAUCAGAGGGACAUUUAGUUCAAUUAUGAGCACAUAUUUACUGUAGAUAACCUGACCCACCAGACUGCCCACACAGAGGAGGGAUGGCAUUUCCACAUAAUGCGAACGCUUGAUUAAACUUCAGUCCCACAGGUGUUUUUUAGGGAAAAAUUGGUUUUAAAUGUCUUGAUAGGUUUCAAUCUACAUGGAGAAAACCGGUAAUAAUUUCCACAAAGAUUGAAUCAAAUCUGAAAGUGGUCUCACUGACGUCUAGAGAGGUUUCACCAAAAUAAAGCUGCAGACUCAACCGUAAGAGGCGAAGCUAAGGGAACAUUUUUAGCCUCCUGGAAAACAUUAUCAGCACGUCACUGUGCUGUGCUUAUAAUGUUGAUUUAUGCACAACUCUGAGGCACUUCUUUGUCCACUAACGAGUUCCAAAUUCACAAAAAGUGUAAGUUCCUCACAGGAGUUUGAAAACAGAUGAUGUUGUCUGUUUCAUUAAAGCUCCUGUGAGGAACCUUCAGUUUGUGGACAAAGCAGUCUUUUGUAAUCUUGUCAUCUACAUAUUUAAUUGUGUCUUUUGACAAAACUCUCAUCCUGCUACAAUCAAGUUUACCAUUUUUUGUAAAAACAUUUUUUGUUUUAGUUUUUUUGAGGUGACGUAAAAGCAGGGUUUUUAAGGUUUGGAUGAAUGGAUCACCAUAAAGCUUGGAACACAGAUUGUUAGUUCCAAGAUGAUGUAGCCUAAUGAUUGUGGUGAUCUUCUUGCACAAAAUACAGAUGGAAAUGUGUCAUUUCUACUAUAACGAAUGUACAACAAAAAGAUAUUUUACAACCACAUUAAGCAAAGACAUUUUAACUCUCUUUAAGUUGAAAUCUAAUGAGUCUGGUAAUCAAUCAAAGCCCCCAUGAGGAGUAUUUAAACUGAUCAUGAAACAGACUAAAAUACACAAGGAUACAUCUAAAUGAGCUACAGAGGCAAUCAAGCCAUAGUUUGCUUUGCACUUUUCAAAAAGAGCCUCAAAAGCUUUACUUUGGGCUGUUAAAAGAAAGCAGCAAAAACAACAUGUGCAGGACUAGUGCAAGCAAAGAGUGAAGUGUUGCUGUGUCCUGGAGGGGUACCAAACUGGACAUGGAUCAAAAAAGUUCCUCAUGGAGGCUUUGAGAUUUUUUUUGAGGUUAAUGAAUUUGUGCUCUUGUUGUUGCACAAGCCUCAGCAACAUCUGAAACGUUUGCACGUUAACAUUCUUAACACAAAGGCAGUCAGAGUACUCAUUACACCUGCUGAACAUCAACAUGUUGUCAGCUUGUUAGCAGAUUGAGAAUUGCUUUCAGCCGUGCCAGGUGGGGCUUCUUUGAGUUUCUUGUUGUUGGAGAGAAAAGCGGUGCUGCACAUGUUGAUCCAGUCCAGUUUGUGCCAAAAGCAUCUGUGAGCAAGAAAUUGUCUCUGUGUACUUGAAAGCAUCCAUCUCAGUGAUCAUGUUUUCUUCCUGUAUUUGACUGAGCUCAGACUCUCGAUUUGUCUUCCAGCUCUGGUGGGACCCUGAACGUGUGGGCCGCAGGCUGGCCCGGGUCACAUUGAUGCUGCUGGGCGCCAUCCAGUACUGUCCUCACCACCUGCUCCUGCUCCUCCCACCUCCACACCAGCCAUGGCUAUGAGCGGUGACCCUGUCUGUGAGAGGCUGGGCCCUGACUCUGACACACAGACCAGCAGUCUCACAGACACACUAGCAGCCAUGACGACCAAAGACUCAGACGGCUCGGCUACAAACGGCGUGAAGAAUGGCGGGGCUCAAAGGGAGGGGAUUCAGGGCAGGAGGACUCAUCCGGUGCGGCCCCAUAUGACUGGGAGGAAGUUGUCGCUGCAGGAGAAAGGGACCUACAUGUCAGGCUCUGGAGGAGGAUACACGCACAUUUCACCUCGGGUGGCUCGGAGGCCCACUGUGGAGUCGAAACGUGUGUCCAUUUCAGACGCUCAGGUUAGUAUGAAUUUUUUUUGUCAUUCUAAACAAUUAAAAAAAAAACUGAAAAAGCUGCAACUAAAAUUCUACUGAAGUGGUCAUUCUUUUGAGAGAUAACUUAUCUUGUAAGUGGAAUCACAGAAAGUCCAACAAAAUCAGAACUUCUUUUCUUAAAUUGUUCAUCCGCAGUCUGAAUUGGGACAGUUGGCUGAUGAAUUGCUGCAGUUGGGUGUGACAGGUGGUAUCAUAGCGGGGAGCGAAGCACAGACUGAGAGACAGCAGCUCUAUUGUGUUCAUAAAAGCAGUGGUCAGUGUAAAUGUAGCUCAGUAUCUCUUCAUCAUCACCAAAGAAAGAGGAGCACAAGGCCUGGGUGGAACAUGAGAGGCAGAAAGAGGCAAGAGCAGGUGUAUUCACUCGUCUCUCAUUAGGACGUAUAUAUUAGCUGAUAUAAUAUGUGAAUGCAUCAUGGAGCUGUUGUCUCAUAUGUGCAGCAUAUAUGAUACUGUAUGCACUGCAUGAAGAACAGUUGUGUGUUUUGUUGAUGUGUAAGAGAGUUCAUGCUCUGCAGCAGCCAUUGUAGAUUGUUUCACUGGACAGACACAUAGACUGUAUAUACUAUGGACCACUUGGUUCUGCCCUAACAGUAUACGGAUUUGAAGCCAAAAAGCUCUCGGUAUUUCUGUGUUUUUUCGGAAUUUCCUGAAACCAACAUUGCACAGUAGCAUUGUACGUAUUUGGUGGGAGAGUCGCUGUGAUGCCGCUCGACUCAAACAGCGUAUCUCGCGAGUGAGCUACGCAACCUUUGUACGCCCAUAAGCUGUAUCAGGUGUCAAUCUUAGAAAACAUGAACCCCCUAAAAACUUUUAAAAACGGAGCUUCACAGCAAAAAAGAGGACUUGAGCACAAACCAGUCUUACUGUAACUACAUGUCAACAUCACAAGCAGGGGGGAGAAAAAUUCAUAUUCUGUGUAAUAAAUUUCUAAAGUUUGUCCACAGCUCCAUAGGGAUUGCUGGCGGAGGCGGGAUUUAUGACCUAUACUGCAGCCUGUCACCAGAGGGUGCUGUUCUGGGUGGCUUCACCCAGCGAGGAGGCAGACAGCGUCCGUUCUAUAUACAGUCUAUGGACAGACAUGAAAUAGUCUGAACAGCACUGGGGCGUUAGAUAAACCAUCAAAGAAUAAAAAAGGGUGGAGGGCCUUUUAUUACAUCCCCACAUAAUCAUAUGGAACAUUUUACUCGUUUUUUUCUGUGUUUGCAUGCCUUUAUGUAUAAAUCAAACAAAAUUGGUGACACUUAACGCCUUUCCUCUUGAAUUAUACCCUCAAUAGGUUCAGACUGUUUAGGCUGUCACCACUAAUCUCCAGGCUCAGUAAAGAAAAUCCCCUCUCUGCGUGCUUUGGCAUUCAUGAUCUAUUUAUUGCAUAUUCAGGAAAGAAAUUCACAGUGCAAAAUGUAAGCUACAUACUUCAUCUCGUGCCAUCCAGGGUUUCUAGAGAGGCAAGAGUUAGCAGACAAACCCACAGCGAUGAACACGUGAAGUAAAAACUGCAGAUGCCAUGGAUUCAGCCUUUUUCUAGUUUGCUGCUUCCUGCUACUGAUAAGUAGUCUUUAAAUAAUAACAGUUAUCAUAAUUAACUGUAUUCAUAUUGAAAAAAGUGCUCUACAACAGAAAGAUAGGAAAUAUUACUGCAAAAAAGUCAACAGAAUUUAAAGAACAGGACAACAAUGCAACUGCAAAAGCAAUAAGUCAACUAUCAUUACUUAAAAUUCCAUAAAAUUAGAUAAAAUGUCCUAAAAAAGUUAACAGAAUAAACUAAAGCUUAGUUAAAACCGGUGCAAUCAUUGUUCUGAGGUAGUUUUCUGUUAUCAAGGCCAGAGGAACUAAAAAGGAACAGUUCAAAGUGCUCUCAUUUGCUUCUUUGUCAAGUGUCAGAUAAGAAAACCACCAGCCUCAGGUUUAACCAUGCAAACAGACAUGCAUGCAUGCAUAUUAUCUUGGCGAAUGCUUUCACAGCACUUGCAUGCAACAUUUUUUUGCUCGUGAGAGCAACUUUGCAGCCUGCAGGGAGAUAACUGUUCUGAUUGCAUGCAAUUGAUGUGAGCAGUCAAACUGUGUUCUUCCUCCUUGCCAAAACAACCACAACCCAAUUUAGGUGAGUGUUGCCAUGACCAAAUGCUGUUGCGCUGCGUUCAGAAAAAUAAGAAUAAAAAUCUUAUGUUUUUCCUCAAAAAGCACAGGGUGGUAAAAGGGAAAAGUCUGGAUUCUUUGGGUUAAAAGCAGAAAAGAUAAAUAUGGCCGACUAGUGUUGUAUUCUUGCAGGCUGCUGUUCACUGCAACCGCGUUGCUGUAGACUGUCACUGUCACUAGAUUCUCAACAAAGUCACUGAUACAUUAAAGCUCCUAUGAGGAGUUAUUUGACAUGAAUGAAAUAGAGUACAAUCUUUAUUGAUGCCUUUUUAUGAUAAAGAAAAGCAAACAAGGCAAUAAGGGACAAGUUUGAAUUUAUUGUAUUAUAUUACAACUUUUAACAUCUGAAACUGCUGAGAGGUGCCAGUCAAGCAGAUGAAGAAAAAAAAACAGCUCUGUUUUUGAAGUUUUUUUUUAUUUUUUAUAAAAUAUUCACAAUAACUGGAAACCUUCGCUGUCAGAAGUCAGCAGGUUGAGAUUUUUGUAAAAAAAAACACCACUUCAGGACAUAAAUGAAAAGAUAAGGGGAGACUGUUUCUCUUUGUAGGAAUAGGAGUGAGCACCAUAGCAAAGGUGUUCAGUAAUAGUUGUUUGCCAGGUUAAGUGGAGUUAGAUUCAGUCUAACAAAGCAGAAACUGAGCAGGUUAUCACCCUUGGCUCAGAGCUUAAAUCCCAAGGUCCCAUUUAUAAUUUAGUGAACUGAAGUUGUGGUUUUAUCUAGGAUUUCCUUUCUCCCACCAGCAUGUUAUGAUUGGCUGCUCUCAUCAAUUGGUCCGAUCAUAAAGGGGGAGAACUGUAUCACUGCAUUAUAUUCAGGGAUAAUACUUUGACUUUACCCACUCUCACAGACAAAACUGAGAAACUACUCACAAGUGGAGCAGGUCAAAGUUGUACACGCAGAAAAGCACCAACGAUGAGGAAAACAAUCAGAAAGGACCUGCACAGAACAGGGACCAUUAUUUUUUUUUCACAAUGAUUAUCAAUGAAGAACACUGGGAGUGUUUUUGCCACGGUGUCAACAGACAGACGUACAAUGUGCUUUACUCUUGUUUGGAUCAAUCAGAAACAAGUUUUAAACAUAGCUGGAAAAUAUUCAAGAUCAGGAACUGUGUAGCUACGCUCUGACUUUUUCAGGCACGUUAUUAAAUUAAAACAGGGGAAAGAGAGUUAGCCUUCCCCCAGGCCACAAAAACUAAACUCCAUUAAAGCUCACAAAUGAACUAACCAGUGUAAAGUCGCCAAGAUUGAAGCAGGGUCUCUUGAUUUCACUUCACCCAGCCAAGAAAAAGCUCCUUACAAAAUCCUACAACUACCCAUUCAUAUUUAAUUUGACAUUGUAGUAUUUUUAUUGGAUUAAAUAAAAAAAGAAGAUUUAGGUGUUGAUCUGGAAGACACUGGCAGGUGCUUUGUGUUAUAUGUGUUUAUAUGACAGAGUUAUUGAUCGUCUGGGUUUUAACGAGAUGGUUAGAUAUAGAGGGGUUGGAAUAUGUCCCAGUUUUUUAAAACUUGACUGUAAAACUUAACCCCUAGAGAAAGUUGUUGAUUAUUAAUGAACACACUGAGCCUCAUGAUUUAUAAAACAAAGCAAACAUGCAGCUGCUAACCCCCUGAAAACUUCAGAGUUUCCUGCAGUGGUGGGUGACUCCUCCAGUUUUCCCCUCCAUUUUUCCUGUGGCUUUUCUUCAUUCAGAGCGAACAUUAAAAAUUCAUGACAUCUGCCAGGAUGUGGAACCCCUGUGAAUUUAACAGACUGCUGCCACAGACCAGCAGACCUGUCAUUGUGUCCUUCCUAUCUGCAAACUGAGCUCAGGCUCCAUCACUGGGCCAUAAAAAGAAGUCGUGUUGAUUGUAUUUUCUCGCUCUUUCUGGGUCUACAGCUACAGCGUGACACAGCAGAGAGAGGAAGAAAAAGAGGGAGAGGAAGGAAAAGAGAGAAAUUUCGAGCUGCACAUAUACCAGCUAUGACUGACAUUUUGAGUUGUCACUGUUACUGUGUGUAAAAGCAGCUAUCACAAUGGAAAAGUGUAAAAUGACUGACGCAUGAGUGAUUUUAUCUCAUAUAUUCAUCAUCUCCCAACUUAAUUUAUGACAUGCAGAACUGGGAGGUCCUAUCUUCGCUACUGGGAAGAGACAGAGUGAGGCACUGAGGCAUAGAAAUAUCAACUUACACCCUUGUCAUGUUGCAGGAAAAUUCUCAUUCCCAGGAUUUCUCAUUGCCAAUGAGUGUAAUUUCUCUCCUCUUGAGAACACAAACAACAUACCCACUUAGACAGGAUUAAGGAAAUCCUGAGAGAGAGGACCCAAAAUGUGGAUUAAAGCUUGCCUCCAGUCUUGUAAUGUUUCAAAAAAACAGGUUGACAGCUGAGUCCUAGUCCAAGGCUGAGCUGUAAAUAUUUGAGUUUGUGGUUCAAAGUUUUUAAUUCAAUGUUAUUUACAGCUCCUGUGAGAAACUUUUGGUUUGUGUCAGUCUUGGUGCGUCUUUGUGAGUCCUCUACAUGCUUAAGUGAAGAAAUGUUAAAAGACGUAUCACUCACAUCUACCCCUUACGACAAUCAUUAAAAAUUACAACAUAGAAGUUAUCUUUGCACCGAUGGUCUUGUUUGCUUUUGUAUAUCUCAGUAAAGCAUUGUUAUGAAUUUCAGUCUAUUCGAUAAAUGUAAAGAAAAAAAAAAACUCCACAGGAACGACAUACUUGUGACUGUAAUAUGAAGGGCAUUUUAGUCUCUUUUUGUAACUUCUGUCAGUGAAGUCUGGAAGAUCCCCACAGUGUUGUUGUUUUGUACUGAAACGAAUCAAGACAAGUCCAGUCUCGAGUCCUCAGUCUUCAAUUCCCAGUUCACUCAUCAGAGAAGAAUCUGAGUCGAGUCUGAUUUAAGUUUUAUUGAUAUUGUUUAUCAUAAGGAAGAUUGUUGUCUCACUUCAAACUGGUCAUUGUCUGAUGUUUAGAAAAUACAUUUUAUCAAUAAUGUCAGACUUUCCCGGAUCCUGUUGGCAUGUCUGGAGAUUUAAAUGAUGAGUAAAGUUAGUGUUCUGUGUCUCUAUUAGAGAGGAAAGGACAGUGGAUAGAGCAGGAAGUGGGCAGUGGUUGAGUCACUUUGGAGGCUAACGUUGACAUUAGCUUUCAAACAGUAAUAGACAGUCUGAGUAGACUAACUUAAGCACUUAACUUGUCUCACUUAAUAUUCUAAGUACACUCUGGUCAGAUGUCUGUUAGAGUUUCCUCUCCUGUCUUCUCUUCAGUGACUCUCUUACAUAUCAAACAUCUUACACUUCACUUUCUCACAUUCGCAGUGAAAGGUAUGACUUGUUCAAAACAUGAUAAAUAAUUGAGGCCCUAUACUGAUAAUAAAAAACCAUAAACAUUGAAAAACUAUCUUCAUCAAUACGUAAGGCAGAGUCCUUCUCUCCAUGAGCCAAUACCUAGUGCAGUAAAUGCUCAAGUCCAAGUGUGACUCAUCCGUGCUUGAGUACAAGUCGAGUCAGAAACCAUAAAAAUCAGGAGUCCAGCCAGACCUGAGUCUGUUCCCUGGAUUUGGAUCCUCACAUGAUGUUAGUUGUUAAACUCAGUCUGCUCUAGCUCUGAAUAAAGAUAAUUUAGACAUUCAGCUGUUUGCAUUCUGUUGCUGCUUACUGAGUGGGGUUUAUGGUAAAGUAAAGACAAAGGCAACAAGGAUGGCAUGAUUUGAUAUUGACUGUUAUACUUUAUACUUAUACUUACAACUUUUGACCUAACUUUUUGGUUUUCUUAUUUAUUGGUUUUAGUCGUGGCUUUUUUUUUUUUUUUUGCUGUGGUUGCCGUAAUUUUAUGACUACAGUCCUAUAAUCCUGUUUUUUUAGGUGGCCCAAGACUCCCUCAUUCACAGCAAAGCAGAUGGCACUUGUUAAUGUCUGGUCCCUGGUUGGUUCUAAAGAUGGCGCUGCAAAUGUUGUGUGACAACAUGUGAAAUCCAUGAGUAAGAGAGCCAAGCAAGCGGAGCCUUAACAUACCAGGAUGCAUUGCAAACAAGUGGCCGUGGUAUUUAUUUUCAUUUCUUCAGUCUUAACUGUGGCUCCAAGAUGCAUGCUUCGAUAUCUAUCCAACCAAAAGGCUGCACCAUUAAUCACAACAACCUUUUGCUCUUUUAUAAUGAGAUCAAAUUCUGGUAUAAUGGUGUGAAAAUCUCAGCCAGUUUGCAGCACAGUCAAAGGUGGAGGCUAUUGAUCCUCGCUGAAACAGUCUGCAGCUCUUCAGGGACUUACAUUACAUCAGAUAACAGUGCUGUAGCUGAAGAGCUAAAUAUCUUACUGCUGUAAAGGCACAGAUAUUAUCAGCAGCAAAUUCAAGUGCGUUUAUUUACAGUUGACACUUAGUUUGGAGGAAACAGAUCAUUUUUAAUAUCGGAGAAGAGUUGCUUUAAGAAAAAGACUCAAUCAAAUGUGAAGCAGUCCUCUGAAAGGAUGUAUUGUGAAGAGCCGUUCUUCCUCCAGUGUGGUCAGAUUGAAGUCUGAGUGGGGAAAUAAAUAUUAAACACAAAGAUUAAUGCAGAGAGGAAACCAAAUCAGAGCACUUGGCAGGGUCAUUUUGCAAAAUAGAUUUUUUUUUUUGCAGCUCUUCCCUGAUGAGUCCCCUCUCUGCUUGUAUCUGUACUCAAGGCCACUUUGUAUUCAGAGCCUGCAGCUUCUCAGCUUCUUGUACCAUUAAACUGACAGUGUUAACUAUGUGGACUAUGAGUGUUCACCAUUAGAGUUUGAAUUUGUCACUCCCUUUGAAAACCUUACCCUGAAAAGCAUGCUGUAUGUUGAAUUUGAGAGUUAGAUUCAGACAAGUUUACAUCUGUUCAGUAUGACAACGGGAAGAUUAAAAUGUGAGAGUGACUAUGAAAACUAUUAGCUUUGGCAGCCCUGUGAGGACAGAUUAACAUCAGUGUCUAUUCUUUUUCACAGCACAUUAGUGUAAUAGAUGAAGAGCUGAUAUCUUUCAGAGCCACGAGUCAUCUGUACCAGAAACACUGACUCUGUAUUAGUUCAUUUAAAGGUGGGGUAGGAAGGAUCUGAGGAAGUGCCAGUUUUUGGGAGAAAUCUUAAAUGUAAACACUACCUCUCCCAACCAGUUUUCCCCUCAGCUCCUCUUCUUCCCUCCGUCUCUGCUCCAGCAAGCCCCGCCCACAAACAGACGCUCCUGCUCGCUCGUAUCGUUCCAUUUAAAUUCAGAUAUAAUGCAGAUAAAUACUUCAGAUAAUUACAAAUGGGGCCCAGUCAACGUGAAAGUAAAAAGCAUUGGUGCUACUGCAGAUGCCAACAGACUACCAGCAAACACAAUGUUUACAGGAUUUCUAAAACUAGCAUAAAGUGACAUACUCCAGGACCAGAGGUAAACAGUUAAGCAGCGCUACAACACGCAGCAGGUCCUAUUUGACAUGAAACACUUCUGCUUACUUUGUUAAAGCGGUUAACCUGUCCAGCAGAAAGGUUACAGGGUCUGUAAGAUCCUGAAAUGUCCCCCCGUCAUUUAUACUGAUGUUGACCUGGCUUCUUAGCUUUUGUCUGGUCUACCUCCAUUUUAAGCGCCUUUUAUUCCGCCAAAGUCUCCGGUAUUUACUUCGUUUGCUUGUGUCGGCAGUCGUGGCCAAAGGAGAAUUCAGACAAUUUUUCAUACUUUCUGGUUGGUUUCUCCUUUUCAGUGUUGUAGCACGCUAACUUUGUUUGGGCACCACGCCUAACAACAUGAGAGAGCAGCGUCUGCCUCACAACCAAUCAGGUCGGGGAGGUGGAGAACGGCUUUGUUUAUAGUCAGAAUGAGCGGGCUGCUCAAAAAUGUUAAAAUAUUGACUACACAGGCAUAAGGGAACACAGCGAUACCGUGAUAUUCCCAAAUGUCAUCAAUAACUAAUUGCUAUUGACUGAUAUUAAAAGCUUUUUUGUAUAUACACCAUAAAAAAGAUGCUUCUUUAACGGAUUCCUGCCUACCCCACCUUUAAUGUCUCCUCCUUUAAGAAUAAAGCUUCACCUGUGUUUCCAGUCACUUCUGUAUAUCUCUCCCAUUUGCAUGAGACACAUAUGAGUUAAACAACCCUCCUAUUCUGCCUGACCCUUUUUUUUGCAGCUAUUUCACCACUAUUUUGAAACAAUGACAGGUUGAGGAAAUGAGUUUACAGCUACUGACUUUAAAUACAAACUCCAGUUCCUUCUUUAGUUACAUACUUCCUGAGGCGGGUGUUUGCUCAUUACCUCUUACGAAAAUGAAAUGCAUUGUUAUUGAUUCUAAAUGGCGCGGUGGCAGUGAUCUAUGAGACUUAGACAUGUAUUGAUUACUUUCUGGGUAAUGCAAGGAGAGUUUGGAGUAGAUGAAACAGGAUGGAGGACGAAGUGAGAUAUGAGUGGACACAGAGUGAGGAGAGACAGGGCUGCAAAUGUAAAAAAAAAAAAAAACAGAACAGUGUAAUGUGACAGGAUGACCACAAUCACCCUCUGAAGAUUUAGUGCAGUCCAUCGAAGCAUUGGAGUGUGCAGGUGCAUGGUGUGCAUAAGUGGCAGGCUGUCUGCAUCGGCCUCUGUAUCCAUUAGUCCUGUCGGAGUAUUAUCUGCAGUGCAGCGCCCGCUGUGCAUGUACAUGUGCAGGAGAACUGUGAAAGUCCCUCUCACUGUUCUUUUGAUUCUCCUCAUUUGACUUUCCCUUUAUCCUCCACUGUCCUAUUUUCUCUUCUUUUCAUGUCUCUCUGUCCAAUCAAAGAAAUCCCUCUUUAAAUUCCGCUGCAUGCUUCGACUACAAAAACUCCAUCGACUAUUCUUUCUUUACCCCUUUGUUAUAAUCCCUGCCCACGGUGCUUCACACUAUCAAACCCUACAGAGCCUCACCCUCACAUCUCCUGCAGCAUCAAAUGCAAUGUUCAAAACCAGCUACAUAACUGGGCGUGUUAUGUAAGUGGCUGUAUUUCUAAAAUACUCUGCCUGCUGCUGAGUGGAGUCCUGCCCUGCACCGUGAGUUGGUGCGGUACUUUUUUGUACUGUUUUGUUCCAUCCACUGCCUCCUCUCAUCCUGCACACAGCAUCAGCCCUCUGGCACUGGUCUGGCUCUUCCAAGUAAACGAACGCCUUCUUUACACUAAUAAGACACUUGGUUCUAUCCAUUUUCUUCUUCCCCUGCACACUUGCAAUGUUCACUUUUUGUUCAUUGAUUUUCCUCUCUGUUAAAACUCCCCCCUUCUCCACUACCUCUCACUCCUUUUUUUUCUCCCUCUUUCCAUCCUGCUGGUUGUCUCCCCUCCACCCGCCUUGCCCCUGGCUGACUCUGUGCAGUAGCGGGUGGUUGCUAUGGAACUGCAAAUCAGCCAUUUAAGCAGUAGCACUCUAAUGGAUUUGCAGACAGUAAACAGAAACUGCGGACUGCAUCGUUACCUACAUCUCAGGAAUAAAUGACUUUAAACACAUCGACACACGCACACAGCAUGGCCUUUUUGUUCCAGAGGUAGUCGUGUUUUUGCUCCUCUGUAGAAAAUGAAAGCCUUGUCAUCCAUGUGUUUUCUAAAGCUGAAUGAUAUUGGUUAGAGUUGGGAUGGGUGUUCUUCUUUCAUAGUCUUUGAAGAGCAAGUGGUUAAAAGAUGCUUGGUGUUGCAUGGGAUGGCAAAUAUCUGUUCAACAAUAUGAUAGAUGUCAAUUUCUCAAGAUGAGGAAAUUUUUAAAUUGGAGUGUUUAAGUACAACCAAACUAAGCAUGUAGUGUUGGAAUUUGGAAAAACUGGUGAGAGUGAGAAUGCUUUGAUAAAAUAAUAACAAUAGUAAUGCAUAAUCAUAUUUUAAAUAGCGCUUUAUCACAAAGCAAUGGAAGAGAGUUGUUUUGGAAAAACAGCAGAACAAGUCUGAGGGUCCAAUCCAGUUUUCUCAAUGUUGAUCCUUCCUAGGGCUGGGGGAUAUGGCCUCAAAUCAAUAUCAUGAUAUAUUAAGCAGUUCACCUCGAUAACUACUCCACAAGCUUCUCACCUCCUCCCCCAUUAACUUCGUCUACUUCAGCCGCUGCUCCAGCUGCUACAACUUUUGAACCGUCCACCAUCUCCUCACCUGUCUUUCCCUCUUUUUAACGGACUGGAUGAGGUGGAGUCACGUCUCCAACAUAGGACAGCGUCUUAAAGGGACAUGAGACCAUAGCCUAACUACACACAUCCAAAACCAACUUUUAUUUAUUUCGACAGUGAAUAUAUUGACAUGGGCAAAAUGACGUUGGUUAUUUUCGUAAAUUUCGGUAUCUGUAAAUUUUCGGUUUAUUGCCCAGCCCUAUUCCUUCCCCUCAUUUGUUAGUUCCCCUUUUGGCCUUCUGAACAGAGAUAGAGGAUAUAGUAGUGAAACAACUCUCUAAGAUCCUAAAACAUCAUCAUUAGUUAUAGACUGAAUUGAGACAAGUAGACAUGACAUUAGCAAGCUAGUAAGUUAUAUUAAAACACUGGCAUACUACGAGAACUUGUUUGUAUAAAGAAAAGGACCAUAACCAUGUUAGACUGAGCUUAUAAAAUGAUAGUCAUCAGUUUCAAUUCUUUUUCAUGAACAUGAUUCACUCAUGCAUUUCUUUUGCUGCUUGGAAAACAAUCUUACAGAUGUUCUUGAAGAUUUGACUUACGCUCUAUUUCCAAAGUGCAUUUGUUUUAAAGACCAUGUGACUUUUGCUCUACUCCUGCACCCUGACAAGGUUUGGGACACGCCCCCUUAGAUGAAAACACACAAAACUGAAGGGUGAAAGGGUGAAGUGGUGUGCCUGGACUGAGCUUUGGUUCCCAUAUCCUCCAAUCAAACAUCUUUCAGGUGUGCUUGACAACUAAGUCUCAGUCAUAGAGGCCCCACCUCACAAGUAAGGAGGGUUAAAGCAACUCCUGCUCAGAAAACCAGGAACACAAAAAACCUCUGAAAGGUCUGUAUAAUGUGUUAGAUUAAGGCAAUGUUUAGAAAGACACAUGCGUGUACCCCACAUUGAAGCUUCCUGUGUUUGUGUUGAGCAAACAUUGUAGAUAUACAGAGUUACUCAUCCUCUCCUCCUCUCCCUCCUCUCACAGGACUGUAUCCAGCUGAACCAGUACAAGCUGAAGAGUGAGAUUGGAAAGGUGAGCUCGUCUAUUUUCUACUGAUUGCCUCUGUUCAAUUUGGAGAGGAAAAAUAGCUGCAGAGAAGAUUGACCCCUUUGCUUGAUUUAACUUUUAAGGGAAAAUUGGACACCAAAUCGUUUUAGCUAGUGCACAGAAAGAGUAAGAGUGUGUGUUUUCUGCAUUUUAUAGGACUUCCAGGGUCUAAUAAUCUACAAAAUAGGAUCUUUUGUUUUGAGGCUACACCACAAAAACAACAAAAGUAUUGUUAGCUUUAGCCAUACAUGUCCUCCAGUUACUGAAGUACAGCCAUGUUUAUCUUCUGAAGUGACAUUUUUGCCAUCUCGAUUUUUUAUUUCCAUGUGUGGCGCCUUAAAUGCACACACAGGGGAAUUUGUUGCGGCUGCAAUCUAGAAAAACAGGUAAAGUGAAAAUAGGGAAGUGCACAUUAUUUCAUGUAACAAGCACAGGCCCACUCAAAAAGUAUUUAUGAAAGGCUUAUUAGCGCUCGAGGGGGAAUUUAUGCACUCGAUUACAGAGAAAAUUAAAAUAAAAUGCAGCGACAGAAAGCCCUGGACAGAUUUUUAUACAGUCAGUCAUUCAGUUUUUAGGCCAGAAAUAAAAAGAGACCUGACCAUAAAUGGUGGGCGUUCACAUAAAACCCUCAAGAGAAUGAUCGAGAGAGGACACAUAAAUGGUUUUAGUUUUAUAGUGAAGCCACAGUUCUGACAUUCGUAAAACUUUGUUACAUACACUCAAAUGAGCUCACACUCCUGGUGAAUAGAAGCCUACAAUUGGAUUUGUCUCUCUGUAAGACAAAAAAGAAACAGGACUGAUGGAAAACACACAUCCUGGAUCAGCAUGAGUGUGUGUUUAUGUGUGUGGGAUGAGCCGUGUUGCUGCCAAAGAAUAAAAAUGUUUGAGUGGAAAUUGUGCUGCCUUCAAAACACUCUGUCAGUAUGGUGCUGCCGUCUGUUCUCAAAGUGAUGCUUUAGGAAUCUUAACAAAAUCCCUCAGUCUGUCUGCUGAUGACCCAGUUAGUCCUGAAAGUGGGGCUGAACCACAAAAUUGAGCUGUGGCACUGAAUUUCCUCACUCGAUAAUGUCCUCUUGUGCUUUUUAUCAAAGUUUAAUGCAAGUAAAUAACAUCUGAUUCAAUAAAAGGACCAUGAGUGAUAGUUUUGGGGGGCAAAAAUAAGGUAAGGAUGAUUUAUUGUGAGAUUUGUUUCCACAGCUUAAAACCCAAGUAAGAAAUACUGAUUUUAGUAGAGUGAGAUCUGAGCCUCAGCUGCAGCUUCAGUGUAGAAACAGAGACGGCAGCAAAAAAGUCAGAUAUUUUCAGCUGUUUGGACUCCUGUUAUGGAAACUUGUCUUUUAAAGAGUUUUAAUAAGAGGAGAGAGACCUAAAAAACUCUUUGUUCUUAAAUCUCAACACUGGCAAGCAUUAGCUUAGAUCCUCCUCCUUAAGGUAACUCAUUUAAUCAGAAUCAGGGGUAUUUCCAAAGGAAGAUCUGGAUGGGCUUUACCUACUGGACCCGUGUUCACAAAGUUUCCCAGUCUACAGAGUUGCUCCUGAUGAUGAAAUUCGAGGAAAUUUAGAGAAUCAUGAUGUUUUCGAAGAAUUUUCCCAAAAAUUUAAGACAAGAUAUGUGCAAAGAUGAAAGUAAUUCACAAAUCAUUAUGGACCCCACAAGAGCUCUGAAUGUGAAAAAGUGUAAGGAGGAGAGAAGAGGACUUAGGAGAGAUUUCAGACUUUCCCAAGCAGAGGAGGACAUAGUACAUUAAAUAACGAUUACAUUAAAAUACUGAAAUGAUCUAUCUGAUCAACUCCUAUGAUCCGGCUGAUUGAUUUCACUGUUCUUUUAUGCAUGUCAACGAAAGGGGAUUUUUUCCCACACUUAUAAUGUCUACUAUUUGCCUUUAUUUUGAGAUGAAACAGGCUACUUUUAGUUACAGUUAAGGCACAAAGCAAAAUGGAAGCAGUUAAGAGAAGGGUUAGAAAGAAAAAAUGCUCAGUUCAUCCCUUGAAGAGGUUCAAGCUCCUUUGGAUUGACAGUAAAUCUUUGAACAUCAAUUUAAAAGUGUCAGAGGGCUGCAAACUUGCUCACCGCCUCACCUUCUUCUUUUUCCUCUUCCUUCUUCUUCUUCUUCUUCUUCUUCUUCUUCUUCUUCUAGUCCCCUCCACUUUAUGGCAGAUGGCAACCAUUGUAAAAUACCACCUCCCUACUUUGAACAGAUUUCUUCACAGUAUUUUGUUUGCUUGUCGUAAUCAUAAGAUUAAUAUUUCAUGCUUUUAAAAAGACGGUCAUUGUGGAGCCUGGUAUUUUGCUACAGUCUUUUUAUGUACAUAUGGAAAUCUGUUUUUUAUGAUCAUCUUGCCUUCUUUAAACAGUCUGGUACUGCAAAUCACUCUUUAUCGAUGGUCUCUGCAGGGUUUUAAGCAUUAAAAAUGAUUGUAUAGAAAUGAUCAGCCUUUGUUAAUGUCUAUUCUGCUCUUAUGGGCCUUAAAGAGGUGUUGCUGUUAGUUUAUGUCUGUGCAGAUCAAAAAUCUUCACAGGAAUUUAAAUUUUGAAAAUGUGCAGAAAAUAAUCGAGCAUCAAGUGUUUUCUUACUUAAAAUACCUUUGGUCAGGGUUGGGUAAUGAUCAAAAAUCAUUUUCCUAUGAACAAAUCUCUGGGGUCUCCAACCGAAAAGUCGCCCUUUACAGAAUGAAGUCACUCUGUUGUAAUCAGUCCUGUUUUCUAUCAGUGAGGUCUUAUUCUGCUUUCUUCUCUUUGUUUUAAGAUGUCUGCUGUGUUUCAUUGCCUCUGUGUUGAAACAGUGUUAUAAAGACAGAGCUUUGUGGAUAUGCAGUGAGUUUCCACAUAUAGAAAAUAAUCUUUCUCUUGCUGUAUUGCAGGGCUCCUAUGGUGUGGUCAAGCUGGCCUACAAUGAGGAUGAUGACAAACAUUAUGUAAGUCAGUGCAAUCAUUUUUCAUUUUCUUUCUGAUUACUAACUGAGCUGCAGUCGCUCUGUCGCACAGCAUCAGUCCUUUCAGCCCCCAUUGUCUCGACAGAAAAGCUUUUCAGGCUCUCGACGGAGCUAUUGAUUUGUCUUUUUCAAGUUGAAAGUUCCAUUCCCUGAAAUUGCAUCAGUCGCCUUGGAAUAAACUUGGAAAUGAAAACGACUUCUGAAAAUUCAUCCUAGACUUUAUUACCAGUCUUCAAAGCACUGUUGCUGCUUCUGCUCCUUCUUUGUGCAGAGCUGCUUUGAGGUCAGUUCAUGAGGGAGGUUCUGGUUAUGAGCCGGCCCGCUGAGAAGGGGUCAUUUCGGUUUCCAUCAAGGUGAUUUGUUCUCGCAGCAGCUCGGUAAACUCUGCCUCUCGAAAUGUAAGCCGUUCUUCUGCUCCAACAUAAGUCAGCAGCCCUGUACAGUAACAGCUAUGAGAUUGUUUGGAUGAGUCACGACGAUAUAAGCAACCAACUCUGCAUGGGUUCAAGAUGGACGUCUAAUCCGGAGCCAGCAGGAGCUCAACACAAUGAAGUAUUAAAACGGACUGAUGCAGAAUGAUGAACAAUGGAAGUUAUUGUGAGGACACAGCAGAACCCUUUAUCCUGAAGUAAAUAUGAUUAAAAAUAUAUAUUUAUAAACACAAACUUACUGUUUGGAGUGGAAUAAUGACGUGCAGUGUUAAAUGAUGUGUGCCAGCUCUUUAGACACAGCACAACCCAGACUCCCAGUGAUUGAGUCAAACCAAGAAAUCAUUCACUAAGAGUUAAAAUCAUUAUCAAUUUUUGUUUUUGAAUAGUCAUUUUUUUCCUGCAUAGGGGUGCAAAUAGUGAUAAUGGAGACAUCACUUUACUGAAGCAGUUUCAACUCAAAAAAUUAUCAAUAUAGCGACAUAUCAUAGUCCUGACUUGUGUAAUAGAAUGAUUGAUGCAGCAGAGAUAUUUCAUUUUUAAUACUAUGGUAAUACAACCAGAUUUCCAUGCUAAUUUGACUAACUGCAUCACUAAUUCACGAGUCCUUGUAGUGGGGGGAGGUACAGUAGUAUUGGUUCACAUCAAAACAAGUUUAUGUUUCAAAGCAAACUGGUAAAAUAUGAGCAGGUUUACGUUCACAAUUUGGAUUUGACUUUUAAGCACAGAAAUAUGUAUUUGUUUUCAUAUUUACCUCUUUAAAAGUGUAUUUUUUUAACCUUUUUAAGUUUAUUCUUUGAAUUCCUUAGAUUUGAUUUAUAAUCUAUAAACACAUUAACAUGGUUUCAAAACCAAACUUUAAGUGCAGUGAAUACAUUAAUCUUGUGCUCUGUCUUUAUAAACCCUUCUUCAUCUGGUAAAAUUAUUUAUUAUUGGGGAUAUAGCGAUCAUCACACUACUGCUGUACCAUGAUUUGGCCAAGCAUCCCAGAUUGAUUUGUGUUUGGAGUCACUCAGCAAUUUUAACCCCAAGUGGUUUCAACACAACUUGAAAGUGGUAUAAUUUAGGGUUUUUCCUUGGUUAUAUUGAGUAAAAAAUACAUGUCAAAGAGUGUAUUUCCUUUCACCUUUUUUACACUCUUGUUGACAAUCUCUGUUUUUAACAUUUUUUAACAACAAAAGUAAAGAAAAAGAGUACAACUGUGGAAGACAGAAGAGUUGGUGUAUUAAUUAAGACAAAUUAUGAUGGAAAAAAAAAUAAUAACAGUCACUAUAUUUGUGACACUUGACAUUACUUUCAAAUUUACCUUAAUGAGAUGAAAACUGAAGGUGUGUGAAAAUAUCAUAUACUUCCUUUAGACUCACUACUGUGGUUUAUAACAGAUCAUUUGUGCAGUUUUAGCUCGAGUUUUAUUUAUUUAUUUUUUUACACCAUUCAGUCUGAAACUCAAGAACCUUGAACAUGUAAUCUGAGGAUUAAAAUAAGUUUUUUGUGUGUACAUAAGUGUGUACAGAUUCAAUGUGUCUCUCUGUGUGGUUGAUUUGGUCUCCAGUCUGAUUCUCCAUGUGUGGGCAUGAGGUGUUUGAUGACUGUGAUGUAAACCGUAACCUUUCUUGACAGACUGCAGGUCAUAACAGGCUGACUGAAUGACUGACAAUCUGAAAAAAGAAAGACAGGAUCCUAGAGAGGAGGGGAUGAGUAAUGAACACAUGGAUAGGUGAUUCUGUUUCCUGCCAAUGUGAGUUGGUUUCAGACAAAAAGGGUUGUAUUCUUUAUGCCGAGCAUCUGCAGCAUGAGCCCACAUACAGUAUGCACAAAUAUCAUGGCUCACACACAGAAAACACAAACAGGAAGGCAUGCGUAUUUAUAGUCUGUAUCUACCUGAUUCUGCUUCACAUUAUUUCAAGAUAUAUACAAAUAGCACGGAACUUGUAAGGACAUCUUUUUAGAUUACAUUUGAAUUGAAUUGGUUAGUUUGGUAGGGUCAAAGCAGGAAAUCAUGUUGGUAUGGUUUUGGACACUAUAAAAGUUUAAUAAAAAGGAAAAGCUGUGUUGUAUGGUUCAGAUGGUUGUCUUAAAUUUAAGUGAAGGCGCCACUUAUCUGUUAAGCAGUAAGUGGUGCCUUCUACCAGCUGUCACUCACCCUUAUGUUGUGUUCACACUGAGAAAAUCAUUUACUCGCUCAAUUGGCGCCUAUCUGGACGCCUGAAUGCUGUGUUUACUUGUGUAAUUUGUGCAAAUGACUCGCUCCAUCUAUGUGUUUAUAUCAUGUCUGUGAAGGGGCCAAACACGCCUGUAACUGUGGGAGAGGAGGGGUUCCAACAUGUCAUGUCAGUAUUUUUGCAUCAAUCACAGCUAAGGUUGACCAUGUUGUGAGGAUCUGUUGUGUUUAAACAACUUUAUACGAUCUGACCUUCUUACUCACCGUCCCCAAGUUGUGCUCUUUAUUUAAAUUCCUAUCUCGAUAUUAUAAACAAGUUGCAUCCUGUAGUUUGGGUACAGCUGCAUACUGUCACAAUCGCUUUAUCCUCCGUUUUCCACAUGGAUGAAUCGCUGAUGUUGUUGUCAUAGUUCACCAGGAAAUCUCCAUGCUGAUUGGCUAUUCCUCACCGACCUUGUUUACAUAGCCUAACAAGAACUCAUGUCUAAUCUCAUCUUUACAUUAACUCAGCAUGUAAUUAACCCAUGCAAAGUAUUUUAUUUGCAUUUGAUGUGAACGUGCAUUUACAAAUAAAAUGGAAAGAGGAGAGACAAUGAUUGUUCUAAAUAAAUUUGUUGAAAUUUUGUUUUAUUUUAGCCUGUAAAUUCAUAUAGGUUUCUCUCAUUCACAGUGAAGAUGAGAUAUAAUUAAAACACAGUUUUACAACAACUAAAAGAGUGAUGCUCAGUGAAAACAACUGCACCCUGAGUUUAUGUGGUUUGAGAUAACUAACUUAGAUAUUCCAGGAGAAACAAGAGUGUCCAUAUUAAGAGUCUGUUGUACAUAAUGCCACAUAUUUGGGGCACAGAAACUGAAGGUUUUCCAAGUUCAGAGGAAACAGGUACAUGAAGCAGUAUUUGAAGUAUCAACUAGUAAGUGGAACAAGCUUGGUAAGGUCCAGCUGUCCAGGUAAGAAAAGAUGUUGUCAGUGGACACAAUCACCCUAUGUGGGAUCUAAUGAUAAAAUGAAAAAGUGCUUAGUUUUGUUCUAAUAGGUGAAAUUGCCAUCUCUUAGCGAAUACGUACCCAGUCCAAUGACUUGUCAACUUGUAUAAGUAUGUUAGCAAGUGAUAGAGUUGAGGAAUUUAAAACAAGGAAACGAGGAUUUGACUGAAAUAAAAUUUCCUGCUUUGAUUUUGAUGAGAAUCACUCAAAAUAAUCACCAGUGUCAACUUGAAAUCCUAACUUUUAUACCCUUUUUGUCUCAUUGUAACUAUGUCCCUGCAUGUUCCUGCAGUUCUUGCACUUUUAAAUUUCACCAUAAGUUAACUACAUUGUCUGCCAGGUAUGAUGCAAUGAUGUACACACACAUAUACACAGAUAUAAAUAUAUCCAUCCAUCUCCAGCCGCUUAUCCGGGGUCAGGUCGCGGGGGCAGCAGGCUGAGCAGAGAAGUCCAGACUUCCCUCUCCCCAGCCACUUAGUCCAGUUCUUCCCUGGGGACCCCAAGGCGUUCCCAGGCCAGCUGAGAGACAAAGUUUUGAUGUCUUCAUAUAUAUAUAUAUAUAUAUAUAUAUAUAUAUAUAUAUUUGAUGCCUUCACUAAGAAUCUACAAUUUAAAUAGUAAUGAAAAUAAAGAAAAUGCAUUGACUGAGAGGGUGUGUCCAAACUUUUGGCCUGUACUGUGUGUAUGUGUGUAUAUAUAUAUAUAUAUAUAUGUGUGUGUGUGUGUGUGUGUGUGUGUGUGUGUGUGUGUGUGUGUGUGUGUGUGUAUAUACAGUACAGGCCAAAAGUCAUCAAAACUAUCAAUGAACACAUGUGGAAUCAUGUGCUUAAGAAAAAAGUGUGAAAUAACUGAAAUCAUGUAUCAUAUUUUAGAUUCCUCAAAGUAAUCACCCUUUGCUUUUUUGAUAGCACUGCAAACUUUUGCUGUUCUCUCAAUGAGCUUCAUGAGGUAGUCACCUGCAAUAGUUUUUACUUCACAGGUGUGCCUUGUUAGGGUUACUUCGUGACUGACAAAGUCACUAAGUACUUCUGUCAUCAAGAGAAAAGAGUGGCUAUUUUAAGGAAACUAGAAUAUAAAACAUGGUUUCAGUUAUUUCACACUGUUUUUUAAGUGCAAAAUUCUACAUGUGUUUAUCAUAGUUUUGAUGCCUUCAGUGAUAAUCUACAAUGUAAAAAGUCAUAUAAAAAAAUAAAGAGAAGACAUUGAAUGAGAAGGUGUGUCCAAACUUUUGGCCUGUACUGUGUGUGUGUGUAUAUAUAUAUAUAUAUAUAUAUAUAUUUAUGUGUGUGUGUGUGUGUGUGUGUGUGUGUGUGUGUGUACAUUGAGUCAGACUGGACUGUCAGAUGACAUCUAUUCACUGGAGCUCGACCAUGAUUUCUGAUUUGGUCAUGAAUAAUGGAGCUGUCUGAGUGACAUAUGGUGACAUGAACUAAAUAACCCAGAGCUACAGUAAUUUUGAGAAGUACUUGAUUUUUUCUUUAUUUGAUGACUCUGUGCCUGAGUCACACUCCCACAGGUCUACACAACCACUUGCACACUCACACUAAUGCACACAGGCAGCACAGCAUGAGAACUGUGUUCAGGAGAGAUCUACUUUCUUGCCAAACUUUGUUUCUGCACAGUCAUAGUCAUGGUGACCGCACUUUUAAGAGAGAACUGAGUUUCAGUAUUUAUCGUAACAACUAAAUGCAGUGUUGAGGUAGUAGAUGUUCUCCUUGAAAUUUAAUAAUAUCUCAGAAGUGCAUCCAUCCUCUGAGAUAAUGGGUGUAUGAUGCAUUGUGGAAAUAAAUGCAAUGUCUGAGUUAUACAGAAUACUAAUUUAUUUGCCUUUUUUGUAGAAUAAACAAAAUAAUACAUUAAAAGAUAUAAGAUUUUGACAUUAUUUUAAGGUUAUUUAGAACACAACAACAAGGAACUUUAAAAGGUCCCCAUUUUAGCAACUUGUCCCUUGUUGUUGAAUUUGUGAAGGUGCUGAGUGUACUGUAAGAUAAGUAUGCAAGUGUAUACACCCACCCAUCCAUCCACACACACACACACACACACACACACAAUUUCUACACCCCUGGCAAAAAUUGCAACAGUCAGCAGUGGGUUGGACAUGUUUUAGGAUGGUUCCAAAAAUGCCCCCAUUGGUUCAGGACCACACACACACACACACACACACACACACACACAAAUAGAGACUUUUUGGAAAAUUACUCAAAGCAUGUAACUAGUUUAUUUUCUAAACUGUAGCCAAAGCUUAAAUUAAUAAGAAUCCUAACCUCAGCUGACAAAUGAAUUAGCACUCUACAGCUAGCAAUACCUUUUCUUCCCCUAGUGUACAUUUGAUUUGUUUUUCUUUGAGGGAUUUGGUGCUCCAGCAGUUUUAAAAGACAGUUUAAUGUAUUGCUGAUGACUAGAGGCUGGUUUAGGAUUUAUUUCAGUCAGUUCUCCUACACCUUUACUCUCUUAUUCCCUCCACUGCUGUCAUCUUUGGUCUCUUUAUCGCCAUCAUUUGCAUAUUUACUGACACUACAGCCUAAGAAAAAGCAAUUCCAGUCUUUAAGAAUUAUUGUGCAGUCAAAAUCAUUUCCAGCAUUAUUUUUUAGGAAACGGGUUUUCAUAUUGCUUCUUUAUUGAAGUGUCAAAUGUACUUUUAAAUCAACCAUACAGUUGCUUUUGCUUCACUUGAAAACAGUCAUUAUAGAAUCUACAAAAAGGACCAUUUAGAACACAUAGUUUAGCUAAUUUCAGUGGCUCUGGUCCAAACUGAUAUCAUACAUUAUAAAGAUAUAAUGUCAGCCAUACUUAAAUGUUAGUAGGCCAAUUUGUUGUAGCACUAUUGGUGAAUACAGCCCAAACAUGUGUCCUCACUCACAGUGCAAUAGUACUCUGGCUGGUGCUUCUGUGAAGGAGAAGAGCUGACUGCUAUCUCCAGCGGACAGGGACAAGUGCCUCAUAGGACUUCAGAAGAAGAGCAGUCUCUUCAAGAAACUGUUACAGCCUUUAAUAUAAAGUACCAGCAAUAUUGAAACCUUCUAGCUUUGUUAAUUAGGUAAAUAAGGAGUAAGCUGCAGUGAUAGAUCUACUGAACUGUGGAGCUUUUUGGCUACGUUGCCAUUCCCCUGUACUUUCACAUUAUGUUUCAACCAAAGCUUUUAAUGAUAAUACUUUUGACUGGUGACCAGUCACUGAAUUAUCCAUUGCUAGUAGUCAAAACUGUGCUUUAAUUUCUGUUAUUUUGCAUGAUAAGUGCUUUUUAAGUCAAUAUUUUUUGUCUUUUUUUCAAUCGUGGCAGCAGCAGGAAGCAGGAAGACACUGUAUGUUUAACUACAGUGGUUCUCAAGUCCAGUCCUCGAAGCCCACUGUCCUGCAUGUUUUGGAUGUUUCCCUGCUCCAACACACCUGAUUCAAAUGAUCAGCUCGUUAUCAAGCUCUGUAAUGGCUUAAUAACAAGCUGAUCAUUUGGAGCAGGGAAACGUCCAAAACAUGCAGGACAGUGGGCCUCCAGGACUGGACUUGAGAACCACUGGCUUAACUACAGUAUGCCAAAGGGAUGAAAAGCAAAAAGUUUGUAUAAAUAAUGUUAUCAAUUUGGAUGGCACAAAUUUAUCACAUUGGCAGUAGACACUGAUAGUAUUGUUCUCUUUUAACUCCUGAUAUGACUGCUGGUUCGUUUAUUUUUAUUGAUUUUUGAAGUUCAAACAAGUGAGUUUUUAGUAAUUGAUGACUGAUAAAUAUUUCUAUAUACUGAUAGUACGAACUGUAUGUAACCAAAAUUAUUUUCCUUUUCUCCAGGCCAUGAAGAUGGUGUCCAAGAAGAAGUUAAUGAAGCAGUGUGGUUUUCCACGUAAGUUCAGUUCUGUCUUUGUCUUAUGUGAACUCAUCAGAGAAUUAACUAAAUCUUCAUUAAACUUGUCAGCAAUCGAUGACAACAGAACAAUGAGAGAAAACUCAAAAAGUACAAUUGAGGAAAUGAGCCGUCCACAGACUGUUGUUUGAUGAGACAUAUUAGUAACAGCUUACACAACUCAGUCUUUGUCUGAGUGUUUACAAAGGCUUUUAACUUGGAAAUAAUCACUUUUACAAACGCUGCCAUGCUUGGGAGUGAAUGCCAUUAAAUGACUGAAUUUGUCAGCUAUACAAGAAGAAAAAUCUGCUGCAUUAAAGGACAGCUCAUAGAAGAAAAGAUUGACCAUGUAAAGAUCAAUGUUUUCCAAAGCUGUGGCAGUGAACAGCAAAAGAGAAGACAGAAAAAAAGCAGAGGCAGCUGUUACAAAACCUCCUCUUUGUAUCAAAUCUUAGUCCACCUCGUACACUUAAAAGAUUGUUUUUCUUUAUAGACUGUUAAGUACAGUUUGUAUAAUAAUAUUAAGAGACUUACAUUUCACUGUUGUUAGAGAAUGUUAUUUGUUCUACACACAUAACUCUUUCACAUUCUACUGUAUGGGCUCCAUUUUUGUGCCCUGCCGGCAGAGUCAGGUCCACCGCGCCCAAGCACACUUUGGUCAUUUUGUGAGUGGCGCAGCCGGGCAUAAGUAUCCCCCCUCCCUAACUCAGCUCCUCCCAGCUGUGUAAGUAGCAGAGAGGGAGGAGAGAAGGCGUGGAGUGGAUUUAACAAAGCCGUGUCCUGUUUUCACCAAUCACAUCAGCUCCUCUUCUCACCUUUAAAUCCAGCACCGGCGAGACAUAGUACAAUUUUUGUGAAGUAGUCGAAGAGAUCAAGAGAUGGCUGUAGAGAUGGUCAUGGUGACUUAUUAUUCUUCAGUGUUCCAUCUUUUUCACCCAAAAGUUUAGACAGUAACCUGUCAAGCUGGUGUAUGUUCAGUGCAGAUCAUGGUCAAGUGAUGACUUUAUUAAGGUGCCUGUGUGGUUUGUGUGAUGGCUCUGUAGGUCGUCCACCUCCAAGAGGACCCAAAGCAGCCCUGGGAGAACAGCCCAAGAUCUUAGGACCCUUGGAAAGGGUCUACCAAGAGAUUGCCAUCCUCAAAAAACUUGACCAUGUCAACAUUGUCAAAUUGGUGGAGGUGAGACUAUUACCUGGUAUCAUUAGCCACUUUGAGUCCUAAAUACUUGCAGACUGUUAACGGCAUCAGAUAUGCGAUGCAGAGGUUCAAGGAACGAGGAAUAGGACAUCCUGUCACUGUAUCAUGUGUUGCCUUAAGAAAAAUUGGCCACUAAAUAAUAACCAAACUAAUCUCCAUUGUUUCAAAUGUGUCUUACAGUACAGUGUUUCCAAAGUGAAGUAGUCAGUGGGGCAUCAUGGGUUAUUCUUAGAGAGCAUUUCACAGGAAACUGAAUUAAACUCCACUUCAAAGUAUAAACAUUUCCUUCACAUUUACUGUGGUACUUGAUGAUCAUGCCCCUUAUGUCACUAAGUAAGGCAAUGAACUCUGGGUGAGUCCAUGUUAACUCUGCAUAAAUGCAGUCUGCAUCAAAGAGCUCUCUCAUUUAAUGAUAUUGCAUUUGAAAGAUACUUAACACUGUCGCACUUACCGGGAACAGGCCGCCAAUACAGAGUGUCAGUGUAGAAUUUGGGAUUAACGAAAACAUAAGGAGUUUUUGUGCUGUGUUUGCAUUGAGUAGAAAAAUCAUUGCAUUUUUAUGACUGACAAGUACUAAUUUUGGGAGUUGGUCAAAUAGGAUUUGGCAGUUCAUUAUUUGUUUUCUUACUUUCCAUGAUGGAGCCAAUAUGAUCACAAUGAGAAAUCAAGAAGGGAUCUGUGGUUUAAAUCAAAGACGUGGGAGAAAUCUUGGGUGGAUAAAUUUAGCAAUGACACAUGGGUGCAUGGUACAAGCAGUACAAUUCAUUCUGUGUGUUUAUGGAUGAAAAAGGAGAGGGAGCAAAUCUGAUAGUCUGCAGUAUUACGGAUUUGACUGGUAAUCCUUCCUGACCCCUUCAUUUGUUACUUGUUGUCUCAAAUUGAAAAGUCUUUUCAAUCAAACCAGCACUCCACAGGGUUUAUUUACUUAAAAGUAUACCACGCAUAGCUUAGUUUAUGUUAAAAAGUGCCGUCUUUGUUCUUAAUGUAUCCAGCAUGCUUUUCUCAUUGAAGCAGUUGCAUGCCUUAGACGUUAUCUUCUCUGCCUAUUACACUGGUAUAGUGGUUACAACAGUUUAUAGAACACAGUUCAGUUUUAGAUGACAAAAUCUUAUAUGUUGAAUUACUGUGUGAUGACAUAGUACUCUUCAAGGCUGGUAUCACACUGUAACAACAGGCACAAAGAGCAACAAUGCUACACCCUACUGAACAGUUAGUCAACAAACUGUCAAUCAAGUCUCAACAGUAAAUUAAAUUCAUUAUUUAUCUCUGAAAAACCAUAAUUACUUAGCAAACAUACAUUGGAAACACACUUGACUUUUGACAGACUUACAGUAGAGAUAAUGACACUUCAGUUAGCAACAGUGUUAGCAUCAGUUAGCAUUUGCAAGUGCUUAACCAUGCUGUUUUCAGCUCACUACAGUGCAAUAUACAGAAAAUACACCAAUGAGCAGCAAGCGAUUAUUAGGGAAACUCAUCCUGCUAACUUUGGGCAAUAAAAUGCAUAAAUCAUCGUAAAUAUCUGAAGUGGAAAUUUAAAAAAGUAACAGGGCUUUUCUUCAGCUGCAAGGCUGACACCUACCCCCUCACAUUAGUUUCAGGCAUCCAAAAUUAGGAUUCAAAAACUGAACUCAUGUAGCUGAUUUGCUUCUUAGUUGAAUGAAAAGGCAUCAGUAUGUACAGUUUUUCAGUCUGUUUCAUAAAUGUAAAAAGAACUCCUAAUAAGAGCUUUAAAUGUUUUUCGACACAGCCCAAGGCAUUAGAUACGGUAAACAUUGUACCUGCCAAACAAGUCAGCAUUAGCAGUAUGAGUGUUUAACGAUAGUUAUAAAUAGAGACACUAUAUUCUUUUUAAAUGUUGUCAUGUACUUUAUACAUUUGUUUUUUCAGCAUUUAGGUGUUCAAAAAAAGUGGAUUUGCUGGGGUAAGGUGUCUUACAUCACAAGUGGACUUUCAUAACAGGUUUAAACCCUUUGUUGUGGGGAUUAUGCUUCAUCCCUCUAUCAGAUGAUAACCCCCUCUCGGUGUAUCCUCGCUCUUGCUUUGUGAGUGUGUCAUAUCAGAUAAGAGGCAGAAGAAACCCUUGUGGGCUAUCUGAGAUAGAUUUGACCUCAGAGACAUCCAUCACACUUCUAUCACCAGACAACUCUGAUGUUAAAGGGGCAUAUUUUGGAGAAACAACACCUCCUCUAAAUGGGUCUUUAUUUACAGCAGCUGCUUCUCCUAAACUGAGUUGUGGAAGUUCAAAGAUGGAUAGACUUUCACUUUCUGCAGAGGCGGUUGUUUGUGAAAAAUGAUAGCCCAUUUGAAGAUGUGGCUCGAGAUGCUCGCCGCUCCCCUGCGAUAUUAUCAGAGUGUUCUUCAAUCUCGGCCAGAUGGCGGGGGCACUGACGUCUUGGUCGGGAGUUCAGCUCAGGGAGGCAGUCAGAAGGAAAGCUGUCUGGCUUGCUCUGCGGUAAAAUGUGCCAGAAAUAUAAAAGAGUUUCAAAGUAAAAUGGCGAGUGUUUUCUGCUGCUCACAUUUCAUCCAUUUCUCUCAUAAUGGGGAUGUGUGGGUGAUGGAAAAACCUGCUUUUCUCCUCUUUAUUUCUCUUUGUUCAUCCGUGUUAACGAGCUGCACUUUCUUAUCGCUUCCCAAGUGAUUCCUGUGAGACUGCAGUCCGGUCCUCCUAAUUAUGAAUCGGCUUUUUCUCUUCGUUUUGAAACAUUAAGGCUGACGCAGAGUGGAACAGAUUAAAACUAAUGAGAAUGAUGUGGUCAUUUGUCACAGAUGGUGGGAAAGAGACAGUAAAACUAGCUCCCUAUUUGCCAAAGUAUGCAGUCGUUGAAGUGUAGACACUUAAACAUACCAAGCUCUAUUAAUGUCACUUCGACAUAAGCCUUCAACACCUUUUAAUGCAUCUUAGUCAGUGCAUUAGCUGACAGCUGGGGAGAAAAUUACCAGGCUGUUAAUGCUUUUUACUUUGCAUAUGAAGACAGCUCAUUUACUGACAUAGCUUUGUGUUUUUACAUCAAACUAAAGACGAAAAACUGUAUUUGAUGCAGAAAAACAGUGUUGAUUCAAGACACUAAAAGCAAACAUCCUCUCUGGUUUACUGCAUUGUGAGUAUACAGUGUCUCCGUCUCCUCAGAGGACGUGUCCUGUCCUUGAUUUUCUAGGACUGUGUGUUCUGUGUGAUGUUUACCUUCGCUGUGGUAAUUUAAAUUCACCACGAUGUUGUGUUUAAAGCUCAGCUCCAGAUGGACUGUGUGUCCUGUGGUUUGCUUGAUGUGUGUGCAGUUUUCUUGCAGAACAUGAGUUGUGUAGUCUGGUGGGAAUAACCUGUUUUUAUUAGAUGGUCAGAGACGGAUUAUUGACUGGUCAAAACAGGCAACCAACCUGAAGUCUGAAGGUUGAGGAGCUCAAGAGGCUCACUCUUGUUGUAGGAUCAAUGAGAGGAUCUUGUAGCCAGACACUCUGCAACAAGUCUGUCAAGACACAUGUCCAGUUUAACAGCAUAGACACUGAAAUAGUCCCACCAUUACAUUCUGCAAAAAUGAAACCACAGCAAUAUUAUGUUUGCACUGUUGCUUUAAAGCUACUACAAGGAGUUUUGAAGGUGGUUAAAAAACAGACUUUAAUUAAUACUGAUGCAAUUUUAAAAAAAGAACUUGAAUAGAGCAGGGAGGCAUAUUAUGUUAGAAAACAGGACUCAUAUAUGUGUAGGACAAAGUCAGCAAAAACAGGAGAGUCCCCCCUUUGUCCACAGGUGGCACCAAAAUUAACACAGGUGUAACGUUCUUCACAUGAGCUUUAACAAAUGCUGCUAAAAGGACUCAGAAUCCAGUGCACUCAUAGAAAUGUUGUUCAUUCAUUUUUCAGCAAGAAAUAAACUGAUGGAUUUACCAGUUGACUCAAAAUUGUUAUUUUUGAUUCGUGCAACGGGCUUGAUCGCACUGCCAUUUUUUAAAAGUAUUUUUGUGCGAUUUUUGCCUUUUAUUGAUAGGAUAGCAUGAAAUGUGGGGAGAUAGAGAGAGAGGGGGGAGGACAUGCAGCACAUGGUCUGCCGGACUCGAACCCACAACUGCUCCAUAUAUGGAGCACGCUAACCUGCAUGGCGCACUGCCGUUUAAAGACAGUAUACGAUCACAUAUGUUGUUUUUUGAUACUAACUUAAUCCUCUUUAAGUUCUUUGAGGUUUUUUUUUUUUUAAAUAUAAAGUUCAGUAUGAAUUAAAUUUGUUAUUAUUUCUACUGGCUGCACUUGCUUGCAGAUAACCUGUAAUGGAAAACAUCAUCAUUCAAUUUGUCAGAUGAUCAACGAAUAACAUUUUUUUAAUAAUGAAGCUUCCUUACAAUUGAAUUUUCAGAGGACGUUCAAGGACAAGUGAUCAGGGGUAUUUUCCUCAGGAGUUAAUGGAGCUAGAGGACUAAGACCUUUGUCUUUGUCUAAGACCUCUACAGCUUGUUGCAGGCGCCUAAAGUGUUCAUACCAUGUGUUUUUUUUUAUCCCUCCAACUUAUGUGGUUCCUCAGCAAAUAGCCUUGUCCAUUUGGCUGUUCUUGAAUGUCUGCUGAAAUGUUCAAAGGGCAUUUUCUCAAAAACAACUGGAGGACAGCAAGGGUCUACAAGAUCAUGCUUCAGCUUCUUUGGUUUCCCAGAAAAUGGUGGUGAAAUAUUUAGAGAUGACUGAACAAAAAGUCACAGUCUUCUUUUGUUUCUGCAUAACAUGCUGUCCAUAAACUCCCUGUCUUUUUCACAAAAUCCAAAAGAACAGCAGCUGGCACAGACAACUUUAGGGAUGGUACCUCGCUUUUAAUUUGUCAUCCCAUCUGACAGGAAUGUGAAGUAGUAGCCACACUGUGAUAAAGGCUAUCAAGCUGGUGACUGAUGCGUCUUCUAUUUUCAGCCAGCACUUAGUGACCACAUCCUGGUAUAUUUCCCCACUGCUAACUUUUAUCCAAGCCUCUAAAUAGCAGGUUUGUCCAACCAUGAACCUGAUCAACUGUAGACUGCAGAGUUUCAAAUUUGCUCAAACUUUAAAAAGUCUACAAGGUUAUACCUCCUACCAAUGUCCUAGCAUUUCAGAAUAAUGAGAGACUUUACUGUGAACAUGAAUUAAAGGGCCAAGAGGUUAUUGUCGACCACUUUUUAAAUCAUCAAAGACUCAGCUAGUCACUGAAUCCCUGCUUGGUACUUUUUAAAAAAACAGUACCAAUACUCGAAUGCAUCCUCCUAGCUUUUAUAAUGAGUUAUUUUACGUCAGUUAGAAUGUUUUUUUACAUCUUGAUUGAGGUUUUUUAAUUAUAAGUCUCUGUUCAUGAGUGUUAUGUAACUGUUACAGGUGCUGGAUGACCCUGCAGAGGACAACCUUCACAUGGGUAUGUCACAACUAUUCUUUCUUUGUCCAAGUCUGCCUCUCUGUUUUUGCCCUCUGUGGCACAUACGGCAGGGACAAAUGUUGGUAUAACUUAUUCAUAAUUCAGACCGUCUCUCGAAUAAUCACCUCAGGGCUCGCACAUUAUGCAGAGAUCCUCUGUCAGCAGAGUUAGGUCACAGUAAGGAUGCCUGUUAGUGUGAGACGUCAAACAUUUUAUAUGUUGAAUGUGACAUUUCGAGCUAGUUAAGAGGAGUUAUUUUAGUGCUGUUGUAAAGAAUAAUGUGAUUUUAACAACAGUCAAACUUGGAUGAAUAAAACGGAUGAAUAAAUUGUCUGCUUCUGUGUCCCUCUUCCUCCCUUUUCUGACAGUUUUUGAGCUGAUGCGUAAAGGGUGAGUAGAGAGCAUGUCCUUUUUCUUUAUAAUUUAAGGCUCGCUCACUCACUCAUGUUCGUCUACCUUCACCCCUUCAUUUCAUCCUCCUCCUCUCCUUCAUCAUCCUCCUCUCCUUCAUUACUUGGAGCUGACACCGUGCUGGUUUCAGUUUCAUCCCAGGCUUCAAAGGCUUCGGUAAUGUUCUUAGGUUUUCACAGUUAUUAACUAUGGCAGUCGGCCGUGUAGAUGUUUCACAUCUUGUUGCAUGAGCUUCUCCUUCCCACAUCUCUCAAAAAUCUGUUAUCAUCUAAUAAUCAUGCACCUUUUGUUAUUCUGAGCCCCUGGCGGGGGGAGGGGGCCUCUGACAUCAUUACGUAUGCGAGCAUGAAUGAGUUAGGUUCUCCUUUUAAAUGGGAGGUUUGCUCUAUUUGUAAGCUUUUUCAGAACGAGAGAAAACCUUGACUCUCAUGUUGCUCCUGGGAGAAGAUGAUAGACAGUCAUGCUGAUUAAAGCAGAACAGCUGCCUCAUUCAGAUGCUACUUAACAUAAAAGUCUACUAUGGCUGCAUACCGCCUACUUGUACACAGCUACAGAUAAUAUUCCUGUACAAUUAGACGGGUGAUGUUUUGGCUUUUUGGAUGAUAAAUAUCCACGGCUAAAAUAGAGCAAAGAUAACACGUUAAAACUUGAAACUGAAAUUUAUCAUUGUUUUAUGAAAAAAUGUAUAUGUGUUGAAUUUAAUCAAUCAAUCAGUCAAUCAAUCAAAAUUCAUACCCUUUUCAUACACAUAAUUUAGCACAAAGUGCUGUCCAUUACAGAGCCUGGGAGGUGACAUUAACCUUUUUUUUUUUUUAUUAUUCUUAUGUGUGAUUUAGUAUCUAGUAUUUAGUAACACGUGCAUUUUAUCAUAUCGCAGGUGCUUUUCAACUGUUCUUUAAAAAAAACAAACACUUUUUGUGUUUUGUACUCUAAACAGUACCAAAUGUGGCUAAACUAUGAAGUGUCACUUCGUGAGUCAUGCCUAAAUUAAAUAAAAUGUUGAUAAUAUGCUCUCUGUCCAUGACACUGUCCUUCUUCUCUCACAAAUGAGGCGCAAGGAGGAUUAUUUACAAAAACGCAUGUGCAAGAUACUAAUAAAAUGCACGUAUGAGAUUUGAUAAAACACACGUUUGAGAUACUAAAGUUUCAGUCACCUCCCAGGCUCCGUAGUCCAUUCAAGCAGGAUAUAAAAAAUAAAAUGAAAUAAAAUAAAUAAAAGUACAAAUACAGAACCUCACCCACCCCCCAAUUCAACACAUACAGCACAUGCUCACACACUCAGAUACACACACACACACACACACACACACACACACACACACACACAAAAGACCAACUUGCCACAGAUGACUGAGGAAACACUAUCUUGAGUUAAUGUCAGUAUCAUGUUGCCAAAUAAGUGGACAGGGACAAUUUAACACAAAAAAAGGGCUGGAUGACAAGGACAUUCAAGAGAGGUUGAGUCUACCAGAAGUAGAUAUAGAUCCGAAUUUAAAAUUAUCCUCCACAUAAUAUUUCCACUGUCUGCACACAUUUCAACAGCAUGGCUCUGUAGUAGCAAGGUACAGAUGCUAAACUGUCCUGCCUGCAUUGCCACUUUUUGAAAACAUUUGGCAACAUUUCUACAAAAGAGACCCUGAACUGUUGGGCUGCUAAAAUCCCACUUCAGGCCAGACUAAGAUAACAUUUUGUUUUACAACUCCAGGAACUGCUUCCCUCAGCUCUCCCCAACAUUGGUGGUGAUUGGUGUACUAUGUUGAAUUACUGUUUUUUUUUUUACAUUAAACUGUAAGAAAAAAUCAAAAUAAACUUAUGAUAAACCUAGAUUUUUAUCGAAAUAAACCAGCAUCUGGAUCAGAUAUUUAGCACAUCUUGGUUAGCCUGGUUACUUAGCCCAGCAGUUUUAAGAGUGCAGUUUUAUUAAUGCACCAGAUUCUUCCACAAUUAGGCUCAGCUCUAUAAUCAUUAUAUUACUAACAUUUAGAUAGUCCUAUUGACUGUAUAUGGACCAUGUACCUCCAUGUGCUCCUAAAUCAGCACUAAAAAAUUCAGUCGUGAAUCCAGGUCCUGAAAUCUGUUUUUGUUUUGUAUUGUUUAUUGGAAAAGCUAUGUGUAGAAAUAAUGUAAGAUGAGUAAAAACACUUCAUCAUCUUGCAGAAGUGAGGCUGUCUUUUAAAUCAGCACAAUAGUGAUGAUGUGGGUGUAAACUAAUCCAAACAAAAAACAAAGCUGCUUCUAGUGCUGUUGGUGUUUAGAUCGAAAUGAAAUAAAACCAAAACUGAAAUUUGAGUUUGAGAAAUGUUGGAUCAGAGUUUUCUAAGCCUCUGCAUCUGAAAUCUAGUUUCUCUGCGACUGAUGUGUGUAUUUGUCUCACUGCCUCUCUUUCUUUGUGUGUUUCUGCCUGACUGAUCUGCCCGCAUGGAUUUCCAGUCCAGUGAUGGAAGUGCCCACAGACAAUCCUCUGUCAGAGGAGCAGGCCAGGUUAUACUUCAGAGACGUCAUCCUGGGCAUAGAGUACUGUGAGUAAUUCAUGCAGAAUGAGGGCUGUCUCUGAGACUGUUAAGCACACCUACAAAACCUUUCACUGACAUUUAUUUUUGAUGAUUUAGAGCUUCAGUUCUCACACUCCCACUUCAGAAAGCUAUAAGCAGCUCAGUCCAUUUUCCACAGACCAGAAAGAUUUUUAAGAUAUACCCAUGAUGGUCUCCACAGUGUCAGUGAGAGUGUGAAUUCUUGUCUUUUCCACUAUUAUCCUCUGUGUCUCUCUCACAGCUCUUUAAUCCACGUGGCAUGAUAUGAUAGUGUUUCCUUUUAAAUAGAACAAAGUGUUCUUGACCCUGUGUUUCCAAGGCCCUCAGGGUCUGACUGUAGAUGUGUGCUGUCCACUUCAUCAGUGUCGAGCCACUCUUCACUGAAACGCUUUCCUCAAGCUGUGUCCUCAUUUGCUGCACUAGCUCCAUUUCACUGAGCCAUGAGACUAAUGAUUAGAGAUCAAUGCUGCUCUUUCUGUGCUUUGAGCUCCAUCUUCAAAAUAAGGCCAUAGAGACUCUCCAAAAACCAAUGCACCUACUAACUACUCUAUAGACCUCAUGUAACAAUUUCGUAUUGUUACAUCACUAUUAUUCUUUCUUUCAUAAAAAUAACAUAUUCCAAUUAAGUAGCCUCAUUUCACUUUUAAGCACCUAAAUCUCCUGAGUCACAGGUCCCAGAUCCUGUCUGCUGCAUUUUCUGCUCAAUUUAACAGAGCAGAUAAACAUCUUUGCUCUAAUAGCAGACCCAGUGGAGAAAACACCUUCAGACUAGUAUUCAUAGAACACUGAGCCAAAACUGUCAUACAGAUAACUGGAAAACAUUCAUUUAAUGCUUUAUGUUCUGUUAACUUUAGAAAAUAUAAUUUGAAACGCCUCUCAAUGUUAGGAUUUUAUACAUUAAAUUAUAAGAUUGUUCACUGACCGAUGUUGAGGAUAACCCCCAUUAAUUUUCCUGCAGGUUUAAAUCAAAAUGGAUUAAAAUCUGCAUCAAUCAAUGCUAUAGAUUGCUUUUUGCAUGUUCAAUUUACCAAGAAAGCUGAGUUCUCAUGCUAAUGUAGCUCAGGCAGUAAUACCAACAUGCACCAUUAACCAAUGCAACAUCAUUUAUCAGUCUACAGAUCUCCCUGAGUCAUGCACAGUCAUAUUUUAGUUGUCAUUUUUGAUGUGUGGUGUGAGGUCUAGAUAAUCUGUAUUUAGGUCAAACAGCUCUCAUUAUAAUGGUUGAAACUUUGUUGCAGCAGCAGACUUUGUAAAAAGUGUCUAGACUUCGACCUCAGCACUCCUCGCAGAUUUAUUUAUCAUAAAAAACUUUGAUGGUCAUGAGCCCUGGGUGGUGAACAAAAGCAUGAGAUUACAGAUACAAACAGUCAAAAACAGAGCUGGAAAUCACUGCUGGGGAAAGGGAGAUUUGGGACUACUUGCUUUGACUGAUGCCUCACCUCUGUGACCUGAUCCCAGAUAAGCAAAAGCAAAUGGAUGAACAGAUUGAAUUUGAGCAUGAGAUGAUAUCUUAAACACCUUAGCUGGAACCUCUAGGUGGAUGCUAGUAAAGGUGGUGGAGCUGAAUGUUUAAGAUAGAUAUUGAAAAACAAUGCUCAAAUUUGGCUCAAAUUGUAAGUCCUUACACUGAAGUUAUGAAGACUUUGAUGAAUAAUCUAUGUUUUGACCAGAUUUCACCAUGUUAUUUGCAUCUGCACAUAGGCUCUUUUCAAAUUAAGUCUUGUGUAUUGGCUGAGAUUACAGUACAAUUAAGCAGUGCAUUACAGUCACAUCAAAAAAACUGAAGAGCUUGAGCUUAAUUCAUACCCGCUCCAACUGGAUUCAAGACUUUCUCUAGUCUCUGUCAGCCACAAGGGUCUCAUGAUAUCAGGAUAUUCAGUAGGUAUCAAUCAAGUACAUCAGCGUUAAGUGUUAGCCUGCUGCUUUGUUCGGGACUGCACCUCCAAGGUGUCUGUGUAUUCCUUAUCUUAUCUUCUUCCAUUUCCGUCCUUUUUCUCAACCCUAAGUUUAACAAUUUAUCAAAAGUAAAAAACAAAAAUGGGUCUUUGGACACAAUGAUGUGUCUAAAACACCAUAAGUCUACUGGUUGCAACCAAGACAGUUUAGGUCCUGUAGGUGUUACAUUGGCUUUACAGGUAGGCUUUACAUUUUCAGCGACAGCCCUCAUUUUUAAACACAAACUCAUUUUUUUUUUUUUUUUUAACCAAGUUUCAUUGUCAACAUCCAAGUCAGUGCUCAGGGUGUCAUUAUAAAGGAAGAUCAACAGAUGUCUUAAAUGGUAAAUGCCACAAAAAAACCUCUUAGACAACCAAAGGAUGUACACAUGGAUACUGAUGUAAUAACUACAGUGUUAUAAACCUCAAAGUGAAAACCUCCUUUAGUUUGUGUGUGUUAGCUAAAGUGAUAAUAGAGGAAGACUUGGGUUUUCCUUUUUUUCCACAUAUGAACUCCUGGAGUUUCACGAUUUGCCUUUUACUCAUGAACUUCAGUCACCAUUGUGAUUUAGGUGAGGAAGACAUAUGGGAAGCGUGAGACUUAUUUUGUUCUGCUGACUGAUCCUGUGUAAAUUGCAUCGCUAAACAUGCAAAAACAAGCAGAAAACUAUAUACAGGCAAAUAAGGUGAGCAAAGACUACAAAGCAGGGAAAAUCCACACUAUGUGAAUAAUUUCAGCUUUCUGUCCACUUGUCCGGAACUGUUCUGCUGCUUUCAGUUUUUGCUCGCUUAACAUGAAGACUGUUUGAGAGAGAUGGCAGGAAAAAGUCUUUUUUAGUUGGGAUAAACAAAUUCAACCAGCGUCACCCUGGUAGACAGUUUUAGGGACUUUAUAGGGGUGUUAAGGAUUGAGAGAUCUAUUAGAAAAAUGGAACCAUCAGUGUUAAUUUCCACAUGUUAAAAAAAAGGAGUGUCCUCUUCAAUAUCAGCAGUCCUUGUGCAGCCCAGUGAUGUGUUCUUAAUAUGAGGAAUAAUUGAGCUAAUUAUGUUAAAUCGACAGGCUUUGAUAAGUAGAGUGCCUCAUCUUUGCAAUCUCCUCAGAUAAGGAAGCACCGCUUAUUUAAUCUGUGAAGAGAGCAGAGAUCAGACACAGAUGGCUGUUAAGAGCUCAGAGUUUAAGAUGUACUCAACUUUUAGUACAAGUUCACAGGAUUUAUAGUACUGAAGUUUCCACAAUAGCUCUCACCUAGAGCUGUCUCACCUAGGUAUAUAUGCUGUUUUGAAUAAAGGUUUAAAGUUCUUGUGAGCAGAAGGUAGAGCCGAUGUUAAAAUGUUCUGUGACCUGACAUUUAAAAUAAUGUAACAAGAGCUGAAGGUGAGCCUCAUGACUAAACAUGCAACACUGCUCCUUCUGUUUCCAUCUCUCCUUGUUAAAGGUGCAAGUCUGAAAGAGAAAUGUAACACCCGUGAACUGUGAAAGACCGAGUAUGAGGAUUCAAAAAAGACAGAGAAGCAUGAAUAUAUACUGAUACACUACCUCAAUCCAAGCUCGGACAGGAUUUCAGAUUUUGAAAGGAUUUGUUUCUGUUCAAUAAUCCAAGCUUAAGCCUUCAAGGUGUACGCUGUAUGCGUAUUUGGCUCUGUCUGUCAAAGAGAGGGAAUGAUUUCAUAACUGCUUGUAUAAUAAAUGACAAUAUCCAGGUAAAUAAACAGAUUAGGCGUCUAUGGCAAUUUCCAGGCACACACAGCAAAAAAGCUUCAAAGUGGAGCUGAUUGUUUCAGUGGAGCUGGUAGAAAGUGGAAACUAACACGGAAUAAUGUGAUAGUGCUUAUUACUGUGCAGGUAUUGCUUUUAGAAGUAUCUCCCUUGUGAUAUUAUCUGAAAGAUUAAAGCAUAUUCUCUCCAUGUAUUUUGGGGGUUUUUUUUUGGAGCAGUUUUCAUAAAAUAAUUUUCAUCUAUUAUAGUCAACAGAGGACAGUUACAAGAAAAAAAACAAAUAAUUUCUACUCAUCUCUCCAGAAGAUAAACCUUCCAAAUUCACCAGAGAUAGUCCUUUGCUCUUCUCCAACUAGUUUCUGCUGUUAAUGGUUAAAUAGUAAAAGUGAUUAGAGGUUGUUUUGUCUUGUUUAAGGGAGCUGUUGUUCUUUUUCUCUCUAUCUCUUCCCAGUGCACUACCAAAAGAUCGUCCACCGGGACAUCAAGCCGUCUAACUUGUUACUGGGGGAUGAUGGUCAUGUAAAGAUAGCAGACUUUGGGGUCAGCAACCAAUUUGAGGGAAACGACGCUCUGCUGUCCGGCACUGCUGGCACUCCUGCUUUCAUGGCACCAGAGACGCUGUCAGACACACGAAAGAGCUUCAGUGGAAAAGUGAGUUUAUGCUGCGUGUAUACUUAAAUAUUUUAAAAAGUCGGGGUUCCCGUUCAGCUCAGUGGUGAAGGUGUGGUUUUUGGACAGAGCCCUGGUUGCAGCAGAUGAUGGUUUUGCUUCAUGUCAUCUCCCACUCAUCUCAUUGUACAUUUAUAAGGCUACAUACAUGUGUUUAUGAUUAAUUAUAAGAGCUGGGUUCAGAGUUCAGUAUUUAUAUGGCUUUACAGUUGUGCUAAGGAUAAGAGGUGGGGGUCAUAUGAAGUGUUUCUGGAUUUUUCAGUUUGUUUGGAUUUGGCACCCCCUGUGGUCAAAAUAUUUGGCAUGUCGUCCUACUUCAAGCAGUAGUAAUCUGGAUUUAAUCAGAAAAUAUAUAUAUUUUUUAAUAAUUGUACAGUGUUAUGUGAAAAGUUGGGACAAAAGUUGCUGGAUUACCUUGUCAGGAAUAAUUAUAUCAUGUUUUUUCCCCCAUGGUCUUAAUCAUUUUAUUAUUUACUUUUUUAUUUUUAUUUUCUAUUAUUACUUUUAUUGUUAUUUUUUUUAUUAAUAUUUUAUUUUUUAUUAUGUAUAUAAAAUGUUGGACUAUUUACAAAUUACACCAAGCAGCAUAUUUAGAUGACAAAAAUGAGGAUCUAACAACCAAAAAUAAUCAAAUUGUCUACCAAAAUAUGAACAACAUAGAAUAAAUCAUAUAAAUCACAGUGAAAUAAAAAAAGGUAAAUUUAAUUUGGGGUUUCAGUCAAUAUAAAAUUUAUGUAAUCCAAAAAGUCUCAAGGUGCUGAUUAUUUUAGCUUUUUCAAUGACUGAAAAGAUUUUCUAACUAUUUUUAAUGCUAAAAAAUUAGGAGUAACUUUUUACAACCUUCAUCCUUGAAUGUAAAAUUGAAAUUGCAUAAACAUAACAAAAUGUACCGUAUGAUAUUCAAAAUCAGAUAUGCUGUCUUACCAACCAGGAUGACCAAAAAUGCACUUUCAAAGCCGCAUUAUUCCUUUGUAAUCAGCCGGGCCCUGUGAUUAAAGCAGCUGCUGCCCCGAGCUCAGGGCAGCGACUGCUUUUAUUUAGCUGUUUGAAAUCAUUUAGAUCAUCGACUCUCAACUUGAAAUUAAAACUGUUUAACCAAGAUGAGUUUACAGACCUUUGCCAGCCUGCUAACCCUAGCCCCAAGAUGUCGUUGUCAGUCUUUUCCCCUGUGUAUUGGCUGGUAUUUAUUGCUUUUAAGCCAUUAAAACAGCUGAUAGGAACAUCAUUGCCAGAGUUGAGAAAUGGAAGUGUUCUAUUGAUUUUUAACAGCAGAUAUUGAUUCAUGAAUGCUUCCCAUUAUUAAGCUGCUUCUAUUUGUACAGUCAAGCAAUAAUCAGUCAAGGAUAACACCACCUCUCCUUAAUGAUUGGAUUGACGACCACCUGCCUCCAUACUGGGCGCGCUUCCUUCAUAAUUCCUGCAUAAUUAAACAUCUUUUGAGGCUUGUGGAUCAAGCCUGACUAAUAAUUGAUUCAUGGACACUUAACAGCAAGAAACUGCCAUGUUUUCAGGCCUCAAGGCUCAACACAUCCUUUUUAUUUACAAAAUGUUUCAUAUAACUACAUGUUCUUCCCUUAGUGGCUCUUAUGGUAGAACUGAUAGAUCCACUCAAGGAAAAACAUUGUGGCUUUCAAAGGAGGGUCAGUGAAGAAAAUCUGAUUGCAUUCAGAAAGAAUUUAAGAGGUGUUCAAGUGCUUCAACCUGACGUUUCCUUGAGCUUUCAGGAAAUAUAUGCAGUCAACCUACCAGCACAUUUUUCUCUGAUUAGUGAUGCAUUCUUCCUGAUUCUGUAAUUUGUUCAAGAAUAAUGCCCAAGUGGGUUUUUAUAUUCACUGACAUUUGUGAUGUGGGUGUAAAUCAGCUGCAGAGUGGGAAGUUAGUAUCUGAAAAAAACUUUGAUAAUGUACUGAAGUUUGUGGAGUUUUCAGGUGUCUACAUUUAGCUUGAGUGUACACUUUCCAAAAGUUUGUUCUUUUACCCUUUUGUCCCACUUAGUACAUUUAGAGGAUGUCUCACCAAUUUAGUAGUAAUGCAUAUAAGAGAUGUUAUCACUCAGCUAUAUUAAAUACUUGACUGUGAUUGAUCAAAUCCUUUAACAACAGUGAUUGACUCUGGCAGCAACAGCAACCCCAGAAACAACCUGAUCACACACAUCAUACCAGUUAAACCAGAAACACUGUCAUGGCUUACUCCACCUCUGCCUGUUGACUGUAGUAUAAUGGGGCGCUCACACCAACCGCAAAUAAAAUCAUCUACUCACUUAAUACGCGCGGAUCUAGACGUGUGAAUAAAUAGUAUUUACUCACUACAUUUAUGCGUCAACGGUAAUUUUAAGGGCAAUUCCUGUCAAUUCAACCAGCAGGAUCAAAUGAUAUACAAAGGUUUUUGACAAUUUACCAGGUAAUCAGACCUCCUCACUCACUUGCCUUCAGGUGAGCUUCUUUUUAUUCCAGUUUCGGUAAUUGAAAGAAAAGGUAUCAUAUAAUUCGGGGCACCCAUACACAGACACAAUCAGUUUGUCUUCCGUUUUAGAUACCAGUGAAGAACCGUCUGUUUCCAUACAUCACCCAGCAACUUUCGUGCUGAUUAGUUAUUGCGACACGCAUAUCUGCUCAAGUUGAGACAUUUUCAACUCAUGCCCAAUUCAUUGCGCCAUUCACACUGCCAGAGUAGUACUAGCGUCUAAUCAUGUCUUUGCAUUGACUUAACAUAUAAUUCAGUCGCGCAAAUGAAUUUAAUGGCACUUGGUGUGUGGAGACAGUAAUUCAUCCCACAAGUAGGCUGAUAUGAAUUUUUGCUAUGAUAUCUUUACCAGCUGUAGAAUACGGGGGGCUCAAUCACUUUGAAUCAAUAUCUUGUGUUAACUAGGGCUAUCACUUUUUAUUCAAAAAGUUGAACUUAAGGGUGGGGUCAUAUUUGAACAGUGGUAAGCCCAAUGCAACUUCCUGUUUGAUCCAGCAGAGGGUCAACUCAACGUUACCUGACCGUUGUAUGACACUCCUGACCUCAGUAAAUUAAUGUAGUAAUAUUAUUCUGCAUAAAAAGAGGAGGUGUGUAGCAAUUAAAGCUGCAUUCAGUGAGUGGGCUCACUUGUAUGACAGUAUUUUGUAUUAUUGUAUUUUUUGUGAACUGUUUGGAGCUUCUGGUUUGAUGUGAAUAUUGUUUGAGUAUAAUGUGGAUAUUUAGAUAACAUCUUGCUGUAAUGUUCUACAAUGUCGCACUUCCUGGCCAACGUCUUCUGUAACUGAGGCAAUGGUUGCCGUCAAGGACCAAAAGCAGUUUACCAAAGAUUGGCAUCAUCCACAACUUUUUUGGGUUUUUCAACUAUUCAAGGAAUUAGGUGCUGGUGUUUUUAGUUGUUGUAUCUUAAGUAUAUUUUACAACUCAGUUCUAGAAAAUCGAUUGUGAGUUUUUCAUUGUUUUGGUCACACAAGCUGACAUUGUUGAAGUAAUGCAAAACAAAGAAAUUAUUAGGAUAUUCCAUUAAAUGUAAACUUAUUUAACUUUUGAGCACAUGUAUUCGAGUACUUUCAAACACCAGCGUGUCAUUUUGAUCAAACUUGAAGUUGACAGCUCAAUUGUCAACUUUUGUACUUGGGCAUUAAGGUCCAACUCACCCUACUGGGAUUUUGUUUCAUAUACAUCAUCCCUUCCUCAUAUUAAAUUGUCAUUUUGUGUGCCAUGUCCACAACUGAAGGACCAGUUUCUGUCUCAAAGGAUGUAACAAAAUUCCUCUGCAGACCCUCUAGAGUCGUGACACGAAGUGAUCUUUAUACAAGACUUGUCCAGACGCCCUCCAUGAGAGGGUGUGAGGCAUGAGAGGGGUUUCACCUCAAAGUGGAAAUGUCCAGUAUGAUGCAAGUGACAGCAAGAAGAAACAAGACAUUCCUCAUACAAACACAUUUUUGCACUUGCACAGUUUAAUGUUUUCAUUGUAUUUUGAAUACAGAAUGAUUGAAUUGAUGUGAGGUUCAGUCAGCUUUGCACUGAAACAGCUGGUAAAAAUGUCCUCUCAGAGAGCUACUUUAACUUUUUUCCCCCAUGAAUACAUUUAAGAGCCUGUUCUUUUUCAUUUUUCUCAGUGAAAGUGCUGAACUGCUCUACUUGUGUGAAGAAUAUAUAUGUACUUUUUCCACCACUUAACAGUAAAAUGCUGAAAAUCAGACACUCAUAUGUUACUUGAACCCCCUCAGUUUUCAGUCCCUGCUCUACAUCAAACCGUUAGUACAUGUUAGUCAUCGAGUGUUGUGCCUGGUAACACAUGUCUGUGGCUCUGAGAUAGAUUUCCGAGGUUCAGAGGGCUGGUUUUGUCAUUUCAUAUCUAUCAGGGAAUAGAAAUGGAUUUCUAGAGGAGCUAUUCACAGAGAAAGAAAGAGGCUGAGAGGAGACAAAGAGCCCUGAUGGAUAGCUGCGGUGUCUCUGCUAUCUGAUCACACACAUCCAUCUACAAGGUAUCUGAUGGCACACAUCCCUGAAAAAAAAUAACCUUUAAUGCACCAUAAAUCUCUCCAGGCAGUCUGCAGCGAUUAAGGUCACAGUGUUUGUUUGUGCAUGUAGGUGUUUGGAUCACUACAGUGUGUUUCUUAAAUGUCUGUUUGCCUUCAUCAUGUCACAUUGAAUGUCACUUUUGUCCCCGUUUUAAAGGCGCUGGAUGUUUGGGCCAUGGGAGUUACCCUCUACUGCUUCGUCUUUGGGAAGGUGAGUCAGCACAUUCUCUGUCUUGAAGUCAUUUAUCAGCUUCUGGUUCACAAAAGGUAACAGUGACAGCUGGGAAAAAUGCUCAUUUCAGAGACAGCCGUGCUCGUUAACAGUACACAGUGACAUUUAAGUGGGAACACUGUCUAUCACAGGCUUUUCUAUUUGUCACAGCCAGUGUUUGGGAAAGUACUUUAAGUGCAAAGUUUUAAAAAGCUACCAGGAAGAUUCAACUUCAGCAAAGCUUCACUGAAAAGAGAGUGAGUCUAGUUAACUGUAACUACUCAGAAAAAUAGAAAAAUGUCACAAUAAGCAUGUGCUUUAAAGUUAUAGCAAGAUAAGUCUUAUCAACAUAUGAUGCACAUCAUUGGAAACCAUUGUCUUUAAAUUGCAGUAUUUAAAUGAAAACGGACUCUGUAGAAACACAUCAUAUUCAUACGUGUGAUUAGAAGACUGAAAUACGUACAGAUAAGCCAGCCAUAACACUUUCAUCAUCACAGUCUUGUGCAACCAUAGACUGUAUAAAAUUUGGACAACUUGGUUCCGCCUUCCGCCAGUAUAUGGAUUUGAAGCCGAAAAGCUCUCGGUAUUUCCAGGUUUUUUCUCCACCUCCUGAAACCAACAUUGCGCAGUAGCCUUGUACACACUCCGCCAUUUGAGCAGUAGCAUUGUACACAUUCGGCAGGAGAGUCGCUGUGAUGAUGCUCAGCUCAAACAGCAUAGCCCCCGGGUGAGCUACGGAAUCUUUGUACGCCCAUAGGCUGUAUCAAGUGUCAAUCAUAGAAAACAUGAACCCCCUAAUAACUUUUAAAAAUGGAGCUGUACAGAAAAAAGAGGACUUGAGUACAAAACAGUCUUUUAGUAGCUACGUGCAACAUCGCAACCAGGGGGGAGAAAAAUUUAUAUUCUGUGUAAUAAAUUUCUAAAGUUUGUCCACAACUCCAUAGGGAGUGCCGGAGGGAUUUAUGACCUGCAGCCCGUCACCAGAGGGUGCUUUACCCAGCGAGGUGGCAGACGGUGUCUCUUCUAUAAACCGUCUUUGUGCACAACCCAAUACAGCAGCUUAACCAUAUAUUCAGCUUUUAUGAAGCUUCUACAUUAUUAGCUUUUGUUGGCAUGUUAGAGAGCUGACUCUAGUGCUUCACACUGGUAUCCCCUGCCCACAGCUUCUGUCUCUGGGGGGUUUCAGAGGAAACUUAACUGACAAUUGUCAAUGCUCUGUCCCGAUUUGACAUGCGCUGUGUAAGCUCUAAAGUCCUGCUUGAUGAUGGGAUUAUACAGUGUGAACACAUAAUUCAUGAGCUUUCCUCCUUGUUGUCAUAAAUGAUUCACUCUUACAGUGUGAAAAGCAUUUAUUCAGUCACACACAGUGUGUGCCAAGCUCAAGAAACUUUACUCUGUGUCAGUUUUGGCAACCUCUGUGGACAGGGCUGUACAUUUGAUCUCUUUUCAAAUUUUGCCCUGUACAUUUGUUUAAAAUCUCAUCCUGACUCCUAAAAAUGGUCAAUCAUAGCUUUAAAUGCAUGAAAAAAUAGCAGGGGUGCAACUUAAAUAGAUAUGCAAAUGUAUUUGAACAACUCCAAAGUCUUUUGCAAAAUCUAAUCAAACUCCUGGUUAAAUCACAUGUAGCUUGGUGCCUGCUAUAUCUAGUUUGUGACACUAUAAAUGUUACAUUUUUGGUUUUGCUGUUCUCAUUUUUCUUGGCAUUCUUCAGGGAUGCAUAUUUUCCAGCUCAGUACAAUUCACUGUUCCCUUUUUGUAUUUUUCCUCUACUUCUCCUGCAGUGCCCAUUUAUUGACGAGUACAUAUUGGCUUUGCACAACAAGAUAAGGACCAAGCUUGUGGAUUUCCCAGAAACGUAAGUCCAUCUUCUUUUCUCUCCUCUGCUUCAAUAAAAGAGAUAGCACAGCCUCCUCCUUUCUACAGCAGCUGUAAUAACUGCUCCAUUUUCCAUCUAUUCAUCUCAUCUCAGUCACGAAACCAUUUUUCUCUUUUUUACUGUCACUAAUUGCUUCUGCAAAAGUAUAGACAGCUUGAUGCAGCAGCUUUUUUUCUACACACAGGAAAUUUCACCUUCAUUGAAUCAAAAUAAGAAUUGUCAAACAAAAUGAGGGCAUCAGUUUUCUAGACACAUGCAAACCUUAUCUUUGUGGUAAAGGUUGAGGAAAAACACAGAGGUCUUCUUGGGUAAAUAUCGUGCAAAGAUGGUGAGAGAACAUGUGACAGCACUGAAGACGCCAGCAGUGGUGACAGACUGCAGCAGCAGCAAACUGGAGAAGUACAGACUGUCACAUGUGAAGGAGCUAUUAGACGGAGUGUGAGUGUGUCAGGGUCAGGACAGGGUGUUAUAUAGUUAAUAAUGAGUGUCUUCACCCUGUGGGCUGGAGAGGGUCCGUGUCUGUGUGAGGGGCUCGUUCAUUAAACUGAGCAGAAUAUCACAGCCGCUAACACCAUCAUCUCCGCACUGAACCAAUCAGUGACAGGAGCAGCACCUUGUUGUCUGCUCUGAUGGACCCAUUACACCUCGCAUGUUUCAUUUAGUGUUUCCACUGUCAUAAAGAGAAACAGCUGAGAUCAAAUAAUCUCAUUUACUGAGAUAUGAAUUAUUUAAUGAUCCAUUCAUUCUUUUCUUUAUUUAAUAGUUUCCUGUUUAAUUUCACAAACUUUUUAUUGGACACAGGAAUUUUAAGGACCUUUUUAUUGCAUCCUCAUAAACUUCACACAUAACAAAAAUUCACUAUUAACUUUGAGAAAAUCCAAAAUUUAUGCCACCACACUUUAUCAAAUAUAUAUAUGAGCUCGCUGUGCUGCCUGAUUCAUUUAUAUCUUUCUGUGUAUCUUACUCUGGGUCACUAACAUUCAAAUAAUCAGCAAAAAGAGACACUAUGGUAAAGUGGCAAACAUGUAUUUUACCUGUUUCACACUAUGAACACAGUGAUGAUGGUAAAAAUGUAUAAAUAUGAACUUUGCAUCACAAUCUGACAUCUCACAGAAAGGAGGGUUGCUUAUACUGUAACAAAAAUGUCUGUAUUUAAUAUAAACAAGGCUGUAGCCUGUUAAACCAUUAACUUAGUAAAUGCAAAAUGAAACUCCUUACUUAAAAUAAACACAAACAUCAAAUAUGGAUGGAGAAACCCUGUUGUUUCUGAAGAUGCGUUAUCAGUGUACGUUGCAAUGUUGGAAAUGUUAGUUCAACCAAACACCCAGCUAGUGCAGAGACAGCAGAGAAAUAGAGCUGAGUCAGGCUUUGAGCCUUUUGGCAAACAGCCACAGCGAGCCUAGCUGUCAGUCACCUUAGACGCACCCUUCUUGUUUAUGAUUAUGUAAAACACUCAGUCUUUAUGUUCUCAAACAGAUAAAAACAUUAGACUCUGAUACAGAUCCCAAGAAGUGCAAAUGAAUGAGUAAGGUGUAGUGUUUUAAAAGAAAGUACUUUAUUUACCAGGCUGUAAACAUGUUCAUUUCAUGACAAAAAAAAGAUAUUUUAAUAUGGUACCUGAUGGGGAUUGUUUUGCAUUUGAAGCCAGCCUCCAGUGGCCACUUUAAGAACUACAGGUUGUUAGCACAUCCAUAAUAGCUUAAUUGUUUAACACCAGAAUUUCCCCCACUAAUGCAUUACCCUUCGGGGAUCAUUGAAGUUCCUCUUCUUGUUCUUCUUGUUUUUCUUGUUCUCCUCCUUCUUCUUCUUCUUCUUCUUCUUCUUCUUCUUCUUCUUCUUCUUCUUCUUCUUCUUCUUCUUCUUCUUCUUCUUCUUCUUCUUCUUCUUCUUCUUCUUCUUCUUCUUCUUCUUCUUCUUCUUCUUCUUCUUGUUCUUCUUCUUCUUCUUCCUCUUCUUCUCCUUCUUCCUCUUCUUCUUCUUCUUCUUCUUCCUUUUCUUCUUCUUCUUCUUCUUCUUCUUCUUCUUCUUCUUCUUCUUCUUCUUCUUCCUAUUCUUAUUGGACACCAGUGACUUCUUUGUUGAUAUCUGAAACGGUUGACAGAUUAGCAACUUUACUUACCCAUUUCAAAACAGAAGAACCAAAGCAAAGAGCUGCACAGUGCACAAAAGAAACGAUAUAAAAAAAACCAAAGCAAGUAUGUAGACAUACAGUAUAAGACAGUAUGAACUACACAAAAUACAGUAUAAUAUGGGAAACACGCCAACUAUUUAGGGCAAGGGGACUCACACACAUGCAUCUAAAAGUAUGUUUUUUGAGGCUAGCGUUGAAAGAUUGAUUAAGGACGAAAGGCUGAGGGGCCUUACCAGCAAAAAAUUCACCUCUACCAGGAGCCCCAUGUCUGAAGAUCCAAGAGGCCUGGAGAGAGAAAUGUUGUUGAUGAAGAAGACAGUUCAGCAAAGCAAAGCAUGCGCACACAGAUUAGUAAUCCAUGUCUGUUUGUGUGCUAUAUGUGGGAUAGGUCAAAAUCAAGGUUAUCUGGAUUUUAUUACAGUUAAAAUCUGCUCUCGACUCCUCAUAAAUUGGACUCACUUGAUGGAUGUAGUCGCAGUGGAAAUGUUUCACAGUUUACAAAUCUCUGGCCACAGUUUACAGAACUAUGCCUGCAGAAUGGAAAUUAGUCAAAAUCAGUAUGCACAAAUGAAAGAAGUGUGUGCUGAGAUUUGUGAAACAAGAGUAGAGAUUAACACAUGGCUCUUAUACCUCUCAGCUGAAACCAGUGGGGUUUUUCUGCAGAGUUGAGUUUUGCUAGUUAGGCUCAAAAGGAGCACAGACACCCAAAUUACCCAUGGGUCAUCAUCCUCAGUGUCACUUGUGUUGCUGCUAAGAUGAGCAAACACUCCUCUGUGGUCUGAAGGAUGGUAAGUGACAGGCAUGCUCACAGAGGUGAGAAAAGAAGAUCUGUUUAUUCUGUCUGGCAGCAAAACAUCCACACGACAGAGAACUGCAAAGGAGUGAUAAUUAAUUAUCGUGUCCUUGGUCUUUCUUUCUACGGCCUUCAAAAUCUUGUAAAGCAAGAAUCUGAGAAAUCAUAUCCACUCUUUGAUUCUACAUCUUUCUGCUGCUAUAAAUCAAAGGCUGCAGUGUCGCCAGAAAACAUAAUGCACAAACAAGAAAACAUUUUCCUGGAUCAUUAUCUGGUGUUUCCUCAGGCCAAAGAUCAGUGAGGAGCUGCGGACUCUGAUCCUGCGAAUGCUUGACAAGAACCCAGACAGCAGGAUCACCAUUCCUGAGAUCAAGGUAAGAAAGAUAACAGAGAGGAGAGGUCAGUGUUAGUCACUUAUUGUUCAGGCUAACAGGCAGCUGAUCAUAACAAGCCUCUCAUGGUCCGUGUUCAGACACAACAUAACUGAGCUUUUCCCCACUGUGAUUGGCCGACAGGACUCUGACCUCACUAUGGGGAUCAUUAGAAGUGCUGUGUAGCUAUAGGGCAUGAUGAAACCUGUCUGACUCCAUAGAGAACUGAGCUAAAUCAGCAGAACAGGCCCAGGACCAGCUGGACCCACAGUGUUCGCCCUAUCCUGCUAAGUUUCCAUGACACAAUCUAAUAACAUGUCAGUGAGUCAUUUUUUUCACCAGGGAUUCUGUUUGUGUUCAUAGAGCAGAGAUAAUUAGGCUGUCAUGCAUUGUGUGUGUAUAUGUGUGCUCAAAUACAAACAUACUAGCACACAUCUCUUAAUAGGAAGAGCUGCAAGACUAGUUAUACCUAUUAUAGGUAUUCCUGUACAAGAUAUGACUUACAAUCAAAAUUAUGAAAAGACUUCUUUCAUUAUAAUUAUGGUUGUUUUCAAAAUAACCAUAGUUACAGGGCAUAUUUUGAUCAUUAUCAUAUUGUUUCUAAAGUUAUUAUCUCUUUUAUCAAUGUCUGAUCAUCUGAUUUUCCACUGCCCAAAAAUCCUUAACUUCGAUUUGAUAGUAGCCCUGUUAGAGGCUUAGGUCAAACUCUUGGGUCAAGAUCUACAUUUUUGCCUGUGUUGCAACAGGCUGCCAGUAGCUAUCUUGUUGUUUUAUGUGAAUUAUCAAAUUGAGGUUUCUUCAGGCACACCAAACAUGGAUAACCAAAGUUGUGUUUUUUUUUUGUUUGUUUUUUUUUUUUGUUACAACACACUCCAUAAGGGUGACUAAAAUUUUUGUUACAAAUAAUGAAUUUUAUACCAUGUUAUGUAUUUUACCCCUGCUUGUAAGUCUUGACACCAGUUUAUGUAUUUUAAGGGAUCAGAAUCCUCAAAGGCUUUUUAUGGAGUUUGCCUGCAACUUUGAAGUACCUUAAAGAUAAUAGUAACUUUGGAUAAACUGUUUUUCCUGUAUGAUACUUUAAUUUACUUUGUAUAUGUAGAUAAUAUUUUACGGACUGUCUGUCCGAGUCUGUCUGUUUAAAGACUGUUUUUAAUCUUACCUUUUUCAAAGUGCUCUCUGAUAGUUGUUAAAGUUGGUCUCCUUAGGUCUACAGGUCUGUGACAAAGAGUUUGGUGAGGAUCAUGAGAUAAUGUGAUUUUCAAUCAAAUUAAAAAUUAAACUUGAAAUUCUUACUUGAAUUCAAGUAAGAAUACAAUUUUAUUCAAGUAAAUAAAAUUUAAGCAAUACUCUGUCUCUCUUAUUUGAUUUUUGAAUCUAACAAUAAUACAAAAAUAGGAGUUCUGUUGCCCUGUCUGCCAAAGUGCACAGUUUGAAGGUGAUGUCUCAUCCAAAAAUUUUUGACACUUUUUAAUUUUCUUUUCAUGAUGACUCAUUUAAAAAUGGGAGUUUUUGCUGCAUUUCUUGCCAACUUCAACUCCAUUUUCCCCUUAGAUUAAUUCUGACCUUUGAAACAAACAGUAAAGGUAUGAUAUAGUGUAAUUAGUAUUUCUUGGUUCCUUGAAGUUUACCUUGAGUUUCCCUGAAGAAAAUGUUGCUCUGGAUGUGAGACUUUCUGAAAGGUUUCAGGAGAUAUUAAAAAAUGUUUCCUUCUGUUAUCUGUUGCAGACCAAAACAAAUCUUGUUUGAUUUUUUUAAUUACUUUGUUUAUCUUAAAGCGACACUUUCUUAGAAUUAUAUGAUGAUAAAAAAUUGAAAGUACUUCUAUGUAUCAAUGCCUAAGACUAACUUUGCAGGGGAAAAAAGUUUCUGAGAAUUGCAGAGGGAAUUUUUGGAAUUAAGGAAAAACAACAACAACAACAACAACAAAGCCAUUUUUAAAGUCGAUUUUUAAUCUUCUUGUGGAGUUUUUGAAAAACUUUUCCAGUAGGUAUGAAUUGGCUGGAGCAAAGAGACACAUACGGGCUGGCAGAGUAGGAGGCAGACUAACAGGCUGUUGCUUUUGUUCUUUGUAUUAGUUGAAAAUAACAGACAGAUAUGUAAUUUCAUCAGUCUUGAACUUUAAAUCAAUGCCAGCAGACUUGCUGUAAAGUUAACAAAGAUGAACUCGGGCUGGCCGACAACUGUGAUAGAUUACGUGUCUUAACUUUGAAGUGUUUGCAGUGAUGUUUGAGUAUAAAUCAGAGCAGAUGGCUGCCUGGCGGGAAGGAAAUUGUCUGUAAUUAUAGUAAUGUUAAGUUAUGUAUGCUGGUUAGUUUAAGUGCUCAAUCAUGAUAACACCUGCAGCGUCCAUUUGAAACGCUUUAAACAUAAACAGAACACAGCUGAGAGACUCGAGAUGUAGUUUCAGAUAACUGUUCUGUCAGCUGCAUGUGUAUCAUACUGUAGAUUAUGUAUGUAUAUUAGAAAAGUUGUCAUGCUGUUUCAUUGCUUGUGUGUGUUCAGAUGGAUCAGUGGGUGACCCAGGGAGGCACCGACCCUCUGCCCCUGGAGGAGGAGCACUGCACUGUGGUGGAGGUGACGGAGGAGGAUAUCCAGAACUCUGUCAAGUUUGUCCCCAGCCUCUCUGCUGUGGUAAGAAAGCAACAGUGUCUGCCCAUGACCUGAUGUGCACUCUCAAACCACUGCAGUCCUCAGUUCACCUCAGUGCCAUUAAAGCACAGUGACACACAUCAAUCUCCACAUUUCAACAAGGAGGCCUCAUCAAUCUCCAAAGAGGCCACUCAACAGUCCUGUAUCUUUUUUAAAGCUCUCUUUUUUUUCAGAAGUUCUCUGAGAGGAGAAAACAGGAUUUUUGUCUAUCUGGCUCUAAAAACACUGUCAAAUUGUAUUUACCAGGAGUUUCAAACAUUUAAAGCCUUUAAAAUUAGCCAAGUUUUACUUGUUAACACCCAAGUCAAGAUACAGAAAAUGCACAUUUGAGUUACAUCACAGCAGAACAGCACUCAGUCAGGACUUUCAUUUCAAUCAUCAUCUUGAUAUGUUUGAGAGAAGUAAAAGUGCUGAUUUUGAAGGCCUGGUGUAAACAAGUCCACAUAUUUCGAGCAGGAAAAACUAUAUGCAGAGUUUAGAAAGCUUUAGAGAAGAGCUGUAGGACAUCAGACCGCCAGUAGAUUGACUCUGAGCAAGUUCAGUUUAGCCGUCAUACUACUGAAGGUGGCAAACAUCUAGUAUGGAUGACUUAUGAUGAGUUCAUAAAAAAACAAAAAGACAGUUGUUAUAUUCAAAAUGUGCAGAUAAAGAUCCAGCGUUAUGAAGACAGUGUUUUCAGAAUAUUUUGGCAUUUACAUGGACAGCAAGCAUAGCAGCACUUAAUAAAGAUUAGAUUAAGGUUUUUUUAACUGUUUGAUAAAAAGCAGUAAGUUGAUUUCCAUAAUUAUUACAUAACACAAGGAAAGCCUGUAGUAUUAAAGAUUUUAUACUGCAGUUGUGGAGACACCAUGAUCCUGUGUAGAGGCUUAAACUUGCGCACAAUUUUAACUUGUAUAGUACAUUAAUUUAUUGCAGAGUGUAAAGAAGAGUGUGCUCAGUUUUGAUUUUCAAGACACUUGACUACAUUAACAACAUAAAGAGAGGAAGAAAGAACAGUUACUUUACUUGUGCGUAAAGUCAGCACAAACACAGCAAUGACCACCACUCAACCGACUAUAAAGUGUCCUUUUAAGCUUCUGAAAAGCCUCCAACACAUACUGAGCAAGCUGACACACAGUGUAUAAACAGGUACUAAAUUCUGUCCUCACUAGACAUAGAAAACAGAUGAUUGAAAGUUUCUGACAUUUAGUUGAAAAGUUGAAAUCUAAGACCGAUAUAACAGAGACUGGGAAAUAACCGGGAAAGCCUCAUCGAGAUGGUAAAAAUCUCUUUUAUUAGAGUUUCUUGUUUAAGUUCAUUAUCAAUUAUCAGCACAGUGUAGCAAAGUUUUUCUACAUACAACAGAACAGUUUUAGAUCCAGGUAAACAUGUCCUGGAUUAUUCAACAAAAAGUCAUCAGUCAAAACAUCUACAACCUAAUGCAUCUAUCUCAAGCACUCUCUGUAUCUUUGAAAACAGCUCAAUCAGACUAAAUCUGCUACAGCAGCAGAUCACAGACUGCAGGAGCAGCAUACCUAAAACUCCUUUUACCCAUUUCAAGACUCACUUUGGGAACAGAAAGCAAAAGAAAUUAAUGUGACUGGGUGACAGAGCGAAGACUGUUGCUUUAAGCUUUUUCUAAAUGAAUGAAAUUACUUAAAUAAGUGGGGAAAAAGUUCAGAGCUGCCUUAUGAAUGAGGACAUUUCAGUGAUUUAGUCUGCGGGUUGAUAAUGCAGGCCAGCCAACUCAAGCAUUCAGAGAGCAGUGAUGAGUUAUGGACUUAAGAUGUAUUAAGAACCCCAAAGCCUGAUGGGAAAUGGUAUCCAGACGAUGAGGUCAUUGAGAUGAUUCCUGUAUACAUGCAACAAUCAGGAGCAUGAAAGAAGUUUUGUUUGCAGCAAAAAAAAAAAAAAAAAAGCAUGACUCAUGUCUGAAAUUAAAGACCAGUCAUGAAUUCAACUUCUUUAUAAGUUACUUAUUAUGAACCUUAAAGGACAGGGAGUCACUGAUCAAGGAUCUCUAGUAGUAAGAACAGACUCAGUCACAUCACCCUCAGAUGUAGCAAUAGAUUUACGCUUUAGCUGCUGUAAGUUUUUUAACAAUAAAAAUGUUAUCAGGAUUAAAGAUUAACUGACACAAAGUGUUUAGUACGGAUCAAAAUUUGUAAGUAAGUGACUGAGAGCCUGAUAUUUUGGUGGUAUGGAGCUGUGAAUAAAGUAUUAUCUGAAUAUCAAUGAGAAUUUGCAUAGGGAACAUUGUAGACAAUACUGUCCAAGUUGUAAAUAACAGUGGUCCCCAGACUGAGCCCUGGGGUGCACCAUUUAUUAUUUCAAGAGAUCGAGAGGUGAUGCCUUCAGCCUGAACUAACUGUGAUCUGCUUGAUGAAUAAUUUUCAAACCAACAGAUUUUUUCCAACAGUCGGAGCAGCUUCUGCUCAACAAGAAACUGUUGCAUGUGUUUGUGAGCAGUGUGUCUUUGUGGAUGUUCCAGAUCUUGGUCAGAGCCAUGCUGAGGAAGCGCUCCUUCAGUAAUCCCUUUGAGUGUCCGAGCAGGAGAGAGGAGAGGUCCAUGUCUGCUCCUGGCAACCUGCUCAUGUAAGCACACCGAGUCCAACCUUCAGAUCCUCCUCUCUUUUCAGUGUUUAAUACCUACAUGUGUUUUCCAUGAUGAAGAAGAAGUCUGUUACCCCCUUCGGAAUUGCUGUAGAAUGAAACACAUAUUUAUAUAUGUGCCUCACACCUGUCUCCUCUCUCUGUGUAUCAGGUUAACCAGCAUUCACUCCUGCAGCAGCAGCUGCUGCCGCUUUGGGUUGCCAUAGCACCAUAAUUCAUUCUUUCAUUGUAUGCUGUGGAGCUUACAGCCUUUAUAAGUGUUUCUUUGUGUGUUGCUUUCAGCCCUCAAGGGAAGAGGGAUUUAUUGAGACACAGAAUGAUACAGAUCCAACACUCGCCUCAGGCUGACCUUGGGUUGUCUGUAAUACAGAUUGUGAGCAUCACAUGGGGAACGGCCAAUCAUCUUAUCUCUCCUUUCAACAUAGUACAACUCAGGGCAUUUCAGAGCAGCUAUAGUGUUUCCCAGCAGUGCUGCAGGUGCCCUUGGGACACUAAUCUGUGUUACACGUCCAACAGAGUUUGUCAAGAGGAUGGAGCACUGCAGCGCUGAAUGUGCAAUCUCUCAUUGUGAGGGUUUUAAUAGAAGAUUUCUCCUCUUUCUAGGUUCAGGUUUCCCCCGCUACACUCCAGGCAGCCUCAGAGCUGCUAUCUGAGGUGAAGGUGUUUUCAGGGGAUGUGUAGGGAGUUUAAAUCAACACUGCCCUCUGCUGGAAAAACAAAACAAAGCCAAAAAAACAGCCCUGUACAUUUUGGGCUCACUGUUCCAUGACGAAUGUAAUUAGGGGAUUACAAGACGGACAAACAACAACUGUAUGCCUUAAACAGCAUUUUAUAAGUAACCUUAACCACAUAUAUAUUCUGAAACGAACAAUGUUUACAUAUGGUACCAUCAGCAAAAAAAAAAAAAAAAAAUCACUGAUAUCUUUAUACUUAUUUAUCUUCAAGUGCUGAGGGAUUAAAGCAGGAAUCAGGUUGUUUUUUUUCUAACUUUAAGAAGUAUUUAAGAACUUGAGUAUUGUCCUUUUAAUACAAAAGUACCUUGUAAUAAAUUUCUUUGUAUAAAAUGUUCAUAAACAUAGAAUUUGUGCCUUUUCAGAUUAUUUAAUCCAUAUAAUUAAUUGAAAAUAUAAUUGGGUCAACGAUUAAAGGAUUAAAAUAGAAAAUGUUGUAUUGUUGAUGUAUUAUAUGCAAAAACAAAAAAAAAGGAUCCUUAUUUUAGCUUUGAUUUAAGCAAUAAAUCUCAAACAUGAUUAGACAUGGUCAUGUUCAUUAUUUUAUUGCAUAACUUAUUCUUUUAAAAUUGUCAUCCAUGGCCAUUUACAUAUUGAUAACUAUUCAGGAUUAGGAUUACUUUCUGUUUUCAAACUAUCAGAUAACUUAUUUCAAAGCUCCACACUGCCCCUUGUGUUGAAAAGGUAAAAUGCAUCAAGGGGAGGUCAUAUCCACCACCUUUGACCCUUGAGGAGACUGUUGCCCUCUCACCUGUGACUUUUCCAUCUUGUCUCCCUCUCACUGUGCUGCAGGGAUGGGUGGCCUCUCCGGCCCUCUUUAAAACUCCACCCCUCACUCAGGUAACACAUUACAGUCUGGCUCGCUGUUUGUCCGACAUCUACCAGCUGCUGCGCCCAUCAUCAUCUUAGACUCCUCAAAUCUGGCUUGUCCUUAUCAUUAUAAAUGACCCGGCAGCCUGACCGUGGCUGUCAUAUCAGAGAGUUUUACCAUCCCUCUGCUGCUGCUGUCAUUUAAUGCUGCAUUUGUGGUGUUUCUAACAUUCAUCAUGUCACAGAAAAACAAGAGAAAAGGAUACACAUUCGGAGGGAAAGUCAAAGCUCAACAGUGUUAACAUACAAACUCAGUUGUUUUUAAUUUUCAUGUCAUUUCUUGUUUCAGAAAGAGCAGCACAGGAGACGGUCCUCGGGAGGGAGAGCUGGAGGACCUGCAUGAAGACGAACCCUCCUCUUGAGUCCAUUCUUCAGCAGAGUUUGUUCUUCAAAUUCAGCCACUUCACACCCUUUUGCCUCAACCUAUUCAUCCACACCAUUAAAAACUUGAGGCCUAUUACUCAAUAUGCCGACGACACUCAAGUUUUUAUAUCUAACUUAAUGCUUGUGUUUACAUCCAGACCUUUGAACUCAGACUUGCCUCUUCUUCUUCCUGCGUCCUGCUUUGGCCUGAGAGUAUCUAGUCUCCCUCAUUUUCCUCCUCCACUGUGGAGUCUCUUGACAUUGAUUUUGAUCUGCAGUCUUACUUGACUUAACCUCUCAACCGCUUUCUGUUGUGGCUGGCAUCAGUGGACCAAUACAAGGAACCAUCUGCUGAAUUUAUGGGUCAUUAACAGCUCUCAUAUUUCCUAUGGGAGUCCGAUAAGACCAUCAGCUGGGACUGCACUGAAAUGUGGAGAAAAACACUGUCAAACUCUGGUUUUAUUUGCCCAUGUGCAUGAUAAAAGUGAGUCCUCAUCAUCAGACUGGGAGGGAAACUUGCCGUUGUGACCCCCCCCUUCAUCUAAUGCAUGUAAAUGACACUAAAAUGUCUUCUCAGUGGACUGCAGGGCUUUUCAUUUCUGAUCAGUGGUAUUGAAAAUUGUAUAUAGGUGUCUUUACGUAUCAUACAUGUUCGUCUCACAGCCCCAGACUUGUAUCUGUGCCAUCUUUUAGUUUGAAGCUGCGUGGUAGUGUUCAAAGUCCUUUCUGUGCUGCCUUCACUGUCCUUGAGCCUGAGGGAGAGAGCGUCAUCUGUCUGAUGGCGAUCACACCAAAAGGAUGUGGACUUUUCUGCCUGAAUACAUGGUUUUCUUGUGUAAGGAGUCAUUUUACGCCUCCUCUCCUUCUCUUUUGUGUGUUUGUCUUAUUCCGCUUAUCUAAUGCUGUCCCUCCCUUUUAAUGUCAGACUGUAUCAUUUGAUUUGAUGUGAAGUCUUUGUGACACAAUCGGGCAUACAUAUUUCAAAGAGUGUUUUUUUUGUGAACGGGCUGAAGAAAUGACUGUAACCACUCCUAAUGCCUGUACUUCAAAUAAGUCCUCUUUCUUAUUAUAUAACACUGUAGGAUGCAGGGCUUAUCUAAAGGCAUGAAAAACUUUAUUGUCCAUGUUGCUGCUACAGAAGAAAUUGAAUGUUCCCGUGCAAAGUUUCUAAGGCUAAGGGAAUGUACACAGAUUAUUAAGUGGAUGGGGGGAUUUAGGGAAUAAGGAGUAGAUUUACAGUGCAUCCUGAGAGUAUUUAUACCACUUCACUUUUUCCACAUUUUGUUAUGUUACAGUCUUAUUCCAAAAUGGAUUAAAUUCCCUUUUUCCCUCAAAAAUUCUACACAAAAUACCCCAUAAUGACAAAGCAAAAAACUUUUUUGAGAACAUAUUGCAAAUUUAUUAGAAAUAAGAACACUCAAAUGUUGCAUAUACAUAAGUAUUCACACCCUUUACUCAAUACUUGGUCGAAGCACCUUUGGCAGCGAUUACAGCCUCCAGUCUUCUUGUGUAUGAUGCAACACGUUUGGCACAUCUGGAUUUGGGGACUUUUUCCCCCCAUUCUUCCUUGCACAUCCUCUCAAGCUCAGUGAGGUUCAAUGGGCAGCGUCGGUGCACAGCUACUUUCAGAUCUUUCCAAAGAUGUUCAAUCGGGUUCAAGUCUGGGCUCUGGCUGGGCCACUCAAGGACAUUCAGAGACUUGUCCUGAAGCCACUCCUUUGUCUUCUUGGCCGUGUGCUUAGGGUCAUUGUCAUGCUGGAAGAUGAAGCGUCGCCCCAGUCGAAGGUCUCGAGCGUUCUGGAGCAGGUUUUCAUCAAGGAUUUUGAUGUACUUAGCUGCAUUCAUUUUUCCCUCGAUCCUGACAAGUCUCCCAGUCCCUGCCGCUGAAAAACAUCCCCACAGCAUGAUGCUGCCACCACCAUGCUUUACUGUAGGGAUGGUAUUGACGAGGUGGUGAGCGGUGCCUGGUUUCCUCCAGAUAUGACGCUUGGCAUUCAGGCCAAAGAGUUCGAUCUUCGUUUCUUCAGAGCAGAGAAUUUUGUUUCUCCCGGUCUGUGAGUCCUUCAGGUGCCUUCUAGCAAAGUCCAAGCGGGCUGUCAUGUGCUUUUUACUGAGGAGUGGCUUCUGUCUGGCCACUCCACCAUAAAUGCCUGACUGGUGGAGUGCUGCAGAGAUGGUGGUCCUUCUGUAGGGUUCUCCCAUCUCCACAGAGGAACGCUGGAGCUCUGUCAGAGUGACCAUCGGGUUCUUGGUCACCUCCCUGACCAAGGCCCUUCUCCCCCGCUUGCUCAUUUUGGCUGGGCGGUCAGUUCUAGGAAGAGUCCUGGUGGUUCCAAACGUCUUCCAUUUCUUAAUGAUGGAGACCACUGUGCUUUUUGGGAUCUUCAAUGCAGCAGAUAUUUUUCUGUAACCUUCCCCAGAUCUGUGCGCCGAUACAACCCUGUUUCGGAGGUCUACAGACAAUUCUUUCUACUUCAUGGCUUGGUUUGUGCUCUGAUGUGCUCUGUCAGCUGUGGGAUCUUAUAUAGACAGGUGUGGCUUUCCAAAUCAUGUCCAAUCAGCUGAAUUUGCCGCAGGUGGACUGCAAUCAAGUUGGAGGAACAUUUCAAGGCUGAUCAGUGGAAACAGGAUGCACCUGAGCUGAGCUCAAUUUUAUAGCAAAGGGUGUGAAUACUUAUGUAUAUGCAACAUUUGAGUGUCUUAUUUUUAAUAAAUUUGUAAAAUGUUCUAAAAAAAGUUUUUCGCUUUGUCAUUAUGGGGUAUUUUGAGAAGAAUUUUUGAGGGAAAAAAGGAAUUUAAUCCAUUUUGGAAUAAGGCUGUAACAUAACAAAAUGUGGAAAAAGUGAAGUGGUAUGAAUACUUUCCGAAUGCACUGUAUGUUUCAUAAUGCUUCAAGGGGGCAAGACUGACUGUUUGGACAUUUUAUUUUCUUAAAGACACUGAGAGGAGCUUUUAACUGGUUUUAAAAUAGCGUCUACUAAACUGAUGCCUCAUGAGCUAAAUAGUCAGAUAAGAUUGUUUGCCACAAGACUUCUUUGCACCGAAUUUUAGUGCCUGUGUCUGGGUUGGAUUUUCCUCAAAAUAAGAUUAGUCAGCAUUCAUCUGGAAGCAUCUGUGUUUACAACAGUGCUGCAAGAGUUUGGCAGAGAGGAGUUAGCAAGCAAGAUUUUAUUUUUACAUCAUAUUUUAUUUUGAUGGCUGGUACUGGAGCAGGAUGAGCAAAAACACACAUGCUUUCUGGGGAGGUAUUGUCUCAGAUCGAGGUCAUACAGACAUUAAUUGGAUCACUGGGGCUCUCACUAUGAUGCCAAAACUGUGAUGGGUCAUGAAAAACUUUAGCAUCUGGUCACCUUUUGUAAGCAAACAACGUCCUGAAAAAAUUUAAGUUUUGUUAUUACAUAAUCAGUGUAAGAAUUUUCAUGUAGCUGUAAAUGAAAACACUAACCUAUGUGAAAUCUUCUUCUUGGAAAAACAUGACCCAUCCCAUCAAAAGGGGUCACCAGAAGGAGCCUUUAGUUGCCUUGUCUGAUAGCUGCCCCUUCAGGAAGGUGGGCUUAUUAAAAACACAAAUGUAAAGGUGACUAGUCUUCUCUACGAUGGCCUACAAUGUAAAGGUCUCAUUUGUAUUGUGAAGGCCAUGCAGAUGCAGAAGAUUUAAUCCUGGUCCCCUGUAAGGUUCCCCCUGAGAACCUAAACAGAUUGUUGAAAGUGUGAGAGACCCCACACAUUAAGACAAAUGAUGACAGAGUAAAAAAGAUUUGUUUGUUUGCAUAAAGAGGACUACAAUAUAACCACGAAGCACACCUCCACAGACUACAUUUACCAACACUUAGCUGGCAGGUACAUCCACUGGGGUCGAUAUUUCUGCAAAAACCAACAAGUUGGUCCUCUAUUUCUGGCGUCCAUCUUAGUUUAUAAUCUGAAUCCGCUAUUGUUGCCAUUACUGUGAUUUUAGUGCCUCCUCCUUAAGUCAGCUUGUUUCCUGAUUGGCUAUCGUUUUAUUUUAGGGGUAUUGGGCCUAAAAUCCACCUCAUUAUCUCGUAGUGUGUAGCCCUACUUUGGUUAAAGUGGUUUUCAUUACAAGAGCUUUACAUUUCUGCAUUAAUAGAGCUGCAACUUUUAAAAAAGAUUGUACUUCAUGAUAAAAAAAACUAAAUGAUAAGAUAAUGGGAGGUGGGGGUUGCUUGUUUUUUUUAUGUUAAUGGAAGGGUAGGUAACUCAGACUGAAUUCUCCCCAUCCCCCAUGAUAAGUUUUAUGUUUACAUUUCUGUCCUUUUUGAAGCCUGAAUGAGAAACUUUCUGUUUGGAAUUUGGCGCCCCCUGUGGUCAAAGUGACAUCUCACACGUCUUCGCUGAUAUUUUCUUGUGCAUGAGUUAAGUCAUACGUUUAGGCAAAAACUCUUCUACUGCUUUCUUUAAACAGUUAUCAGAUUUGACACCUACCUCCUCUUACGCUAGUUGUAAGCAUCAACAAUAAUGUGAAACAAGCAGUCAAGCCUCAUUUCUGAUGAUCUUGUUUGCUUGUUUUUAGGUCACAAAACAAUAUCAUAGCAACUUUUGGCGAGUUUUCAAACCAGUUAAAAACUCCUCACAGGAGCUUUAAGUUCCAUCUAGUUGUGUUUUUGUCGAGCCCAUUUUGGAUCUCAAAUGUUAAAAGCCUUGACGAAUGAAAAACAACUUUUUUUUUUUUUUCUGUUUUGGUCUGAAUCCCCUGGUUACUGUUCCAGGUGGUUGGCCCACAAUAAUAAAAAAACUGAAUCUGUGGGCUGUUUUGUCCCUGCUGACUGAAAUCAAUGAGAACAUUUCAGCCUCCACAGCAGCUCUGCCUCACCAAAAUGUUUAUGUAACUCCAUUUUUUAUGAUUGGCGCCCGUGUGAAAGCAGAAAGCCUGUUUGGCUGGCAGAGUGCUCUGAUCACUUGAACCAGAGAGAAAAGGAGCAUUUCAAUGUCAUGAUUAGAGCCGAGCUGCCAACAACAACACUUCUCCAUCCACUUCAGAGCCAGCCGUAGUGUGGCUGAUUAGAAACAGAGAGCGGGGCGCUUUGCAUUUCCUCGAUUAGCGUCACCCUCGGUAUCCUCCAGUGAAGGAUGUGAGCUGAAGCGUGGAGGGUGCUGAGGGAGGUGAAUGGGAGAGCUUUUCACAUGUUGUUAUUGAGCCUCUGUGUUUCGGGAGUCAUGUCACACAGGCUUUAUGAAGAAAUACUGUGAAUGCUGUUGACUUCAGAUGGUCAACUUUAUUGUCAUUUUGAGAAUGUAAAAAGCUUUAUACUCUUUUGUUUUAUGGUCCAAAAUGAGGAGAUAAAAGAUCUUUUAGGAGAAGAAAGAAAUCUAACCAUGUCUAGUGUUUGAAAGGUUGUAUUUAGAAUUGAGGAUUGUGUUGAUCUGUUUCUGUUUCCUCCCUCUGUGGACAGUGAAACAAGUUACCAAACACAGUGAGGAGUAGGGUAACCUUCAAUGAAGGGCUGUUUGAACCAAAAAGUAUGAAAUGAUUUGUAAUAUUAUUUUUGUUUUAAUGCUUUCACACUCAUUAUGUUUCUACUUUUACAUUUGUACAGACAUCUAUUGUAUUGAAGCUUCAUGUUGUUGUCUUGUUAUCAGUGCUUUUCUCAUCCUUUUGUGUUUACUUGUAUAAAAAAAUGUCUUCUAUUGAAAUAUUUGCACUUUUCCACUUAUAGAUAUUAAAGCUGUUGUGAUUUCAUUAAACACUACUGGUACAUGCCAGACACUCCACAUGGUACGGUUCAAUCUUAGGCUGAAAACCUUCGCCUGUAUAAAGCAUAUUUACUGUACAGUGGUAGCUUCCUGCAGUCUCCCGUGCUUUAAAAGCAUUACUCUGAUAUCUGCAUGUCACAGCACUGCUUCUUGCUGCAAAGAAUUUUACAAGUGAAACAAAAACUGUUGCAGUUUUUCAUCAGCUUCUUCCCUGUCUGUGUCUGAAAUGUGUUACAACUGCAGUUUUCCUCUGACAUACUGAAGAGCUGUGAAUGUUUUAUUACCAGCAGAGGGGACUUGACUCUUGAUUUCUCUGCAGAGACAUUGCAUGGAAACACUUAAAAGCCUCUUAUUUGCCGAGAAGUCACAGCUUGAAAUAGAAGUGUAAAUUAGAGCGCAUCUCUAGAGAAACAGUGAUGGAUCAUCACCAGCGACUCUUCAAGAACAAAGUGUCGGUCAACCCUUAAACUGCAUCACCGUUCCACCAUGUCACUUCUGAUUUGUAAGCCCAAUUUUCAUUGCCGUGGCAAAAGUUGUCAUCUUUUUGUCAUGCUUUCUCCUGAUUUAAAGAGCACAUGGAAAACUGGAGUUUUGUCUUAUUUUACAGAAAAUGAGGUAAAUGGCUGGGUUCUACUCAUGAGAAACACAGUUUUCUUUUUCAUGCCCCCUUUUUUGUCACUUUUUUAACUGUUUUCUUAAAGUCCUUUCUUGUUCAAAUCUUUCACACAUUCAUUAAAUUUGGUACACAAAGGGUUUGUUCUUUUUAAAUUCUUCCUAAAUCUUUAACUCAAAGGAAAAAAAAAUACUCUAACUCUGAGCUGACAUGCAUCCAUACGAUUAAAUCUGCCGCGGUUUGUGUCUAUUUUGGCGCCCUCUUUGGACAAAACAGUCUUUGCCUUGUCCUCUAUGUGUUAAAUUGGUGUUUUCUUACAAGAAACCCAUCCUGGUAAUUUUUGCCAAUCAAAUGUGUCACUUACUGUGAACAGUGAAUGAGGGGGUUAUGGCCUGGUGGUCUCAUUCGCUUAUUUAUAUUAAUAAAAAAAACAUCAAUGUGAAUUUCAGUCUAUUUCAUUUGCUCUUUUCAAGAGCUUAACUUAUUUUUCUCUUUACCCCCAAUAACAAAAUUGGUAAGUUUUGAAUUUUCUGAUGUUUUCCCAUGAUACUGAGCUCAGAGAGACGAGCUUGUUAUCCUGAGAUAAUGAGGAAAAAUAAGUCAAGAAGUUGAGAAGUUGAACUAAACAAGUUGUAUUGAUAGGAAAGUCAAUGCUUUCAUCUUGAGAUGAUGACAUGACAAAAAUGAAAUGUUGAAAAGAAAAAAAAAAUGAAGAAACUGAGAUGUAUGGAUACAUGUCUGCGUAGGGCUUCCAUACAGUGGCAACUAGAGUGAUUACAUAAAGUUGCCAUUGCCGUGUUAGAGAGCAAACAAGUCUUAUGUAAGAAUAUGACAGCAGAAAACAUCUUCCCUUUUUUGGACAGAUGUUACAAAUAUGUAUUCACAGCAAUACAAAUAUAAUUUAAAAAACAACUUUGAAAAAAAUCAUUAGAUGUGUUAUGGACUAUAAAAGACCUCUGUGCAUAUUUACUCUGACUUUUGCAAAAUGAAACAGACGCUGGUGUGAAACGUGAGCCUUCAGUCACCUGUAUGACUCUCUUAAAAUGCUGCACAAUUUACCAUUUUAGAAAACCUUUAAGCAUGCAACAGUUUUCAAAGAAUCAAAACAGUUUUCUGUUCAUCUGUUGGCUUCAGAUGUUGGAUUCAAGUAUUCAGAAAUAUAAGUGUACCAAAAAGGGCAGCUUUAGCCAAAAGUUGCUCCAUGUAUUAAAUUAAGUGCAAAAAAACCCAGAUGAUGAACACAGUGGACCAACUGCACAGGAAAAUCUAACAAAUAAGACUCUUUUGCAUGAUUCCAAUCAAUAGUCAUGUCCUGCAGAGGAGGAUUGUGGGAGAGUGAGUUUGUACAUAUUUCGAGGUGUCUUCUGUAAGUCUUCUCUGUGUUGAAGGUGCCUCCUCUUUGUGUUUGCGUGUCUGUCUUGUGUUGUCUUGUGCUUUUCUCUGAAUGUACUCAUUAAAAAUACAAAAGCAUGGCACACGUUUAAGGAAUGCAGAUAUUGCAAUGUAAAUAUGUACCAAUGUAAACAAAGAAGCUAUUUUUUGCAUGCUUUUUGUACACCUAGACAUAAUCAAAGACAAUAAAAAAGACAAUCUGAACCCUGAUAUAACG